AUGAUGCUCUGCUCCCCCACUUUGGCCAGUGGCGUGGGCUGGCCUGGGUGAUGUCACAGCCGUAUAAAGACCCCCGCCGCCUGGCCGGCUGCUCUGAGCAGAGUCAGCGUUCCCGGCCCGGACGCCUCGGCUGGAGGGACUUCUGUCAGUGGGAAAAACAGAACUACACGGCGCUGGCCUGUAGUUUUGUUUUUUUUCUGAGGGGUUCCUACGCGACUCAGCUGGCUUCAUCUGGAUUUUCUGACCCAUUUUUCUGGAUAAAGGUUGCAGACCUGCUGUAAACAGCCCUCCCCUGGGCCCCCCCCACCCCCAAGGCAUCCUUGUGCAGACAAGGUGCCAACCAACAUGUCAACACAGGCGCCGACGUUCACACAGCCGCUUCAGAGCGUUGUGGCACUUGAGGGUAGUGCCGCCACGUUCGAAGCUCAAGUUAGUGGUUCUCCAGUUCCUGAGGUGAGCUGGUUUCGUGAUGGCCAGGUUCUUUCUGCCGCUGCUCUUCCCGGCGUUCAGAUCUCAUUCAGCGAUGGCCGUGCUGUUUUGACGAUCCCCGCCGUGACCGCCGCACACAGCGGACGCUUUUCUGUCAGAGCAACCAACGGAGCUGGACAAGCCACAAGCACUGCUGAACUACAAGUCACAGCAGAGACGGUGCCGCCAAACUUUCUUCAAAGACUUCAGAGCUCUACCGUGAGGCAGGGCAGCCAGGUGAGGCUCGACGUCCGGGUGACAGGCAUCCCCACGCCUGUGGUGAAGUUCUACAGAGAAGGGGCUGAGAUCCAGAGCUCGGCAGACUUCCGGAUCCUGCAGAACGGAGACGUGUACAGUCUGCUGAUUGCCGAAGCCUUCCCAGAGGAUUCUGGGACCUAUUCAGUAACAGCAACAAACAGCAGCGGACGGGCCACGUCCACCGCAGAGCUGCUGGUUCAAAGUGAAGAAACUGUUCCUUCCAAGAAGACAAAGACCAUUGUGUCCUCAUCCCAGAUGGAGACUUCUCAGACCACAGUGCAGAGGAAGGUUGAGGCCAGUUUUCAGGCCACCACCAUGAUGGAGAUGCACGUAGAAACAGGAAUGAUGACUCAGCAUUUGGCUCACAAAACCCCCCCACGGGUCCCCCCCAAGCCAACGUCCAAGUCCCCACCCUCCUACGUUUCCAAGGUAACAGGAGGCCGUCAACAGUCCCCAUCACCUGUGAGACACGUGAAGGGACCGACUCCAGCCUCCGUCACAUCUGUCUCUCCCUCCAGCAGAAUAUCUGCCACUUCUAUCAGACCAGUCAAAUCUCCUGUGAUGGCCAGGAAACAGGUAUCUGCCUCUGCAGAGGUGCUGCCACCCUGGAAGCAGGAGGACUACGUGGCUGAGGGCAGUUACGCCAGCAUGACCAGCAUGACCAGCAUGACCAGCGUCAGCAGCGCUGCUCAGCUGCACAUGGAGAAGCAUUGGGAGCAGCAAGUGGCCACCAGCAGACAGGUGAGGACGACUCCACCUUUCUGGAUGUGGUUUGAAUGCACUGCGCUUCAUCCGUCCAGCAUCCAGACAUUAGUCCUUCAUUUUUGCUUAUAUUUUAACUAUGAAGGCAAAGAUGACAUAAAUCUAGCUGUGACUGAGAAAAAAGCUGAUGCGGUCGCCACCGUGGUGGCCGCUGUUGACCUCGCUCGUGUGCGUCAGCCCGUGCCAGAGGGCAGCUGGGCCGAAGAGGCUUUCGGGAUGGAAUUAGAGCAGGACAUGGCCUUAAGUCUUGAGGAACAAGCCGUUGCAAUAGAAUCAUCUCCCGCUGACUCUGCAGUGUCCACAGACCAGCACAGAGUCCAGACGCUCCAGGUCCGAGGACUUAUUCAGAGAACAACAGAAAUGUCCUCCCGUGUGGACACUGCUGCCGUCUCAGUUCCACAUUUCACAGUUUCCAAAGUUUCUGUUCCUAAACCUGACCUGAGCCACGAGAUGGCUAAUGCUGCUCUCUCAUUGGCCGGUCAGGUGUCCGUGGCCGGCUCUGCCGUCGCUGCUCUGCACAAAGAGCUCUCCUCCCCCUCUGCUCCCAGAAAGGUCAUCAAGCCGGUCAAGUCUCCCAGUCCAUCUCGCAGGGUGGCAUUUGUGGAGGCGAGGGAGACCACAGAGCGGCCCCCUACUCUGUUUAGGGACAUCAGAUAUGAAAGGCAGUUCGAGGGCGGGGCUUAUGCAGUGAGUGAGGAGGAGUUUGAGGACUGGGAGCCGCAGGUUGGUUCUUUCCUGCCGUCCUCUGAGACUGCUGCUGUGCCCACAAGAGCUCAGGAACCAGCUGUUCCCCCAACCAUCAUCGCUGGCCUGAAAAACUUGACUGUAACAGAGGGCGAGUCUGUGACCCUGGAGUGCCAGAUCAGCGGCCAGCCCGCCCCAGUCAUCAUGUGGUUCAGAGAAGACUACAAAAUUGAGAACUCAAUCGACUUCCAAAUCAGUUAUGAGAACGGAUAUGCCCAGAUGGUGAUCCGCGAGGCGUUUGCUGAAGACAGCGGGCGCUUCACAUGCACCGCCACCAACCAGGCGGGAACCAUCAGCACAUCCUGCUACCUGCUUGUCAAAGUAUCAGAGGAUAUUGAGAGCAGAGAGGAAACUGCUGUGAUAGAAACUGGAAUGACACAAACACAGAGUUUUUCUGUUGAGACAAAGGAGCAGAAAGAGGUGAGCACAGGAGAAUCUGAAGCUCCCUUCUUCAUCCAAAAACCCACCGCACAGAAGCUAGUGGAGGGAGGAAGUGUCUACUUUGACUGCCAGAUUGGAGGGAACCCGAAACCCCACAUCAUCUGGAAGAAGAACGGCGUACCGCUCACCACUGGAUACAGAUAUAAAGUUGCCUACAGAAAAGAGACUGGCGAAUGCAGGCUGGAGAUCUCCAUGACUUUCGCUGAUGAUGCUGGAGAGUACUCCGUCUUUGCUAAGAAUCCCCUUGGAGAAGCCUCAGCCUCUGCCAGACUGCUGGAGGAAGCGGAAUAUGAAACCUGCAUGAAGCAGCAAGACGUAACAUAUAAAAGUGAAGUAACGACAACAGUGACCCAGGAGCCGUCUGUGGUCAUCAGUCAGUUUGAGAAGGAACAGGAGAGAGUGACGGCCCCUGUGAGCUUUGUCUCUGAGACGGAAUUCCUUAUUUCCGCGUUUGAAGAGAGGAUCAUUCAGGAGAUUGAGCUCCGCAUCAUGAGAAUCUCCUACAGAGAGCUGGUGAUUGAGGAUGGAGAGAUGGCGGUGACUGUUGCAGAGGAGGAGGCAGUGCAGCCGGCCUUUGGCACACCAGUCAAAAACUACCGCAUCAUGGAGGGAAUGGGCGUCACUUUCCACUGCAAGAUGUCUGGAAAUCCACUCCCAAAGAUUGUCUGGUACAAAGACGGCCAGCGCAUCAGACCUGGUGGUCGAUAUCAGAUGGAGGUUCUUCAUGACGGAAGAGCAAGCCUUCGAUUGGCUGUGGUGCUGCCUGAGGAUGAAGGGGUGUACACUGCCUUUGCCACCAACAUGAAGGGCAAUGCUGUCAGCUCUGGAAAGCUCUAUGUGGAGCCAUCUGGAAUUGCCACACCUCAGAGAUACACUCCACAGCCAUCAAUGCAGAGGAUCAGGUCCACAUCUCCUCGUUCUUUGAGUCGCUCCCCGGGCCGUUCGCCAAGCCGCUCACCUGGACGCUCACCAGCCCGCCGUCUGGAAGAGACAGAUGAGAUUCAGCUGGAAAGACUUUACAAACCGGUGUUUGUCUUGAAGCCCUCAUCCAUUAAAUGCUCUGAGGGACAAACUGCCAGAUUCGACUUGAAGGUUGUAGGCAGACCAAUGCCUGAUACAUACUGGUUCCACAAUGGACAACAAGUGGUAAACGACUACACACACAAGAUAGUGAUUAAGGAGGAUGGUACUCAGUCCUUGAUCAUCGUCCCAGCUGUACCGCAAGACUCUGGAGAAUGGACGGUUGUUGCUCAGAACAGAGCUGGACGGACAUCUGUUUCAGUAAAUCUCUCUGUUGAAGCCCGUGAAAGCCUGGCUCGACCUCAGUUUGUGGAGAAGCUGAAGAAUAUCACGGUGAGGCAGGGCACUCUGGUUGAGCUGGCUGUCAAAGCCAUGGGAAAUCCCAUUCCAGACAUUGUGUGGCUGAAAAACAGUGAUAUUAUCACACCACAAAAGCAUCCCCAUAUCAGGAUUGAUGGAACUAAAGGAGAAGCCAAAUUCCAGAUUGCCUCAGCUGCAGGCUCAGACAGUGCCUGGUACACUGCUACAGCCAUCAACAAGGCUGGUAGGGACACUACUCGCUGUAGGGUCAAUGUUGAGGCAGACCUCAGCGCCCCUCAGACAGAGAGGAAGCUCAUUAUCCCCAGAGGAACCUACAAAGCCAAAGAGAUUGCACCACCAGAGCUGGAGCCUCUCCAUUUGAGAUACGGACAAGAGCAGUGGGAGGAGGGUGACCUCUAUGACAAAGAGAAGCAACAGAAACCUCUUUUCAAAAAGAAGCUGACUUCCAUCAGAAUGAAGCGGUUUGGACCGGCUCAUUUUGAAUGCAGACUGACCCCUAUUGGUGAUCCAACCAUGGUAGUGGAGUGGCUGCAUGACGGCAAACCUCUGGCUGCUGCCAACAGGCUGCGCAUGGUCAAUGAAUUUGGCUACUGCAGCCUUGACUAUGAAGUUGCCUAUGCCAGAGACAGCGGCGUCAUCACCUGCAGGGCCUCAAACAAGUUUGGAGUGGACCAGACCUCUGCCACUCUGAUUGUCAAAGAUGAGAAAGGCCUUGUUGAGGAAACACAGCUUCCUGAAGGCAGGAAGGGGGCGUACAGGGUGGAUGAUAUUGAGCGCCAUAUUCAUGAGAGAGGACCUGCUGGUGUUAGCGGUGAUGAAGAAUCAGAGAAGACAAAACCUGAAAUUGUCCUGCUUCCUGAACCGGCUAGAGUACUGGAAGGAGACAUUGCACGAUUCCGCUGCAGAGUUACUGGCUACCCAGCACCAAAGGUUAACUGGUACCUCAAUGGACAACUUAUUCGCAAAAGCAAGAGAUACAGACUUCAUUAUGAUGGCAUUUACUACCUUGAAAUAGUUGACAUUAAGUCCUAUGAUUCAGGUGAGGUCAGAGUGGUUGCAGAUAACCCUUUAGGCACAUCUGAGCACACAGUGAAACUAGAGAUCCAGCAGAGAGAGGACUUCCGAUCAGUGUUGCGUCGAGCCCCAGAGCAGAGGCCUGCAGAGGUCCCACACGAAUCUGGCAGAACUGGAUUUGACAUUGUGAAAGUUGAUCGACCAGGCGAGGUCCCACAGGACAGGGAAGUUGUCAAGCUCCGCAAGGCACAGAGAGUUGUUCAUGAGAAAACUUCAGAGGAGUCGGAAGAGCUGAAGAGCAAGUUCAAGCGCAGAACAGAGGAGGGCUUCUACGAGUCCAUCUCAGCUGUGGAGUUCAAGUCUCGGAAAAGAGAUGACUCCUAUGAAGAUCUUUUGAAAAAGACCAAGGAUGAGUUGCUUCAUCACUUGAAAGAAAAAGAAGAACUAGAAAGGAAGAGGUUGGAGGAAGAGGGCAAAAUCACCAUCCCCACCAUCAGACCAGAGAGGGUCCAGCUCUCACCCAGCAUGGAGGCACCUAAGAUCUUGGAACGCAUUUCUAGCAAGACUGUUGCUCCAAUGGAUGAGGUCCGUUUUCGAAUCAGAGUUGUCGGUAGACCAGAACCUGAGUGCCAGUGGUUCAAGAACGGCAUUCAGCUGGAAAAGUCUGACCGUAUUUACUGGUACUGGCCAGAGGAUCAUGUAUGUGAACUGGUAAUUAGAGACGUCACAGUAGAAGACUCUGCCAGUAUCAUGGUGAAGGCCAUGAAUGUCGCUGGAGAGUCUUCGAGCCACGGCUUCUUACUUGUGCAAGCCAAAGCAGCAAUCGAUUUUACUCAAAAACUAGUAGACGUCACCGCUAACGAGAAGGAUACCAUGAUGACCUUCGAGUGUGAAACCAAUGAACCUUUUGUCAAAGUGAAAUGGCUCAAAAACAAUUCAGAGAUAUUCUCAGGAGACAAAUACAGAAUGCAUUCUGACAGAAAGGUCCACUUCCUGUCUGUGCUGAUGAUUGAAAUGAGGGAUGAAGCAGAAUACACCUGUGUGGUUAUAGAGGAUGAGAAUGUAAGGACAAGCGCACGGCUCUAUGUUGAAGGUGCCCCCCUGGAGCUCAUCAAACACAUGGACAACAUUGAGGUACCAGAGACCUAUGCUGGAGAGUUUGAGGUUGAGGUAUCCCGUGAGGAUGCAGAGGGCAUAUGGUACUUUGGAGACAAGGAGCUCUCUCCUAGCAGUAAAUAUAUCAUGUCCUCUCGCCGUGGAAGGCACACCCUGUCCGUCAAAGAUGUCAGAAAAGAAGACCAGGGGAAAUAUACCUUUGUAUGUGGGGAUCUGAGGACCAGUGCCUCUCUGAAGACAAAAUUGCGUCCAGUGACACUGAUGCAGCCCCUAACUGACCUUACAGUAUGUGAGGGUGACAUUGCCCAGCUAGAAGUUAAGUUCUCCCAGGAGAAUGUGGAGGGAUCUUGGAUGAAGAGUGGCCAAGCCAUCACGGCUUCAGACCGUGUUCACAUUAUUAUUGACAAACUCGUCCACAAGCUGCUGCUGGAGAAUGUCAGCAGAGAAGAUGCUGCUUCCUACUCUUUUGUGGUUCCAACGCAUGAAAUCUCCACCUCGGGCAAACUCAACAUUCAAACUAUUGACAUCGUUGUGCCACUGAAGGACAUCUCUACCAUUGAAGGGACAAAGGCUGUCCUGGAGGCCAAGAUCUCCGCCCAGGAUGUCAGUUCUGUCAAAUGGUACCACAAUGAUAAACUGCUGAUGGCCAGUGAUCGAAUCCAGAUGGUGGCAAAAGGAACGAAGCAGCGACUGGUCUUUACUAGGACCUACGCAUCAGAUGAAGGACACUACAAACUGGUGGUGGGGAAGGUGGACACCAGCUGCAACGUGACCAUCGAACAAAUUCAAAUUGUAAAGCACAUGGAGGACAAAGUGUGCUCUGAGUCGCAGAACGUAACUUUCAAUGUGGAAGUUUCCCACCCUGGAAUUGACCCGGCCUGGACCUUCAGAAACCAGCAGCUCAAAGCUGGACCCAAAUACAAAAUGGAGACAAAGGGUAAGGCUCACUCUCUGAUGAUCAUUGACACCAUGAAGGAUGAGGAGGGCCAGUACAUGUUUCACGCUGGGGAAAAGACAUCCAGCGCCAAGCUCACAGUCUCAGGCGGAGCUAUUACACGCCCCCUGCAGGAUGUGACCGUCGCAGAGUCUCAGACUGCUGAGUUUGAGUGCGAAGUUGCAAACGCCAAUGCUGAGGGAAAGUGGCUGAAGGACGGCCAGCCCCUGGACUCCAGUGAGAACGUGGUGAGUGAGGUGAAGGGGGCCGUCAGGCGCCUCGUCAUUGUCAUCACCAGACCACAGGAUGUGGGAGAGUACACCUACCAGGUGGCCAACUCCAAAACCAGCGCUAACCUCAAAGUAGAGGCGGUGAAGAUCAAGAAGACUUUGAGAAACCAGACGGUGACGGAGACCCAGGAGGCCGUGUUCUCGCUGGAACUCACACACCCCGACGUCAAAGGAUCCCAGUGGAUCAAGAACGGAGUAGAACUGCAGAACAGUGACAAGUUUGAGAUUACCUCUGAGGGAACGGUCCAAACUCUAAAGGUGAAAAACUGCAACACUACGGAUGAGACGGUCUAUUCCUUCAAAUUGGGAAAGCUGUCUGCCAACGCCAGACUCAACGUUGAGACCAUCAAAAUUGUAAAGAAGAUCAAGGACGUGACCUCACUGGUGGAUGGCACUGCCUCCUUUGAGAUGAGCCUGUCACAUGACAACGUCCCCGUCAAGUGGAUGUUUAAAGGCCAGGAGCUGAAGUCCAGCGACAAGUGCAAGAUUCUGUCAGAGAGAAAAGCUCACAAGCUGAUCCUUCAGAACGUAGACAGCAGCAGCGCGGGAGAAUACACCGCCGUGGCUGGACACCUGCAGUGCAGCGCCGUACUCACAGUGGAGGCUCUGCGAGUCACAAACCCCAUGAAGAGCGUGGAGGUCCCAGAAACCCAGGUGGCCACGUUCGAGUGUGAAGUCUCCCACUUCAACGUGCCGUCCACAUGGCUGAAGAACGGCGUGGAGAUCGAGAUGAGCGAGAAGUUCCGGAUUGUUGUUCAGGGGAAAUUGCACCAGCUGAAAAUCAUGAACACGAGCAGAGACGACUCUGCAGAGUACACUUUCAUCUGCGGCAACGACCGAGUGUCUGCAACUCUUACUGUCAACCCUGUCCUGAUCACUUCCAUGAUGAAGGACUUGAACGCUCAAGAGCGUGACACCAUAACCUUCGAAGUCACCGUUAACUACGAGGGAAUCUCCUACAAAUGGCUGAAAAACGGCGUGGAGGUGAAGUCAUCGGACAGAUGCCAGGUCCGCACGCGACAGCUCACGCACUCGCUCAGCAUUCGCAACGUCCACUUUGGGGACGGAGGAGAAUACCAGUUUGUGGCUGGAUCCGCCGCCACCUCUGCUAACCUGUUUGUGGAAGCUCGCCUAAUAGAGUUCACCAAGAAGAUUAAGGACAUAAAGAUCACAGAGAAGAAGAAGGCCAUUUUUGAGUGUGAGGUUUCUGAGCCAAACAUCCAAGUGAUGUGGAUGAAGGACGGCCAGGAGCUGGACUCGACUGAGGAGAGAUAUGUGGUUACAGCAGAGAAGUUUGUUCAUCGCCUCAUGAUCCAGACAGUGCGCAUGUCUGACUCUGGCGAGUACUCUGUGGUCGCUGGAUCCAGCGUCUCCAAGGCCCAGCUGACUGUGGAGGGCCGCGACGUUCGGAUCUCUGAACCCGCUGAGCGAGAAAUCACAGUUCUUGAGAAACAGAGAUCCACCUUUGAGUUCGAGGUGAACGAGGACGACGUGGAGGGCCGCUGGCUGAGGAACGGUGUUGAAAUCCAGUUCUCCGUGGAGGAACGGUUCAGCUACGCCGCCAUCAGGAAGCUGCACCGCCUCACCAUCUCUGAGACCUACAGGAGCGACGCUGGAGAAUACACCUUCAUCGCCGGCAAGAACAGAAGCACCAUGCACCUCCGGGUCAACAUCCCAGAGCCACCAAAGAUCCUUCGUCACAUGGAGGCCCAGUCUGUGGAAGCCGGGAAGCCAGCCCGCUUUUCUGUGCAGGUGAGCGGCGUUCCCCAGCCGCAGGUCUUCUGGUACAAAAACUCUCAGGCUCUGUCCCCGGGCUUCAAGUGCAAGUUCCUCCACGACGGCAACGAGCACACGUUGCUCCUGAUCGAGGUCUUCCCUGAAGACGCUGCCGUUUACAACUGUGAGGCCAAAAAUGAUUAUGGAGCCGCGACAAGCUCCGCCUCUCUCAACGUGGAAGUGACAGAGGUGGUUUCUCCAGACACGGCAGCUCCGGUUGCUCCUCCUGUGAUCAUCUCACCCAUUGCUGACACCUCCGCCCGUGAAGGAGAACCGGCUCGCUUCCAGUGCAGAGUCCGCGGAGACGACGUGAGGAUCAACUGGUUCCACAAGGACAAGGAGAUCAAGCAGUCCGAGUUCUUCAGGAUGUCUCAGUUUGACGACAGCUGCCAGCUGGAGAUCUCCAGAGUCUAUCCCGAAGACGAGGGGGAAUACACCUGCGUGGCCACAAACGCCGCCGGGAGAGUGUCUUGCUCUGCCACGCUCACGCUGGACGGAAAAAUACAAACUCUGAGCACUCCUCCAGAGUCUGAGUGGCAUGUCUCCACCAGCCUAAAGAAACCUGCCAUCGGCCAAAAGCCGGUUUUCAUCCAACCAAUCACAAGCUGCGUGGUGCCACAUGGGGAGGUGGCCCGCUUCCACGCACGAGUAUCCAGCAUGCCAACGCCAGAGGUCAGCUGGUUCCACAACCGGCAGCCUGUUUGUCCCACUAAGAACGUAGUGUUCCACUUUGAUGAGGUGACGAGCACCGCCACACUCAUCAUAGUGGACGCCUUCUCUGAGCACGCCGGACAGUACACGUGCAGGGCGACCAAUAGUGCUGGAGAGGCUGUGUGCUCAGCCAACCUUACCAUAACCAGAGAGGAAGAAGCAGUUCAAGUGAGGGAGCAGAUUGAAGCCACCAUUGAGCAGGAAGUGAGAGAGGUGUUUUGUCACGGUAGCAAAGAAGAAGCGCCACUUGGCGGCACUGAACUCGCCAGUGCUCGCCAGCUCCGUGGAGCCUUCUCCGACACAGAGGACUUCAUAGAUCAGGGCCUUGUGUCAGCUAACCGUUGCUCCAGCAGAACAUCUUCUAUCAGCUCCUGGACAGAAAAUAUUAAACCCUCCUUUACUAAGAAACUUAAGUUUCAGUCUGUGUUGGAGGGGGAACCGGUUGAAUUAAAAUGUAAACUGAUUGCUUGUCCUCCCCCAACCAUCCUAUGGUUUCACAAUAACAGAUCUAUUCCUAAAGAGCGUAGACGCAGGAUUUGUACUGAGAGCAAAAUGCAUAUUCAUAACACAAGUCUGGUAAUUGGGAGUAUAAAAGACAAGGAUUCUGGCAGCUACAGGGUAAUGGCAAUAAACUCAGAGGGGUCUGCUGAGUCCACGGCAUCACUUUUGGUUUCUCUGAGGGAAGAGCAGUCUGCUAACUACCUGGGCUUUGUCCGGCGUUCUGUUCAAGCCCAUGAGAGCGUAGACACCAUGGCAGAGGAGAGGAAGGAUCGGAAGUUUAGGGUUGAUCUCAGGUGUGUUGGGUCUCCAUUUGACAAAAUGUCUAAAGUCCAUCAGGGCAGAUCUCGGUCCAAGAGUGCUUUGGUGCGAACCGUGUACUUCAAAUCUAGUACUAGUUUAAAAGAGGUUGAAACAGAGAAGGAAUCCAAGCGUUUGGAGACAGCCUCUGAGCGCGCACCCUCACCUCCACCUAUGUUUGACAAGUCAGAGCGCUUCAAUGACAGGUUCAGUGACAUCUACUGCUACCGCCGUUCUGGUGCCAGAUUCAGUGACAAGUUCAGCGACCGAUGCAGUGACAGAUACAGUGAAAGAUUCAGUGACACAGAGAGCCUCCACAAUGAGGUAAGGACAAAGCUUACCACACUGCAAAAAGCUGUCAAACAGAAGAAAAGGCUUUCUGUCUGUACCAUGUCCUCAUCAGAGUUUGAGUUGGAGUCUGUUGCUAGUGAGUCGAGCUAUGCAGAGUACAUGGAGAAGCUCAGGGCCAAGCCUGCCUCUUUAUCUGAUGUGCAGACUCCGGCAGAACUUUCAGGAAAAACAUCUGCUCGGCCUCGCACAAGACAUUUGUUUGAACCUCAGUCCAGAACUAGGGCAAUUCAAAUGCUGAGAGGUGAGUUAGUUGAAACCAUGAAGCCUCAAGGAGAAAAAACAACAGAAAAAGAAUAUUCAGAGAUUCGUGAGGACAGACGGGGUGAAUUUUUGGUCAAAUCUGAGUCAGAUGCAAAACAUAAGCAGAGUAAAAGUGAACUCCAUAGUGUUAUCAUUGAUCACACAGUGGAUGCUACAAAGACCGAUGUUGAGCGAAGUCACACAAAGGUCUUAGAAAGUGAAAUCUAUGCUGCAAGUGGGGAAUCUGAUGGAGUUAUGCCAGGCCAAGAGGGGGCUUCAUCAUUUGCUGGGUCAAAUGAGGAAGAGGGUGCAGGGUCUUUGAGGGCUCAGUAUGAGAAGAGCCUGGAAGCUGACCGAAGAGAGUGUGAGGAGAAACUUCUUGCUCUGAGAAUUAGAAAAUGGCAGCAAGGGAGUAUACUGCCAGAGGAGGAGGAGGAGUUUUAUCCAGAAAAGGAUUUGCCAAUGCCAACUGAGACCCAGGAUGUGGAGCUACAGGAACACAUUUACACACAGCAGGUGGUAGAGAAAAGGUCGCCUAAGUCUUCUUUACAUGAAUUACCCACAGUAAAGUCUAAAUUGGUAGAUUCAGAAGCUGCAAAAUCACUAGAAAGGAAAUACAAAACAGAAAUGGAAAGUUCUGGACUUAUUGCAGCAAGCACAGAAUCAACAGAAGCUAAAUUUAAAGAAGCAGAAGUAGAGGUAAAGCAUGGUCUAAAACCAAAAUCUCCCAGGAUAAAAGCUAGAUCAGCAGAAGUGGAAUUAAUGCCAGAAGACAGGCUCAAAGGCUCGCCUAGAUCCAGGAAGUUAGCCGAAGAAAGGUUCCCCAGUGGUGAACCAGAAGGUUCUGAAGCUGAGGAUUCUUUAAGAAUGCAUUAUGAGAGAAGCCUGGAGGCAGACCGAAUGGAGUGUGAGGAAAAACUACUUGCCCUGCGUAUCAGAAAAUGGCAGCAGGGUGUGCAAAUGUCAGGAGAGGAGACAUUUUACCCCGAAGCAGAUCUCCCAGUGCCAGAGGAGACCCUGGAUGUGACACCUGUGGGGCAGCAAUUAGUAGUGGAGAAAGGAGCACCUGUGGGACAAGUGCUAACACCUGAAGCAGAAAAAGGACCAGAAAGAGCUGAUGAGCUACCUAAAAAAGGACUGCAAUGUCAGACAAAAGAACUGGAAAAGGAAAGAUCACCAACACUUAGACAAAAAUCACCUAGAACAAAAGGAAGGCCUUUGGGAUUAGAGUCACCUUCCACAAAAGAGAAAAUGUUGUUUGACAAGUCACAAAAACGAGAACUACAACUUUCCAUGGAGAACCUCUCAGAGCUCAAGAAUGAAAGUGAAACGUUUGUCAGUGAAGAAGAGGCCCUGACCCAGAGAAUAAUGAAAUGGCAACAGGAUGUUCUGAAGGAACAGGGACAGGCUGUGAAACUGGAAUCUGACUUGGGGGAGGCUUGUUCUCAAGUCCCAGGUGAUGUCCCUCUGGACUCUGGAAGAAGCUUCACUGAUACCUCUGUUUCCCAAUCCCUUCAGGAAAUGACUGUUGCAAACAGCAAGAAGAUUUCUCUAGUAAAAGAAGCAGAAGAAAGUAUUCUGUUAAGACACUCUGCUCCUGCUGGAUUCCAAGAUCCAGAGGGGGAUAUCUUGCAGUGGUCUCCUGACAACCAGCUACCAACUGAAGGCCGUGAGACCAGGUUGGAGAGAGAUAGCGAAUACUUUGUAAGUGAGGAGGAAGCGCUUGCUCAGCGCAUCCUAAAAUGGCAACAAGAUGGUGCUGAACCAGAAGAAGUGGCCGAACUGGAGUCUGAGUGGGCUUUGGACAAUCAAAGCAAAUUGACAGAUUCUAAAUUGCUACAACAAGCCCAGGUUUCUCUGUUUCCUGAUGAACUACAUCCGAGUUUGUCAACACCACACACUGCUAUUUCUGAGGAAACCCUGACACCAGCAAAACCUUCCACUCUUCAGAGCUUCAGGACAGAGGUCAGAGAGAAAAAAGCCAUAAAAGAGGAGAUUGAUGCCACAAGACAGAUUAGAGAAUCAAAACAAGAAAGGACUUCGGAAGUUUCAAAGAUGGAGAGAAGAGAUGAAGAUUCCGUAAGGUCAAGACAGAGUGGUGCAAGAGACAAGGAAAGUUUUGACAAAAGAACAAAGGAGAGAACCGCUGAAGAACCAAAGAUAACAAAGACAGCUAGUUCUAGGAGCCUAAAUGAAGAUCAUGCAAGUUAUGCUGGUUUAUGUCCAAUAUUUGUGCAAGAAAUAUCCUCUCUCAAAGUAAAAACCGGUGAGAUGUCUGAGUUUUCCUGUCAUUACAAGGGUGAACAUCCACUGACUGUUUACUGGCUCAAAGAUGGUCAGCCAUUAGACCAUAACCCCGAUUAUGAUAUUGUAAGUAAGCUAAAUAACUCAAAGCUUGUUGUUUUCUACCCAACAACAGACCACGAUGGUAUCUAUGAAUGCAUCGUCUCUAACAAACAUGGAAAAUCUGUCUGCAGUGCUACUCUGCAGAUCUCUGACAAGAAAGUAUCAAGAAAGGCAGGUGUCACACAGGAAAUUACUGUUACCAAAGAGCUGGAACAUGAAGAGGAAAAUCUGGAAAAUGUGCUUGAAGAAGAACUUCAGGGCUAUAUGGAUACAGGAAAGGCAACUCUGCAAGUCCCCCAGACUGUGAUUCACAAACGGCGGCAUUCAGAUGAGUCGUUCACCUCCUCGCCAGUGGAAAUUAGAAUAACAGCUGCCACUCCCAUUCCUGAGAUGCCGGAAGAAAAAACCGUGCCUGUUAUCUUUGAUACUUCUCAGCUGCCUGGAAGUGAUGAUGCUGUGAAGCAGUUUGUGGAGAAAGUACAGGUGUCUCCAGAGUUGGUGAGGCCAUUACCUCAAAAACCUCCUCGUAGUACAGCAAGCAUUCAAACAAGUGAAACUGAGAUGGGCAAGGAGCCUAGAGAGUAUAUGUUUGACAGAACUAGUAGCUUCAUUCCUUUCAAGUCAGAAAAGGUUCCUGCAGUGAAACCCUUGGGCAGAGCAAAAACUCCAUCAGAAGAACCUAUGACCAUGAGUUCAGACAAAAGGGAACUUACAGAUAUCCUCUAUGGUCCAAAAGCAACAGGUGGUGAGGAAGACAAGAAAGAACUUCAUGGACACUUAGAUGAGGAAAUAAAGAUGUUGGAGAAGUCUUCUGCCUUGGUACAAGAGGUGAAGACGGUGGCCGAAGAGGCCACUGAAGAGCUGAUACCGAUGCUAGGACCAUCUAUGGACAGUGGUGUAUUUGUCAGUUUGCCAGAAUCACAGGAAUACGUGUUGGACAGAACAGAGAAAGAGCCGAUAGGGGAUAUUGGAGAGUCAACAGUAAAAGGUGAAUAUGACCUGACUGAAGCUAAUGAAAAUGCAGAAACUGAUCUGUUGAUUGUCAAGCCCAAAUCAAAUCUUCCUUUGCCACCAUAUGACGAACAAGAGGGAAUUAGUUUGGAGGGGGUCUUGAGAGAGGAAGUUAGAGAAACAACAGUAGCAGCAGUUGGUGCCAUUGAGGAAGAGGUAACCUUUGGUUCUGUUUACAACUACUACAAUCCUCCAGCAGAUUGGGGCAGGCCACUUUCUCCUGAGUCAGAGAUGUCUAUAGAGAUUGGCAGCACUGUUAGUGAAGAGAUAGCCGAGGAGAUUCUGCUAGAAGUAGAACUGGAUGAAAAUGAGGUGAAAGAGUUUGAAAAACAAGUGAAGAUAAUUACAAUUCCCGAGUACACCGCUGACAACAAGAGCAUGGUCAUAUCUUUGGAUGUUCUACCGAGUAUUUAUGAGGAAGGGACGGUGGACUUUGUAACUCAGGAACACGAUGAUUUGAAAAUAGCUUUUGAGGUGACAGAGAUGCCCCCUAGGUUCAUCAAUCCCAUCUGUGAUGUGGAAACUUCUGAGGGUUCUACUGUAAUGUUUGAGUGCUCACUGAUGGGAAUUCCAUCUCCUGUUGUGUCUUGGUUCAAGGGUGACAAAAAAAUUCCACACAACAACAAAAAGUACUUGCACUCCUCAGAUGGAGACAACCACCUCCUAAAGGUCUUUAAAGUGUCACCACAGGACAGUGGUGUGUAUACCUGCAGGGCUAUUAACUUAGUUGGGGAGACUUUAUGCAGGGCCUGCUUAGUGGUCUUAAAUGCCAAGGCUUUCUCUGGGAAGACCAGAGGCAGGGAGCUGACUGCUGUGUCUCUAGGAAGUGCUAAAGUCCAACCACAAAAGUUUGACUUAAUGGUUGGAAACCCAUCAUUUGAUAGUGAACAGAUGUCAGAAAUUGAGCUUGAGUUUGAGUUUGAACAAGAGGUUGACGAGUCCCAGAGGGGAGUGAGGUUGGUGGCCAACACGGACAAUGAAACUAGUGAACAGGGAUUAAAAUAUGUGAGCAUUAACUUUGACGUCUUUGCUGAGCCAGCAAAGGAUGAUAAGAUCGAAUUCAAAGGGAAGUCAUCAGAUAUGUGCAGCUUCCAGUUUCAGUGUCUGGUUAAAGGCAAACCAAACCCCACUGCUGCAUGGUACAAAGAUGGAGAUCCUGUCACAGACAACUACUCUGGUGUCCAGUUACCACAGACAUCUACACUUGAACUCAAGCCAGAACCCAAACGUUACUCCUCCUCUUUAGAGAGGAAGAAAGAAAAACCAGUUUUCCUUUCCCAACUCUCCCCAGCAUCCGUAACGUCAGGAGAAACAGCACAGCUCACUGUUAGAGUGGCAGGAUUUCCAAAGCCAAUUGUUCAGUGGUCUCAUAAUGGCAGGGUCAUAAAAAGUUCCUCUGUGUUUAGGCUGAUUGAGGAAAAGGAGGAGUAUACACUGGUAAUCACCCGAGUCACAUCCGAGUAUGAGGGCGAGUACUCAUGCACUGCAACCAACAGAUUUGGACAGAUGUCAUGCUCCACAUACCUCGAGGUGAAAAAGCCUGAUGUCAGCCAGGCAGAGAAGUGGGUGGAGAAGAUGUUUAAGACCACAGGUCAACCUCCCAGUUUCAUAGUUCAGAUUCUACCUGUGAGAUGCUCAGAAGGAGGUGAGGUUUCUUUUCAGUACAAAGCCAAAGGGGAUCCAGUUCCUGAUGUGAAAUGGUACAGAGGAGCUUUCCAAAUUCAACCUAGUAGAAACUGCAUCAUCAUAACCAACCCUGAUGGGUCUGGUGCAAUCAGUAUCAAGAAUGUGAAACAGGAGGACAGUGGCUUGUAUACUUGUAAGGCGACCAAUCAGUUUGGUGAGGCAACCUGUAGUGCUGAACUUAUUGUGUUCAGAGAGCAAGAGCAAGUGACGGUCAUUCAGAAGAAAGGCUAUAAAGUGUCAGUAUCAGAACAGGCAACGCAGUCUCGCCUAUAUCAGGUUAGCCUGCCAGGUCAGGACAAAGCAAAGCCGGAUCAGAUGGUGUACACCAUCGGCACAGAGGACAGGCAGAUCAUCCCCAGUGAACAAGUGGGCUCGCUGAGGGAGGUAGAUAUCUCCGCUGCCACGGUCCACCGCGAAACACUGACCCAGCAAGCAGCGGUCCUUCACCGCCAUGACAUUGAGGAAACCGUGUCGGCUGUUCCCACUCGCCCACCUCAAGUGUCAGCUGUUCCUGCCAAACAGCUUCACAUGGCAGCGUUUACGUCCUCUGUAGAAGAGAGUAAGGACCUAAAAGAGGAUCACUGUGAUCGGAUUCAGAGUCCUGAGGUCAUUGAACUGAAAGUAGCAAAAGAACAGAAGUCUAAGGUGAUGGUGGCUGUUGCUGAGGAGCUAACUCCUCAGCUUACUGUAGGCAAAGAGUCUCUUAGUGACAAACCUGCUACUCUUGCAUCCACCUCUGAGCCCAAACACCUAAUAAGUGGGCAUCAGGUUGAAGCCCAGUUGCCCAUCAUGAAAGAGAAGUCUGUGGACUUCCCCACACCACAGGAAGAAAAGGGCUACAAAGUUAAAGAGGGGAUAAAGAUUUUAUACUCUACUCAGUCUACAGAGAUGCAGGUGCUGGCUGAAAGCCACACAUCUGAACUGUCUACAGCAGACUCUGCUCUCAAGUCUGCUGUUGGGAAAGAACCGUAUCAGCCAACUUUGGCCCCAUUAAGUGAGUCUAAACAAACUCUGUCCAAGGAGACAAGCUUCUCUGUGGAGAAACCCACAGAAAAAGCAGCCCAGUUGUCUAAGGAUAAAAUGAUGAUGGCAGCUUUAACAACUGAAGAGAGGUGCAUGCUACAAGCUGAGCCCACACACCAGCUUCCUGGUCUGGACAGCUCAGUCUCUGUUCAGUCACAAGUAGAAGGAGAACAAGUGCUGCAACUGCAGGUUAUCACAGACCAGGAUCUCCUUCCAUCUGAGGGGGGCUUUACCUGUGAGAGACCAGCUCAGGAGAAAGCAGAAACCAGUACAAGUCCUACUCUGCUUCACACUGUUAGCCAGGAUGAGCAGAAGACUGUGGUUUGUGAAAGCUCAUCGCAGUUUGAUGCAGCAACAAAAUCAGUGAUCGUCCAUCCUCAGAAAGAGGCUCCCACUCUGCUGCAUUUUCAAUCCACCCAGCCUGUGGAGGUGCUGCCCAAAGAAGGAAUCAUCACACAUGAGAGACCUGACCAGCAGGUGGCAGACCAAAAACAAGAGAAAUGGAGGAGUCAUGCUGCUGUUUCAGAGGAGAGAAGGAAGCUCACAGCAGAUUAUCACACAGAGCUUGAUUUGUCUGUGACUGGAGUUCAGCCUCAACUUCGAACUGAGUCCAGACCUCAGAAUGUCCUCCAGCUAGCCUUUCAGCCUUUGCAACUUCCGAAAGAGACACCGCUCACUGUAGACUUCAAGCAGCAGCGAGCUUUAGUGCAGAAGGAGGACCGCUGGAACACAAUGCAUGUCACCAGUGUGUCAGACAGUCAGACCUUAGAAGAGGGUCACACAGAACGCUUAGGCAGCGUGGACUCCUUCAAGUGUCAGACGGCUAUUGAACCAAAAGUCUCUACUGAGCCAAUCCAAAUUGAGGAGAAAGAAAUCUCCACAGAGAGUAGUAUGUCUCUGGAGGCAGCAGAGCAGGAUUUUGCUAUUCAGAUUCAGGAAGGUCAGUCUGUCAGGCAGUCUAUCAUGAUGCAUGAGAAGCAGGUGCUGACAGGAGAACUCUCUCAGGAGAUCAGCAAAUCAGAGUCCACCAAAGUUAUGGUCACCACACAGCCAAAGCUGUCUAUUAUGGCAUCAGAGUCUAAAGAUAGCAGAGCUCUUCCCAAAGAGAUGGCCUUUAUGAUUCAGAUCCCUAAAUCAUCCAGUCUGAACAUACGCCACCAGCUCAGAGAAGCCCUGCAGUCUGCUGUAGCCACUGAUCAGCCUGUGUUGCUUGCUGAUGUUGUAAGGGGCCUACAGGCUGCAGAGGUGCAUGAGGUCAAGGUUCAACGAGAACCCAAACAGGCCAUGUUCACAUAUCUGAUCACAUCAACCGGUCUUCCCACUGAGAUAACCGUGACUUUAGAGGGUAAAUAUCCGCAAACAGCUGACCUCAGGACUGAACUUCAGGCAGCUCUUCACUCCAUCAUGUUCCAGGAGGCUCAGGUUCUGACAUCAGAACAGCAGGGUACUAUGCAGUUAGAUAAACCCCAGAGGGCUCAAGUCACUUCAGGAAGCUCAAAGGAAAUGCGAUCUUCACAGGUUGAGGUGGUUUGUGUUGCAGACAGCACUGUGGAUUUUAGUGCUGUGAGAUCUCAGGCUGCUGCACUGAAAACUGAAUCUGAAAUCAGAGUUGAACGUGUGGUGGGAGAGCAAGAGGUUGUGAUGCAGCAAUCCAAAGCAGCAAAAGCUGAGCAGUCCAUCUCCUCCCAGAUCAAAGUGUCCACCCAGACUCACACUACUUUUGAGCAGUCUGUACAGGUUUCAAAGCAAGAGAUGACAUCAGUAACUGUAAAAAGCACAGAAAAAGACACAGCAGCCUUAGUCACCACUGCCUUGCCCAUGAGCACUGUUCAUGAAGUUGUCAGCAUCCAACAGGAGCACAGAGAAGCAACUUUCCAUGAGGAGAUCACUGUAUCUAGGCCACAACAGCAAGAGUCCCCAGUUAUAGUCACCUCUUUAGAGGACGUAUCUAUUGAAGAAUACAGUCAGGUUACCUUCAGCACAACCAUUAGACAUGUCUCUAAGGUAAAAUGGUUUUUCAAUAAGCAAUUGGUGAAACCUGGCAAAGAGUUCAAGUGUACCAAAGAUCAUGACACAUACUCAUUGGUUAUCAACAAAGUUGUCAAGGAGAAGCAUCAAGGAGAAUAUGUUUGUGAGGCUGAGAAUGAAGCUGGCAGGACAACAACAUCUUCAACGCUCACUGUAGUCUCAAGAGUGCCACCUGUUUUCAGGCAGAAAAUCAACUCUCUGGAGAUAAACAUCGGUGGACACGCAAAGUUUGAAUGUGAGACUGAAGACGCUCCAAAUGUGACCUUCAAAUGGUACAAAUCUUCCGUUGAGAUCAGACAGAGCGAGAAGUAUCGGAUCCUCAGUCGCCCUACCAGUUCCUCUCUGGAGGUGGUGAAGCCUGUAAAGGCAGACAGCGGUGAAUACACCUGCAAGGCUUCAAAUCAGCACGGCACUGACAGCUGCACCGCUACGCUCGUUGUUACCGAGAUGUAUCCACCAGUAUUUGUAUCAAAACCAGAGCCAGUGGCCUCCUUUGUGGGAAAACAGGCAGUAUUCCAGUGCUCUCUUACUGGGUCUUCACCCAUGGAGGUUGUCUGGCACAAGGACAACAUAGCCAUCUCCUCUGAAGGAAACUAUGUCAUGAAAUGUGAAAAGAACAAGUAUUCUCUUCACAUUAAGUCUCUUGAACUGACUGACCAGGGUGUGUAUCUUUGCAAGGCAUCCAACAGUGUUGGCACUGCGACUUUUAUUACAGAACUCAAGGUGAUCAAAAAACCCAGUUUUAUUAAGACCUUUGAACCAGCAUCAGCUGCUGUCGGUAACCCACUGAGGCUGGAAUGCCAGGUGGAUGAGGACACUGCUGUGAGUGUCACUUGGACCAGGGAUGGCAAAAAAGUCCACCAGAGUAUGGAUUGUAAGCUGUCAUUUGAGGAUAAGGUGGCUAUUCUUGAGAUACCCAAGUCCAAGCUGAAGGACUCUGGGAAGUAUGUAUGCACAGCCACAAAUGAGGCUGGGACCUCGACCUGUGAGGCUGUAGUGACAGUUCAAGAACCUCCAACUUUUGUCAAGAAAAUGGAGCCCAAGAUUACAUGGAAAAAGGGUGCACCUGCAAGCUUACAGUGUACUGUUAAAGGAUCACCUGAACUUCACAUCCACUGGUUCUGGAAUGACAUGGAGCUCAGCGAUGGAGAAAAGUACAAAAUCUCUUUCAAGAAUGGUUCUGCUACCUUAGAGAUAUUGAACCUUGAAAUCACACAGAGUGGCAGCUAUACCUGUGAAGUGUCAAAUAAUGCUGGCAGCGAGAGCUGCAGCACUCUUGUAUCUGUUAAAGAGCCGCCAUGCCUUAGAAAAGAUCUACAGACUGUAGAGGCAGUGAAGGGAGCAGCAGCUCAGCUGGAGUGUGAAGUCACAGGAACAGCUCCUUUCGAAAUCAGCUGGUUCAAAAAUAAGAAAGCUAUCACCAGUGACGAAAAAUUCAAAAUAAUCUCCCAGGAAACACUGUCUAGACUGGAGAUCCGAACGUUUGAAAGUGCAGAUGUUGGAGAUUAUCAGUGUGUUAUAGCCAAUGAUGUAGGGAAAAUCACCACUAAGGCAUUGGCUAAACUAAAAGAGCCGCCUGUCUUCUCAAAGAGAGUUGAGAGUGCCACAGCUGUAGUGGGAAACUCAGUAAAACUACAAGGAACCAUCAAGGGCUCAGCUCCCAUCACUGUCAAAUGGAUGAAAGACUCUGAGUUAAUAAGAGAUGGAGAUCCAAAUAUCACGAUGGGCUUUGACAACAAUGUUGCAAGUCUAACAAUAACAGCAGUAGCUCUAAGCAAUGGUGGCAAAUAUUCAUGCUGUGCUGAAAAUGAGGCUGGUCAACAGAAGUGUGAAGCCACCUUGACUGUUCAAGAACCUGCCAGAAUUGUAGAACCUGCAGAAUCUAUUAGUGUGACUGCAGGUGAUUCUGCCACCUUAGAGAGCAUUAUCUCUGGAAGUCCGGAUCUAAAAGUAAAGUGGUUAAAAGAUGGGAAAGAGAUGAUCAGUGGCCGGAAAUACAAGAUUACUCUGAAAGAUAAUACAGCCACCAUGAAGAUCCUUACAGCAGAAAGAGGAGACACUGCAGAGUACCGGAUGGAAGUAUCAAACAAAGUUGGAAAGGACCAGUGCAUAUGCUCAGUCACUGUUUUAGAUCGGAUAAUGCCUCCAACUUUCACCAAGUCUCUCAAAAGGGUUGAUGGCAAUAUUGGUCAUGACGUGUCUAUGGAGUGUAAGGUGUCUGGGUCCCAACCCAUGACCAUAGCCUGGUUCAAGGAUGAACAAGAAAUACAUUCUGGAGCCAAAUUCCAGCCAGAGUUCAAAGACAGCUCUGCCUCCCUAAAAGUCUUCAAGCUGGAGAAGGCAGACUCUGGUGUUUACACAUGCAAAGCCACUAACUCAGCUGGAUUCAAGGACACAAGCGGCACACUUUAUGUCAAAGAACCCCCAGCAUUCUCACAGAAACCAAACAACCAGGAUGUCAUACCAGGAGCCACAGUUUGUCUCAACACAGCCUUCACAGGAACUGCACCUUUGACCGUCAAGUGGUUCAAAGAGGAAAAGGAAAUUGUAACUGGAGGCAUGUACUUCAUAAAAAAAGAUGCAUCCUCCAGCUCUUUGCAACUUCAAUCUGUAAAGCCAAGUGACUCCUCCAAGUAUACCUGCCAAGUGUCCAACGAUGCUGGGAUGGUGGAGAGCACCGUCUUACUCUUUGUGAAAGAGCCUCCGGUGUUUGUGAGGAGGCUCGAUGCGACUAAGCUCAUCACCAGCGGCGAGUCGGCCAAGCUAGAGGCCAAAGUGGUGGGCAGCCCAACCAUUGGAUUCAAAUGGUUCAAGGAUGAAAUGGAGAUCAGCUCUAGUUCUAAAUACAUUAUCAAGCAGACUGACUUAGAGACAGCUCUUGAAAUAAUUAACUGCACAGUUGAGGACAGUGGAGAAUACAUGUGCGUAGCAUCAAGUCAGGCUGGAAGUGACCGCUGCAGCAGUACAGUCACAGUCAAAGAGCCACCAAUGUUUGUACGUAGUUUGGAACCCAAAGAUGUGGUAAAAGGUUCUGAGAUGACUAUUGAGUGCCAAGUCUCUGGUUCUUCUCCUUUCACUGUGACAUUCUACAAAAACUCCAAAGUAAUCAGGAAUGACAAAAAGCACAGAAUCACAGUGAAAGAUGAACUGCUGGCCUUACAGGUGCAGGUAGUCGAGGCAGGGGAUGUUGGCUCAUACCAGUGCAUCGUUGAAAAUGAAGUGGGGAAAGCAUCCUGUGAUUGUCAAGUAACGCUUAAAGAACCACCAGUGUUUGUACAAAAGCUGGAGAACCUGAGCUCACUGGUGGGAAGUGAGGUUUCUCUGCAAUGCACUUUGAAGGGCUCUGAGCCCAUGACAGUGUCCUGGCUAAAGGACAACCGUGAGCUCAAAGAGACUGAAAAUGUUCGCAUAACUUUUGAGAACAAGAUGGCUGUGCUGCACCUCAGUAAUAUACAGGGCCAAGAUGGUGGAAAGUACUCUUGCCAGGUGCAGAAUCAGGCGGGCAGCCAGACAUGCUCCGCUGUACUUGCAGUCAAAGAACCUGCUAAGAUAACGGAGGAGCCAAAGUCGGUCAGUGUGACCCAGGGUGACCCGGCCACACUGGAGGCCCGGUUCUCUGGAACAAAACCACUAAAGGCCAGAUGGUUGAAGGCCGGCAAAGAGCUGACUUCAAGCCUCAGAUAUAAAGUACAGAGCACGGACAACAGCUCCGUGCUCAAGAUAAUCAAAACUGAGAAGGGUGACAGCGGUGAAUAUGCUUUUGAGGUUUCAAACGAUGUCGGACACGGCUCUUGCGAGGCUACAAUUACAGUUCUCGAUCAAAUAAUUCCUCCAACUUUUACAAGAAAACUGAAGCAGACUGAAGGUAUCAAAGGAUCCUUUGCUCACCUGGAAUGCCUUGUAUCUGGUUCCCUGCCGAUAACAAUCCAGUGGUACAAAGAUGAAAAGGAGGUCCAAAGUGAUGAGAAACAUAAAUGCACAUUCUUUGAGAAUGUUGCUUUUCUAGAAAUAUCAGAUCUGAACUCCAAAGAUGGAGGCAGUUAUACUUGUAUGGCCACAAACAAAGCGGGAACAGUCCAGUGCUCCGCGAUCUUGUUCGUGAAAGAACCUCCAUGCAUACUUGAAAAGCCUGAGUCUAUGAAUAUUUUGCCUGGUUCAAAAGUCCAGUUUAACAUGCUGGUCUCUGGCACUCCACCACUUAACAUCAAGUGGUUUAAAGACAAAAAGGAAAUUGUAUCCAGCAAUGAUUGCUCUGUGACAAAAGACAAUACGUCCAGUUCUCUGGAGCUCUUCUUUGCUAAAACAUCAGAUUCUGGAGAAUAUGUUUGUGAAGUACAGAAUGAUGUGGGCUCUACAUCCUGCCAGGCAACCCUCUUUGUCAAAGAACCUCCCACAUUUACGCGCACCCCUGCACGACUGUCUGUGGUGCGCCCUGGUCAGAGUAAGUUGUUCGAGUGCCAGGUGACUGGCACGCCUGAGAUAGAUGUCAAUUGGUUCAAAGAAGGCUCAGAGAUUGUUGCAAGUGAUCGGUACAAGGUGGCCUUCUCUAAUUCUGUGGCCACUCUGGAAAUCUGUGGGGCUCAUGCCAAAGACAGCGGCCUGUAUUACUGUGAGGCUCGCAAUGAGGCUGGCAGCGAGAGCUGCACCAUGGAGCUUAAAGUGAAAGAACCACCAACAUUUAUAAAGGAGUUGUCUCCAGCUGACAUUGUGAAGGGCUCCAGCGCCCUUUUUGAGUGUGAAAUUGCUGGGACAAGUCCGUUUGACGUAACAUGGCACAAAGAUGGAAAGGAAAUUAAGCCCAGUGCUAAACAUGGUUUCUCACUCCUUAAUGGCAAUGUGGCUCUUGAAGUUCACAAAUGCGAUACUUCGGAUGUGGGUGAAUAUCAGUGUACUGCUGCUAAUGAGGUGGGAAGCUGUACAUGUAAGACAACUCUAACCCUCAAAGAGCCACCAUCUUUUACCAAAACAAUUGAGAACAGUGUCAUUGUUCUGGGUAAAAUGGCAGAGUUUCAGUGUGUUGUUGUGGGCUCUCCUACUCUCUCUGUGCAAUGGCAAAAAGAUGACAGCUGGAUCAUGGAGGAUCCCAAAAUUGAGAGAACAUUUGAGAACAAUGUGGCAACACUCAGGAUUCCUGCCUGUAAUGCCAUUUACAGUGGCAGAUACACCUGCCAGGUGGCAAAUGAGGCAGGGCAAGAUAAAUGUUCUGCCUCACUAACGGUCCAAGAGCCACCUCAGAUCAUAGAGAAGUCUGAGGUGAUAAAGGUCACAGUGGGAGAUCCAGUCAGUCUGGAUUGUAAGGUAAAGGGUUCCUCUGAGCUCCGUGUGAAAUGGAUGAAAGAUGGCAAGGAGCUUCAGUCCAUCAGGCAGCACAAGCUGGUCUUUGAGAACAACAUCAGCAGCCUGAAGAUCCAGGCGGCUCAGAAAACAGAUGAGGGGGAGUACGUGUUUGAAGUGGCGAACCACAUUAGCAGCUGCUGCUGCCAAGUGAAAGUGGUAGUACUAGACCAAGUAAUUCCCCCAAGCUUUAUAAAGCCACUAGUAGAUAUGCAGGAAAUAUUGGGCUCCUUUGUCCAGAUAUGUUGCAAAAUAUCUGGUUCUCUCCCUAUUGCUGUGGAGUGGCAGAAAGAUGGCAGCAAAAUCUCCAGUGGGGUCAAACACAAACUCAUUCAGCAGGACAACUCUGUGUCAGUAGAAAUAGAACAGCUCGAGAAAUCUGACGCAGGAACUUACUCUUGCAAACUGACCAACUCAGCAGGAAGCUGUGACUGCAGUGGAUUUCUUACAGUCAAAGAACCCCCCAGUUUUGUGAUGCCUCCCGAGUCACAGGUGACUCUCCCAAAUGCCACAGUGCGCUUCAAAAGUGUGUUUAUUGGCACUCCUCCGUUCACCAUAAAAUGGUUCAAAGAUGACACAGAGCUCAUGACUGGGCCCACUUGUUUCACUGGGCAGGAUGGAUUGUCCUGCUUCUUGGAGCUCUAUUCAGUGGCCGUCAAUCAGAGUGGAGUUUACUCUUGUCAGAUCAGCAACGAUGCUGGCUCUGUACGAUGUAGUGCCGACCUGACAGUUAAAGAACCACCCGAGUUUGUGCUGAAACUCCCCGCUACAAAGUUUGUAAAACGGGGUGAAUCCCUCCGCUUGGAGUGUAAAGUCGUUGGCACACCUCCUUUGAAAAUGACCUGGUUCAAACAUGACAACAAAAUCACAGAUGGGGGCAACUACACCACAUCAUUUACUGACUCAGUCGCAGUUCUGCAACUGCAUUCCACCAGCUCUGAUGAUGAUGGAGUUUACACCUGCGAGGCUCAGAAUGAUGCUGGCAGUGUCAGCUGCAGCACCACCCUGUCUGUGAAAGAGCCCCCGUCGUUUGUCAAAGUAGCUCAGUCUGUCGAAGGGCUGAAGGGUAAGGAUGUGAGCUUGUACUGCGAGAUGAGUGGUACUGCUCCAUUCCAGAUCACUUGGUUCAAAGACAAGAAACCUCUGAUGGAGAGCAGGAAGUAUAAGAUGGUGGGCGAGAGCAGCUCGGCUACGCUGCAUAUCAUUGGAAUAGAGCCUACGGAUGUCGGUGAAUACGAGUGCAAAGUGUCGAACAGUGUAGGAAGUGACACCUGCCAUGCAUCCAUUAAACUCAGAGAACCGCCGUCGUUUGUGAAGAAAUUGACAAACAUAACAGUGAUACUGGGAGAGGAGGUGACCCUUAUGGCCACUGUUAAAGGCUCUGAACCCAUUACUGUGUCCUGGGUUCAAGACAAGGAUCACAUUCUCAGGGACGGUGACAACAGGAAAAUCACCUUUGAGAACAACCAAGUUGCACUUACAGUGUUUAAGGCUGACGCAACUACAGCAGGCAAAUAUACCUGUCAACUCAGAAACGAUGCCGGAAGUGUGGAAUGUUUCGCUAACGUGACUGUUCUAGAGCCUGCCAAGAUUCUGGACAAGCCAGACGCUCUGAGCGUGACAGCUGGUGACAUUGCCGCCCUUGAAGUCAAAGUGUGUGGGACCCCAGAGCUCAUCCCCAAAUGGUUCAAAGACGGAGUUGAGUUGGCCUCUGGAAGGAAAUACAAGAUCUCUUUCUCCCGAAUGAUCUCUAGCCUGAACGUGCUCUCCACUGAGAAAAUGGACUCUGGAGAAUACACCUUUGAGGUUAUGAACGACGUCGGAAAGGACCUGAGUAAAAUAAACCUAACAGUUCUAGCAGAUAAGGUUGUUCCUCCAACCUUCUCAAGGAAACUGAGGGACUCCAACAUGGUUGUGGGAGAAGCUGCAGAGAUGGAGUGCAAAGUUUCAGGCUCUCCGCCCUUCACUAUUUCUUGGUACCAUGAUGGAACAGAAGUACAAAGUGGACCCAACUAUGAGGUUUCCUUCAGCGACAACAGCUGCACUCUCAGCAUUCCCACAUUGAAGCUUGCAGAUUCUGGAGUGUACAAAUGUAAGGCUGUCAACAAGGCUGGAUCCAGUGAAACUACAGCCACCCUGGUGGUCAAAGAACCUCCUUCUUUUGUGGUGCCACCUCAGCCGGUGGAAGCCAUGCCAGGAUCAAAGGUGACCUUCUCAGCCAUUGUGAAAGGUAGCGCUCCCAUGAAACUGAAAUGUUUCAGAGGACCAAAGGAGCUUCUGUCAGGAAAGGACUGCGAAUUCUCCUUGAAGGAUAACCAGGUUCUUUUGGAGCUUUUAAACGUGGACAGAUCCCACGCUGGGGAGUACACCUGCCAGGUCAUCAAUGAUGCCGGAAAGGAGAGCUGCGCUGUCAAUCUCUCCGUCAAAGAGCCGGCAGCUUUCUCAAAGAAACUGAAAGACGUGAUGGUGGAAAAGGGCAAACCGUUAACACUGGAGUGCUCAUACACCGGAACUCCCAAGAUAACCGUGAACUGGUACAAAGAGGGCCAGGAGAUCUUUGCUUCAUACAAGUACAACAUCACUACGACAGAGAGCUCCUGCAUCCUGGAGUGCCUCAGCACCGACGAUAAGGAUGCUGCAGGAAAUUACUCUUGCAAAGUGUCCAAUGACGCUGGGAAAGACACCACUGAAGCAGUGGUGUCCAUCCUAGAGCCUCCAUACUUCCUUGAAACAUUGGAGCCGAUGGAGGUGACAACAGGAGACGCCGUGUGUCUUAAGUGUCAGGUAGCGGGCACACCUGAGAUCAAGGUGUCCUGGUUCAAGGCCGAUGGUAAAGUCAGGUCCAGCCCCACCUGCAAGCUGGAGUACUCCAAAGGCGUGGCCUGUCUGAAGCUCAGCAAAGCCACUAAAGCUGACAUUGGAGAGUACACCUGCAAGGCAGAGAACAAAAUAGGCUCCGCCUCCUCCACCUGCAAACUCAACGUGCUUGAGGCCAAAACGCCGCCAUCCUUUCCCAAGAAGAUCACCAGCCUUCAGGAAACGGAAGGUCAACCAAUCCGCUUUGAGUGCCGCGUUGCCGGCUCGUCGCCCAUUGAGGUUUCAUGGAUGAAGGAUGGCAAACCUGUAACACAAGGGGGAGACUUUGCCAUGCUUUAUGAUGACAACACAGCCGUGCUGGAGAUCAGCCGUGGUGAGAUGAGACACUCUGGGGAGUACACCUGUGUGGCCACCAACAGCGUGGGCUCAGCAUCCUGCAGAGCGAAGCUGACCUUGCAAGAACCCAGAUUUCCUCCAGUCUUUGACAGGAAGUUGUCACCACAGGAGGUGAUUGUGGGUGACAGCAUUGAGCUGGAGUGUCACAUGACGGGCUCCGCCCCCAUGAAAGUGACAUGGUCAAAAGACCAUAAAGAUAUUCGCACUGGGGGGAAUUACAAAAUCAGCUGUGUGGAGAACACCCCUCACCUGACCAUUCUUAAAGCAGACAAAGGUGACACGGGAAAAUACUUUUGCCAUGCAUCUAAUGACAUGGGCAAAGACUCUUGUUCUGCUGAUAUCACGGUCAAAGAGCGUAAAAACCCUCCAAUGUUCACCAAAAAGCCCUCAGAAAACAUCGAGGACACCGAGGGCAAACUGGUUAAAAUUGAGGGCAGAGUGACUGGCUCACAGCCCAUAUCUGUCAACUGGUUCAAAGAUGACAAGGAGAUCCACAGCUCUGAUAAAUACGACAUUAGCUUUAAAAGUAAUGUGGCUGUGUUGUGUAUUAAGAGCAGCCAGGUGACUGACAGUGGUAGGUAUUCCUGCCAGGCCUCCAACGAAGCUGGAAAAGCAUCCUGUGACAUCAGCGUGGGCAUUUCUGGUGGGUUUCAAGGAGAAAGACAGGAACUAGAUACAUUAAAAUUUUCAGAAGCCAAGAAACCUCCAGUAUUUGACGUCCCACUCAAACCCGUGUCUGUGGACGAGGGAGACAAGCUUAGCCUAAAGUGCCACAUCUGUGGAACUCCUCCUCUGAAGAUCCAGUGGAUGAAGGACAGGAGGGAGCUGACAUCUGUCGGCAGCACCAGAAUAAGCUUCUCAGAUGGGACAGCAGGUCUGGAGAUCAGCCCGGCCUCCAAGCAUGAUGCAGGCGACUACCUCUGCAAAGCCACAAAUGAUGCUGGCAGUGAGUUCUGUAAGGCCAAAGUCACCGUGAAAGAAAAACCAGGAGCAGCUUCGGCUCCUGCUGAAGCUCCAGCUGCUGCUCCAACCAAAAAACUGGACAAUUUGUUUUUCAUUGAGGAGCCAAAAGCUGCACAUGUCACUGAGAAGGGAACCGCCACCUUUAUCGCCAAGGUGGGUGGAGACCCCAUCCCUAGUGUGAAGUGGAUGAAGGGAAAGUGGCGGCAGAUGACACACGGUGGCCGGAUCUCCAUUGAACAGAAGGGCCAGGAGGCCAAGCUGGAGAUUAAAGAGGUUACCAAGUCAGACUCGGGUCAGUACCGCUGCGUGGCAUCCAACAAGCACGGAGAGAUUGAGUGCAGCGCCGAAAUGCACGUGGAUGAAAAGAGAGAGGCAGCACAGGUCGAAGGAGACCUUCGCGCUAAACUCAAGAAGACCCCUUCAAAGCAAAAAAGUCCACAGGAGGAGAAGGACAUCGACAUCGUCGAGCUCCUGAGAAAUGUGGACCCCAAAGAGUAUGAGAAAUAUGCCAGAAUGUACGGCAUCACUGAUUACCGCGGCCUGCUGCAGGCCAUCGAACAGCUGAAGAAGGAGAAGGCUGAGGAAAGUGGAAGACCGGAAAUGGAACGUGGAGACAGAGAGUCUGAUGAAGAAAUGGCUCGACUGGUGGCCGACCUCCAGAAGAGGAUGGAAAGAACUGAGCCUGUCACUGUGGUGAAGGACAUCUCCAACCAAUCCGUCUUCGUGGACAAGGAGGCGCUUUUCGAGUGCGAGAUCAAGAUCAAUUACCCAGAGAUUACACUGUCCUGGUACAAGGGCACACAGAAACUAGACUCAGGCGACAAGUAUGACAUUAGCGUCAGCAACGACCGCCACCUGCUCAAGAUCAAGAAGUGUCAGUUGGCUGACCAGGGUAACUAUCGUGUGGUGUGCGGGCCGCACAUCUCAAGCGCCAAGCUCACCGUCACGGAAGUGGAGGUGGAGAAGCAUCUGCAGGACACAUCGGGUAAGGAGGGCCAGCCCUGCACACUGUCUUGUCAGUUUUCUGUUCCUAAUGUUGCGGCUCAGUGGUUCAAAAACGGCAAGCAGUUAGAGAUGAAGGGCAGGUACUCGUCUGAGGUCAAACACAAGGUCCAGAAGCUUCUGAUUAGGGACCUGAAGCCAGAAGACCAGGGCCGAUACGCGUGCAGGUUCCAACACCUGGAGUCCUCAGCAGACCUCUGGGUAGAAGCUGAACAAAUUCAUUUCACCAAACGUAUCCACAACGUUGAAGUCAACGAGCGGCAGUCAGCCACUUUUGAGUGUGAAGUUUCCUUCGACAAUGCAAUUGUUUCAUGGUACAAAGACACCUGGGAACUAAAAGAAAGCCCUAAAUACAACUUCACAAGUGAGGGCCGAAGGCAUUUCAUGGUCAUUCAAAAUGUGACCAUUGAAGACGAAGGCGUGUACUCAGUGAUUGUGAGGUUGGAGCCCAGAGGAGAGGCUAAGAGCACAGCUGAGCUUUAUUUGUCUGGCAAAGAAAUUGAACUGGCAAGGGUUCCUCUGGAUAUCCCAGACUCCUCAGUUCAGAAGCCCGACAUGCCAUCAUUAGUGGCGCUCCAAGUUGCCAAAGUUGCUAUUGAGGAGAAGGUGGAGACCAAGAAAGUUGAAAUGAAAGAGGAAACCCCAUACAAAGUUGAGGAGAAGCCUGAAAUGAAACCAAAGGCAGAGGUGAAGGAACCAGAAGCCAGAAAACCUGUGCAGGAGAAGGUCGUCGUAGCUGAGAAGAAGGAAGCUCCUACUCCUAAAGAAGCAGAGGAGGUGAAGAAGACAGUGCCUGCUGAUAAACCUGGUCUGCCUGGAAAAGUUGAGCCCAAAGUGAAGGCUCCGGCAGAGCCCACAGCCAAACCGAAGGAACCUGAACCAAAACCCAAACCAACUGCAACUCUUAAAGUAGAACCUGAAGCAAAGCCGGUGGAGCUGAAGAAGCCAGUAAAAGCUCCCGCUGAGGAGAAAGUUCCAGCGCCUCCAAAGGCAGCCAAGAAAACCGAGAUGGAAGUCUCUUCCCAAAAGGAGGAGCCAACACAGGGGGAGAAAGCUUUGAAGUCCAAACCCCAACCUGAAGAAGUGUCUCACAAAGUACCUCAGGAAAAGCACGAUGAAGCCAAAAUUGCACUCAAGGUGAAGGACAAGACCCCUGAGGUGGUCCCGGAGAAGAAGCCUGAAGGAAAAGAGGAGUUACUUCCUGAAAAGGUUCCUCAAAAAGUAGUUGAAGAGAAGAAGAUGCCUGAAAAAAUUCCUGUAAAGGUCCAGAGUGAGAAGCCUGACAAGAUGCCUCAGAAAGAGGCAGAGCCUGUAAAGGUUGCUGAAAAAACUGAGAAGAAGGCUGAAGUCAAACAGCCGCAAGCAGCAGACAAAGCUCUUCGCAAAGAGUUCUUUAUCGAGAAGAUCUCACAGAGACCAGAUCUUCAACACGAAAGUCCCAUGAUGAUCCAUGAAGAUGAAGAAGAGAAACACGUGGAGUUUGACCCACAGGUUUUCACUGAUGAAGGGUUUAUGCUCCUCCGGCUACCAUUCAAGAAGGCAUGUUGUUUUUGUUUGUUUGUUUUUUGUGUCUGUCUUUGUAGAUACUCUUCAGCAGAUUGUAGCUCAGAGCAUCUUAAUUUUGUGAAACUAAUGAAAAUAAAGCAGGAUAAAGUUUUUUCUGAGGAGUUUCUGUUUAAUGUGUUUUUUUAUUCUGUCCUUCAAGAGAGCAAACCAAAAGUUCCUGUGAAAGUCCCAGAAACCGAAAAGGUUCCUGAGAAAGCUAAGCAGGAAAAGACAGUCACUCCACAAGCAGAAACAAAGCCAGUGACGGAGCCAAUACCGGAAGUAGCUACCAAAAAGGAUACACAAGAGAAACCAGCUGUGAAAGUACUCACACCACCUGAAACAGAUGAAACCAAGGGACCUGUUCAAGCUCCAGGAGGAGUCAAGAAAGAGGGACAGCCAGCAGAAGAAGCAGGCAGAGGCCGAGGCAGAGGUCUUAAACCCAAGCAGACCCCAUCCCCAGGAGAGGGCAGGGGCCGUGGAAUGAAGCCCGGGGGCAAGGGUCCACCACCACCAGAGGAACCAUUUGGAGGAUUCAAACUCAAAGCCGUCCCACUGAAAUUCAUCAAGAAGCUUCAGGACAUCGUGUUGAAGGAGGCUGAGUCCAUUGGAUCAUCUGCUGUCUUUGAGUGUGAGGUGUCACCUUCCACUGCUGUCACUUCUUGGAUGAAAGAUGGAGGUAACCUGCGUGAGAGCCCCAAGCACAAGUUCACCUCCGAUGGCAAGGAUCGCAAGUUGCACAUCAUUGAUGUCCAGCUGUCUGACACCGGCGAAUACACCUGUGUGGCUAAGAAUGCUGGCAAGGAGAUAACAUGCACAGCAAAGCUGAUUGUUGAAGAGCUCCCAGUGAAGUGGAUGAAAGAGCUGGAGGUGGAGACGUCGACAAUAAAGGGCCAGCACACCUACCUGACCUGCGAGUUAAGCAAAGAGAAAGAUGUGAUCUGGAAGAAGAACAAUGAAGUCCUAAAGAAAAAAGAUGGCAAGGUUCAGAUCACCAUCAUCGGUUUGCAGCAUGCAGUGACCAUCCAAAAUUCCUCUGAGGACGAUGCUGGGACAUAUACCUGUGAAGUAGAGGGCCAGGAGGAUGUCAAGACCACCACAAAUGUCAAAAUAAUAGAAAUUAUCAAGGAUUGGAUUGUAAAACCGCUAAAAGACCAGCACGUCAAACCAAAAGCCAGUGCCACAUUUAAAUGUCAGCUGUACAAAGACACUCCCAAUUGGAAAUGGCUCAAAGGAGAAGAUCCAAUAACUCCAUCUGACAAGAUUGAGAUUAAGAAGGAUGGAAAGGACCUGGAACUGACCAUCAAAAACUGUCAGCCUGAUGAUGUAGCAGAAUACUCCUUGGAAGUUGAAGGACGAACCUACACAGCUAAGCUAACUCUUGGAGAGCGUGAGGCUGAAAUCCUGAGGCCACUGGCCAGCGUUGAAGUGGUUGAAAAGCAGGAUGCUACCUUUGAGACAGAGAUCUCUGAGGAUGAUGUUCCAGGCCAAUGGAAGCUCAAAGGAGAGGUUUUGACCAGAUCCCCUACAUGCGAUAUCCAAAUGGAAAGAGGCGUGCGGCGACUCAUCUUGAAAGACUGCCAGUUGGAUCAGGCUGGAGAAGUCUCCUACCAGGCCCUCAAUGCCACAACAACUGCAAUGCUGAAUGUCAAAGAAAUCGAAAUGGACUUUGUUGUCCCACUGAAGGAUGUUUCUGUGCUGGAAAAGAAACAGGGUAAAUUUGAAUGCACCAUCACUAAGGAUGUCCCUAAAGCCAUGUGGUAUAAAGGGGCUGAUAUCAUAACUUUGGACCAAAAGUACGACACCAUCAUUGAUGGAAAGAAGCACAUGUUGGUCAUAAACUGCUGUGAGUUUGACGAUGAGGAUGACUAUACAAUUGAAGUUUUAGGCAAAACUUCUACUGCAAAACUCACAGUGGAGGGUAUCAGGCUUAAAUUUAUUUCACCACUCAAGGACCAAACUGUAAAAGAAGGUAAAACAGCUCGCUUCGAGCUGGAGCUCUCUCAUGAGAAUAUCCCUGUCUCCUGGUUCAAGAAUGAUGUUAAGAUCCAUCCAAGCAGAACGGUUGUAACUCAAAUGGAUGGAAAGAAGCAUGUGCUAGAAAUAAAGCAAGUGACCCUAGAUGAUACCUGCCAAAUUAAGGCUGAGGCCAAAGGAAUUCCUUCAAUGGCCAAUCUGACAGUUAUAGAGGGAGAUCCUUACUUCACAGUUAAGCUCCAGGACUACACUGCAGUUGAGAAAGAUGACGUGGUUUUAGAUUGCGAACUCAGCAAAGACAUUGACGUCAUGUGGUACCAUAACGAAGCUGAGCUCAAAGCCUCUAAGAUGGUGACCAUCAAAGCAGAGGGCAAACGCAGAACCCUCAUCAUCAAAAAAGUUGGGAACAAUGACAAAGGUCAAUAUACUUGUGACUGUGGAACAGACAAGACAACAGCGACUCUUCAUAUUGAAGCUCGCCACAUCAAAGUGGUGCGACCAAUGUACGGCACAGAGGUAUUUGAUGGAGAAACGGCUCGAUUUGAGGUCGAACUCAGUGAAGAUGAUGUCCAUGGACAAUGGAGGCUAAAUGGAGAAGUCCUUAGUCCAUCUGCUGAUGUCGAGAUCGUGGAGGAUGGUGCCAAGCACACAUUGGUAUUGUACAACUGCAAAGUGCCUCAGACUGGCGAGCUUGUCUUCACUGCGGCCAAUGCCAAAUGUUCAGCCAAGAUAAAAGUGAAGGAGCUGCCAGUGUCAUUCAUUACACCACUGGCUGAUGUGCAUGUGUAUGAAAAGGACGAGGCAAAGUUUGAGUUGGAAAUUUCUAGGGAGCCCAAAAGCUACCGGUGGCUGAAGGGGUCUCAGGAGUUGUCAAAUGAUGACAAGUUUGAACUCAUCGAGGAGGGGAAACGACACACUCUUGUAGUAAAAUCCGCCAGAUAUGAAGAUGAAGCCAAAUACAUGUUUGAGGCUGAAGAUAAGAGAACAUCUGGGAAGUUGAUUAUCAAAGGUAUUCGCCUCGAAUUUAUCAAGCCUAUAAAAGAUGUGACUGUUAAGGAGCGAGAAACAGCAGAGUUUAGUGUCGAACUCUCACAUGAAAAGAUCCCAGUGUCGUGGUACAAAAAUGAUGUCCGUCUACAUCCAAGCAAGCAGGUCCACAUGUCUCAGGAAAGAAGAGUCCACACUCUAUCAUUUAAAGAAGUUGUCUUGGAUGACACUUCUAUUAUCAAAGUGGAGGCCAUGGGCAAAACAUCAGAAGCCAUGCUCACUGUUCUUGAAGGUGACCUGUACUUCACAGUGAAACUCCAGAAUUAUACAGCAGUUGAGAAGGAUGAAGUGAUUUUGUCCUGUGAGCUGAGCAAAGCAGUCACAGAUGUCAAAUGGUUCAAGGACGGUAAUGAAAUAUUUCCAUCAAAGAAUGUUCUCUUCCAAGCUGAGGGAAAGAAACGCGUCUUGAUUAUUAAAAAGGCAGCAAAGAGCAACAUGGGAACAUACACAUGUGAUUGUGGCACCGACAAAACCUCGGCAGAUCUAAACAUUGAAGACCGCAACAUAAAAGUUAUCCGGCCAUUGUACAGUAUGGAAGUCACAGAGACAGAGACGGCUACAUUUGAGACAGAGAUCUCUGAAGAUGAUCUCCACGCCAUUUGGAAGCUGAAGGGAGAGAUGCUCCAUCCAUCUGCUGAUGUGGAGAUCAAACAGGAGGGAACCCGCCACACUUUAACGCUCUUCAACUGCAAGAUGGACAUGGCAGGAAGUGUCGACUUCUCUGCAGCUAACGCGAAAUCCACUGCUCAGCUCAGAGUCAAAGGCCGAGUCAUAGGCCUGGAAAGGCCUUUAAGGAAUGCCACCGUGACGGCUGGGGAGACCGCCACCUUCGAGUGCGAGCUUUCCUAUGAAGACAUUCCUGUUGAGUGGUUCCUGGAGGGCAAAAAGCUGGAAUCAAGCGACAGAAUUGUGUUUAAGACCGUUGGAAAACUCCAAAGCGUAACAAUAAGAAAUGUCCAGAUGGAGGAAGCAGGUGAAGUUAAACUUGUCACCAAAGACUUCCAAACUGAGGCCCGUCUCACUGUCAAAGAGCCACCGGUAGAGUUCUCAAAGCCUUUGCAGGACCAAACAGUGGAGGAGGAAUCCACUGCCACACUGGAGUGUGAAGUUUCCAGAGAGAAUGCAGAAGUCCGAUGGUUCAAGGAUGAGCAGGAGAUCCACAAGACCAAAAAGUAUGAAAUAAUAACCGAUGGCCGCAAGAGAGUGCUGCUUAUUCAUGAGUGUAAGCUCGAUGACUCAAGAACUUACACCUGUGAUGCCAAAGACUUCAAAACCUCCUGUUUCCUUAAUGUUGAACCUCCACAAGUUGAGUUCUCAAAGCCACUUCAUGAUGUCGAGGUUAAAGAGAAAGAGUCUGCCAGGUUUGAGUGUGAAGUCUCCAGAGAGGACGCCAAAGUCUGCUGGUUUAAGGAUGGAACUGAAAUUAGGAAGGGGAAGAAGUAUGAAAUUAUUGCCCAAGGUCGUCAACACAUUCUGAUUGUUCACAAGGCUGUGUUUGAUGAUGAGGCUGAGUAUGAAUGUGCUGCAAAGACCUCCAAAUCCUCCGGCAUGCUUACUGUCGUUGAGGAGGAGGCCAGAUUUACCAAGAACCUACCCAACAUGGAAGGAACAGAGACAGACAGUGUGAGGCUCAUCUGUGAAAUCUCUAAGCCCAGUGCAGAUGUUACCUGGUACAAAGGAGACCAGGAGCUGCCUGAAGGAGGCCGAUAUGAUCAGAUUGUCGAUGGCAAGAAAAGGAUCCUUGUCAUACAAAAUCUGCAAACAAGUGAUGCUGGAGAGUACAACUGUAGACUGAGUCCUACCAUCAAAACCUCUGGAAACCUCAAAAUCAAUGAGCUGGCUGCUGAGUUUAUCUCAAGGCCUCAGAACCAGGAGGUGGUGGAGGGCCAGAAGGCAGAGUUCACCUGUUCUGUCUCCAAGGAGAGUUACAGUGUCAAAUGGAUGAAAGACAACAAGGAAUUGGAAGAGGGAGAGAAGUACCAGAUGGUAAGUGAUGGUAAACGGCGCUCUCUGGUCAUCAAGAACUGUGAGCCCAAAGACGAAGGCGGAUAUGUGGUGGUGAUCGGAGCCACCAGAGCCAGCGCCGACCUGAUGGUCCAAGAGAAACUGAAGGUCAUCACUCCUCUAAAGGACACAGAAGGUAACGAAGGACAAGAAAUUGUCCUGAAUUGCGAGGUGAACUUGGAGGGAGUAAAAGCCAAGUGGUUGAAAAACGAGGAGACGCUGUUUGAGAGCGGAAAGUAUUCCAUGGUCCAGAGGGACAACGUCUUCUCCCUUAGAAUCAAAGAUGCCCAGAAGGGAGAUGAAGCUAACUACAUCAUAAACCUGACCAACCAAAGAGGAGAGCAAGCCAAGAGCUCUUGCAGCCUCACAGUCAAAGAGGAAAGUCUAAAGAUCCUGGUCCCACUGGAAGACGUCGACACUCAAGAAAAGAAGACCAUCAGCUUUUCAUGCAAGGUCAACAGGCCCAAUGCCACACUGAAAUGGAUGAAAGCUGGCCAGGAAAUCACAUUCAACAAACGUGUUGUGUACCGCGUCGACAAAGACAAGCACACCCUGACCAUCAAAGAAUGCUCCCUGGCAGACGAAGGUGAAUACACCGCUGUGGCCGGAGACAGCAAGUCCACAGCAGAGCUGAUCAUCAGUGAAGCUCCGACCGACUUCAGCGCACAACUCAAAGACCAGACCAUCAUUGAGUUUGAGGACGCAGAAUUUACCUGCAAACUGACCAAAGAGAAAGCUGAAGUCAAGUGGUACAGGAAUGGACGGGAGAUCAGAGAAGGACCCAGGUACACGUUUUUAAAAGAAGGAAGUACUUGCACCCUGAUUAUCAAAGAGUGCAGGCCUGAUGAUGAGUGUGAGUAUGCCUGCGGAGUGGAUGAGAAGAGAUCCAGAGCCAGGCUCUUUGUUGAAGAGACCCCGGUAGAGAUUGUCCGACCACCCCAGAAUGCGUUCGAGCCUCCAGGUUCUGAUGUAGUGUUUGAGGUGGAGCUCAACAAAGACAGAGUGGAGGUGAAGUGGCUGAGGAAUAACAUGACAAUUGUCCAAGGAGACAAAUACCAGAUGAUGAGCGAAGGGAAACUUCACAGACUUCAGGUCUGUGAAAUUAGACCUAGAGAUCAGGGAGAGUACAGAGUCAUCGUCAAAGACAAAGAUGCCAAAGCAAAACUGGAGCUGGCAGCUGCGCCUCAGAUAAAGACCACUGACCAGAGCUACGUCACAGAUGCUGGGAAGCCCAUUGUCAUGGCGAUACCCUACACUGCCUACCCGAAGGCUGAGGCUGAAUGGUUUUACAAUAACCAGAGUCUUCCCACAGACAACAUACACACCUCUGCAGACUGCACUGAGUAUCGUCUGAAGGACCCCAAAAAGUCUGAUGAGGGGCGAUACAAAGUCCUGAUCAAAAACAAACACGGAGGAGGAGAAGCCUUCAUAAACCUGGAUGUCAUUGACGUUCCUGGCCCAGUGAAGAAUCUGCAGGUGGUGGACACUGCAGACGGCGAAGUCAGCCUGGCAUGGGAAGAGCCUGAGAGCGAUGGCGGCAGCAAGGUGAUCGCCUAUGUGGUGGAGAGACGUGACGUAAAGAGAAAAACCUGGACUCUCGCCACAGACCACGCUGAGAGUCCUGAAUACACUGUGACUGGGCUCCAGAAGGACUCCUUUUACCUAUUUAGAGUCAGCGCCCGAAACCGUGUGGGCAGCGGUCCCAUUGUUGAGACCGACAAAGCAGUCCAAGCCAAGAACAAGUUUGAUGUUCCUGAUGCUCCUCUAAAUGUCAUCGUUGGAAACGUCACAAAGUUUGGCUGCACAGUCUCCUGGGAGCCUCCGGUGUCUGAUGGAGGCUCUCCCAUCACCUCCUACAUCAUUGAGCUGCGUGACCGGACGUCAGUGAAGUGGUCUCCUGUCCAGCUGACUAAGGCUGACGAGCUCGGCGCCAUUAUCAACGAUGUUAUUGAGAACAAAGAGUACAUUUUCAGAGUCAAAGCUGAGAACAAAGCUGGUGUUGGCAGGCCCAGUGCUGCCUCCCAGCCAGUCAAAAUCAUGGAUCCUAUCGAGCCCCCCAGCCCCCCUCAGAACCUCUCCUGGAGCGACCAGAACAAGAGCUCUGUGCAGCUUACCUGGGAGACUCCUAUGAAGAACGGAGGCAGCAUGAUCACGGGAUACAUCAUCGAACGUUGUGAGGACGGCACUGACAAGUGGCUCCGGUGCAACGCCCGCCUCUGCCCUGACCUUUUCUAUAAGGUGUCCGGUCUGAAGUAUGGAACCAAGUACAACUACAGGGUGUUUGCUGAAAAUGCUGCCGGUGUUUCUGACCCAUCAAACACUAUCGGACCUCUGCUGGCCGAUGAUCCACAUGUUGGGCCAACCUUGGACCUAAGCGGUUUCAAAGAUGGCAUUGAGGUUAUCGUCCCUCAGCCUCUGACCAUCAGAGUUCCCAUCAGUGGAUACCCAACUCCUGUAGCCAAAUGGACCUUUGGAGAGAAGGAGCUAACUGCUGAGAAUGAGCGCGUUUCCCUGAUGACCAAGUCCACAUUCACAGAACUUGUUGUCACCCCAAGUGUCCGACCAGACAAAGGCAUCUACACACUUCACCUGGAAAAUGACGUCACAACUGUCUCAGGAGAGAUCGAGGUCAACGUCAUUGCGGCACCAAGUGCACCAAAGGACUUCAAGGUCCUUGAAGUAACACGGCAGCAUGUCCACCUUAGCUGGGAAGCUCCAGAGCAUGAUGGUGGAAGUCCUCUCACAGGUUAUCAGGUGGAAAAACGAGAUGUAUCCCGCAAGACCUGGGUCAAGGUGAUUACAGGAAUCCAAGAUCUUGAGUACACGGUCACAGAUGUGGUUGAAGGGAAAGAGUAUCUGUUCAGAGUUACUGCCUGUAACAAGUGUGGACCAGGAGAGCCAGCAUACAUUGAUGAACCAGUCAAUGUCUCUUCACCAGCAACUGUCUCAGACCCCCCAGAAAACCUGAAAUGGAGAGACAAGUCAGCCAGCGGCAUCUUCCUGACCUGGGAACCACCCAAGUAUGAUGGUGGCAGCAGCAUUCGUGGAUACAAUGUUGAACGCUGCCAGAGGGGAACUGACAAGUGGGAGCCCUGUGGAGACAUGGUUCCUGAACUAAAGUGCCAAGUUACAGGUCUGAUUGAGGGCCAAUGGUACGCAUACAGAGUUCGCGCUUUGAACCGACUUGGAGCCAGCCAGCCAUGCAAGGCCACAGAUGAGAUCCAGGCCGUUGAUCCCAAAGAGGCUCCAGAGAUUCAGCUGGACGCUAAACUGCUGGCUGGCCUCACCGCCAAUGCAGGCAGUAAGAUUGAACUCCCUGCUGAGGUCAAAGGUAAGCCAGAGCCCCGUGUAAAAUGGACCAAGGCUGACCUGGUCCUUAAACCAGAUGACAGGGUGACGAUUGACACCAAACCUGGACACUCCACUGUGACCAUCGCCAAGACCACGAGAGAUGACACCUCCACCUACAUCAUAGAAGCUACCAACAGCAGUGGUCGUGCUACGGCCACUGUGGACGUCAACAUCCUCGACAAACCUGGUCCUCCUGCCGCUUUCGACAUUUCUGAAAUUACUAAUGAAACGUGUUUUCUGGCGUGGAAUCCUCCACGUGAUGACGGCGGCUCAAAAGUCACCAACUACAUUGUUGAGCGGCGAGCUGCUGACAGCGAGAUCUGGCAUCGCCUGUCCUCCACUGUUAAACAGACCACCUACAAAGCUGUGGGCCUGGUUAAGUUCAAGGAAUACGUCUUCAGAGUGUUUGCUGAGAACCAGUUUGGCGUUGGUCCAGCCGCUGAACACCCAUCUAUCAUUGCCAGAUACCCCUUCGACACUCCCGGAGCUCCCUACAAAUUGGAAGGCUCAGAUAUUGCCAAAGAUUCCCUGACACUGACAUGGUACGAACCAGAUGAGGAUGGUGGAAGUCCAAUUACAGGCUACUGGGUGGAGCGAUAUGAGGCUGACCAUGACAAGUGGAUCCGAUGCAACAAACUGCCCAUCAAAGACACUAACUACAGGGUCAAAGGCCUCCCUACCAGAAAAAAAUACAAGUUUAGAGUUCUUGCAGAGAAUUUGGCAGGGACUGGAAAACCCAGCAAGGAGACAGACCCAAUACUGAUCAAAGAUCCUAUAGAUCCUCCAUGGGCUCCAGGUAAGCCCACAGUCAAAGACGUGGCUAAGACCUCGUGCUUCCUGAUGUGGACUAAACCAGAGCAUGACGGAGGAGCAAAGAUCGACAGCUAUGUCAUUGAGAUGCUGAAGAGUGGAACCACUGACUGGAUCAGAGUGGCAGAGAACAUUAGUGGCUUGGAGUAUUUCCUGAAGGGCCUGAUGGAAAAGCAGGAAUACUCGUUCAGAGUGAGAGCAGUUAAUAUUGCUGGAGAAAGCGAACCCAGCGAGCCCAGCGAACCAGUGCUCUGCAAAGAGAGACUCAAUCCUCCAUCAGCUCCGCGAUGGUUGGAGGUCAUCAGCAUCAGCAGAAACAGUGCUGAGCUGAAGUGGACGGCACCUGAGCGUGACGGAGGAUCACGCAUCACCAACUACGUGGUGGAGAAGCGCGACGUGAGGCGCAAAGGCUGGCAGGCCGUGGACACCACAGUCAAAGAGCUGAAGUAUACGGUGACCCCGCUCAAUGAGGGCUCGCUGUACGUCUUCCGUGUCGCUGCAGAGAAUGCAGUGGGUGUCGGGCCGUUCUGUGAGCUGGAGGACUCUGUUCUAGCUAAAGACACCUUCACCACUCCUGGUCCACCAUACGCUCUGACUGUCAAUGCUGUGACUAAGAAAUAUGUGGACCUGCAAUGGGAGGAGCCUAAAAAUGAUGGUGGCAGACCCAUUCUCAGGUAUUCCAUUGAGAAGAAGGAAAAACUCGGAACCCGCUGGGUAAAAUGUGGCAAAACCUCUGGACCAGACUGCAAGUACAGAGUAACGGACGUCAUUGAAGGAACAGAAGUCCAGUUCCAGGUCCGUGCCGAGAACGAGGCUGGAGUUGGACACCCGAGCGAACCCACCGAAAUCCUCACCAUUGAGGAUCCCACAGGCGUACCUUCACCACCCAUCGAACUUCAUGUUACCGGAGCAAGCAGGAACUUCCUGUCCAUUGCCUGGAAGCCUCCACAGCAGGAUGGGGGCUCCCCAAUUCGUGGCUACCACAUUGAAAUGUGUGAAGCUGGAACACAGAAAUGGAUGAGGGUCAAUUCUCGCCCAGUAAAGGAGCUGAAGUACCAAGCGGAGGAGGGCGUGGUUCCUGAAAAGGAGUACAUUUUCAGAGUGAGGGCCAUCAACGCUGUCGGAGAGAGUGAACCCUCGGACAUCUCUGAAAACGUCUUUGCCAAAGACUCAGACUGUAACCCAACAUUGGAGUUUCAGACCUUGGACCUGGUUGUCGUGGAGACAGAGAAGCUUCAUAUCCCAGUUCCCUUCAAAGCUGUCCCAGCCCCCAGAGUCACCUGGCAUAAAGAUGGCAAAGAGUUGAAAGCUGAUGAACGCAUUGGGUUCAGAAAGGAGUACACAUCUCUACACUUGGAGAUUGACAGCAGCGUUCACCCUGAUGCUGGAGUAUACAAAGUCACUUUGGAGAAUAAACUUGGAAGUGCUAGUGCCACUAUCAAUGUCAAAGUCAUUGGUCUUCCUGGACCUUGUAAGGAGAUAGUGGCCUCUGAGAUCACUAAAAGUUCCUGUAAAGUGUCCUGGGAUCCUCCUGAUUAUGAUGGUGGCAGUCCAAUUCUUCACUAUGUCCUGCAGCGACGUGAAGCUGGGAGAAGGACCUAUGUCAACAUGAUGUCCGGAGAGAACAAGGUCAGCUGGACAGUCAAAGACCUCAUCCCCAACGGAGAGUACUACUUCAGAGUCCAGGCCGUCAAUAAGAUUGGAGGCGGGGAGUUCAUUGAGCUCCGUAACCCAGUUAUUGCCGAGGACCAGAAACAUGCUCCCGAUCCACCUGUGGACUUGGAGACUCAUAACCCCACAUCCAGCACCAUCACUCUGACUUGGAAGCCUCCCAUGUAUGAUGGAGGUGCCAAGAUUAUGGGCUACAUUUUGGAGAAGCAACAGAAAGGGGAGGACAAAUGGGAGAGGUGCAAUGACUUUUUGGUACCCGUCCUGUCCUACACUGUCAGAGGACUGACAGAGGGCAAGAACUACACUUUCAGAGUAAAAGCUGAAAACGCAGCUGGGAUGAGUGAGCCAUCCCGCAACACGCCAUUUGUUAAAGCAAUGGACACCAUCGAUCCUCCAAAGGUUUUCCUAAGUGGCAGCCUGCAGUCUGGUCUCAGCGUGAGGCGAGGCUGUGAAAUCUGCCUAGACGCUAACAUUUCAGGCUCCCCGUACCCUCAGAUCACCUGGUACUGGAACAACCAGGAGAUCCAGCCUGAGCAGCUCCGCAAGAGGCCAGAGAAACCCCUAAAAAAGAAGGCGGAGGAGAAAAAGGAUGAGGAAAAGAAAGAGGAGGAAAAGAAGGAUGAGGAGAAGAAGGAGGAGAAGAAAGAGGAAGGGGAAGCAGAGAAAAAAGAGGAAAAGAAGGAGGAAGAGGUAAAAGAGGGAGAGGAGAAAAAAGAAAAGGAGAAACCAGAGGAGGCAGCAGCCGCAGAGCCAGAGAUGGAGGAAGAUGAUUACCCCACCAUUAAUGAGCGACUGGCUAUUGACAACAGCCACAGAGGUGUGUCCUCAGUAGUCAUCAGGGACUCCAUUCGCCGUGAUCAUGGAGUCUUUAUGGUGAAGGUGGAGAAUAACCACGGCAUUGCCUCUGCCACCUGUGAGGUCAACGUACUUGAUACUCCGGGUCCUCCUGUGAACUUGAGAUUUGAGGAAGUGAGGAAAAACUCUGUUAUCUGCAAGUGGGAUCCUCCCCUGGAUGACGGUGGAAGCGAGAUUCUCAAUUACACAGUGGAGAAGAAGGACAACUCAAAGCUGGACUUUGGCUGGAGCUCCGUCACUGCCACACUUAGAGGCUGCCGCUACUUGGUGCCCAAGCUCAUUGAAAAGAAGGAAUAUAUCUUCAGAGUCGUGGCUGAGAACAAGUUUGGCCCUGGUCCUCCAUGUGUCUCCAAACCAGUCGUUGCCAAGAACCCCUUUGAACCUCCUGAGGCACCUGAUAAGCCAGUCAUUGAUGACAUCACAGCCAACAGUAUGCUGGUUACUUGGAAUGAACCAGAUGGCAAUGGAAGCCCUAUAUUAGGAUAUUGGGUGGAGCGACGUGAGAUCAAUAGUUCCCAUUGGGCACGUGUCAACAGAGAAAUUGUUCCAAACACCGAGCUCAAUGUUGAAGGUUUGCUGGAGGGUCUGACUUACAUAUUCAGGGUGGCGGCUGAAAACCAAGCCGGUCCUGGAAAGUUUAGCGUUCCCUCUGAACCAAAGACUGCCCAGGCGCCAAUCUUGCCUCCAGGACCUCCAGUAGCCAGAGUAGUGGAAACCACUGACCACUCAAUAGAUGUGGAGUGGGAUCCACCUGCUGAUACUGGUGGAGGAGACAUUCUGGGAUAUCAUGUGGACAAGGCAAUGGCUGGAACAAAAGAUUGGUCUAGGUCUACAGAGCGCCCUUGGAAGACCCGAGCCUUCACAGUUUACGGUGUGCGUGAGGGAGCCAAGUACAUCGUUCGAGUCAUUGCCUGCAAUGCCGCAGGAGAAGGAACACCUGGAUUCACAGAGUCUGUGUUCGUCAGAAAUCCUGCAGAGGUGCCCGUCAUUGAACUGGAUCUAUCAGUCAAGAAUGGGGUUACCAUCAGGGCUGGAGAAACACUUCGCAUACCAGCCACGGUCACUGGCAAACCCUAUCCAUCUAUCUCUUGGACGAAAGAUGACAACAAACCUGACAAAGACCGUGUGGAAAUCCUCAGCGAGGGCAACACCAGCAUUGUUUCAAUCAAGAAUGUGCAGAGAAAGGACUGUGGCAAAUACCAGAUAUCUGUUUGCAACCCCAGUGGCAUAAAGUCUGCAUGGACAAGGGUAGACGUGAUGGAUGUCCCUGGACCCAUCACAGACCUGAAGCCUGUUGUUGUUACUCGCAAAAUGAUUUUCCUGAACUGGGAUGACCCUGAAGAUGAUGGAGGUAGUGACAUUACAGGCUUUAUUGUUGAGAGGCGAGAUGCCAAGAUGCACACAUGGAGGCAGCCUGUUGAAACGGCUUCAUCCAAGUGUGAGUGUGUGGGCAUUAUGGAAGGACAAGAGUAUUUUUUCAGAGUUUUUGCCAAGAACAAGUUUGGCGUGGGCCCACCUGUUGAAUUAGGACCUAUAAAGGCUGUGGAUCCACAAGGCCCACCAUCAUACCCUGAGAAGUUUCACUACACAGAGCGCACUAAGAACUCUAUCACAUUUGCCUGGAAACCACCUCGUAAUGAUGGUGGCAGCCCUGUGAUUGGCUACUUUGUAGAGAAAAAGAGGCAGGACCAACAGGCUUUUGAGCCCUGUAACACUGAGAUGUGCCCUAACCUUUCAAUGACUAUCGAGGGCCUGGAAGAGGCUUGGAUGUAUGAGUUUAGAAUCAAAUGUGCCAAUCUUAUUGGACAGAGUGAGCCAUCCAUUCCACUGACUGUGGUCAUCCAAGAUGAUGAAGUGAGUCCUGAGGUUCACCUGCUGAAGCACUUCAAAGCUGACACCAUCAUAGUGAGAAAGAAUGAGCCAGUCGAGAUUCCUGCUAAUGUGAUUGGACUCCCCAUCCCAAAGAUUGAGUGGUCCAAGGAUGAUGUGGUGAUUGAACAGUCAACCGAGACUCUUCUGAUAGACACCGAGGUGACUGGAAGGAUGAAUGCUAAGACUACCCUCUCUAUUCCCGCGGUGAACCGGAGGGAUCGUGGCAGCUACACUGUCUCGGCCUCAAACAAUAUGGGCUCAGCCAAGCACACUGUCUUUGUCAUGGUCCUGGACCGACCAACUCCACCCAGGAAUUUGACUGUGACUAACAUUAUGGCGGAGUCUUGCUACCUGAACUGGGAUGCGCCCCUUGACGAUGGUGGCACUGAGUUGACCAACUACAUUGUUGAGAGAAAGGAAGUGAUUACAGAGCAGCCCGAGCUAGAGGAGGGAGAGGAAGCUCCACCUGAGCCACAAUGGGUGGAGGUCACUAACAGCAUAAUCGAGAGGAAAUACGGGGUUUGGAACUUGGACACAAAUAAGACCUACAUUUUCCAGGUCAGAGCAGAGAAUCGCUUUGGUAAAUCUGACCCAUGUACAACAGAGGAAGUCAAGAUUACAGACCCAUUUAGCCUUCCUGGACCACCAGAGAAACCAGCUAUUUCAGAAUUCUCCAGGACCUCCAUGACAGUGACUUGGGAACCUCCCAGAGAAACCGGUGGCUCCAUGAUCAUUGGCUACUGGUUGGAGAAGAGGGAAAAAGGCACAGAAUACUGGGCUAAAGUUAACAAGACACCUGUGACCAAAAGGGGUAUCAAAGGCUGGGAGUAUCAGGUGACGCGUUUGUUUGAAGGAACAGAGUAUGAGUUCAGGGUUGCAGCCUGCAAUUCAGCAGGAACUGGACCUUUUAGUAUGCCGUCUGACUCUGCUUUUGCUGUUGAUCCCAUCACUCCUCCAAGCAUGCCCGCUGCUCCUGUAGUUGCUGACAAGACAAAGCACAGUGUCACGCUGACAUGGGAGCCACCUGUCAGUGAUGGAGGAAGUCCAAUCAAAGGCUACAUCAUCCAGAUUCAAGAUGAGGGUGGAUCAGACUGGGUUAAAAUUAAUGAUAUUGACAGCUUGCACCCUACCACAGAAUUUACUGUGCCAAGCCUCCGUGAGUUGAAGCGCUAUCGCUUCAGAAUCAUUGCAGUCAAUGACAUUGGUGAGUCCGAUCCCAGCCCCCGUACCAGUGAAGUUCUGGUGGAGGAUGUGCAACUUCCGCCUUUAAUCACAAUUGAUGUCAUGGCCGAUGACCUUGUGGGUAUCCGUGCCGGAGAUCCCGUCAGAAUCCCUGCCACCAUUAGAGGCAGACCUAUUCCUAAGGUGGCUUGGGACUAUGAAGGCAAAGCUGAAAGCCAAAAGAAGGACAAACUGCACACAUUGCCCGUGGACUCUGGGGUUGAAUCCACAGACACCACCUCAGUGGUGAACAUCCCAGUCAGCAAGAGAAGCCAUUCUGGUCGUUACACAAUCACAGCAAAGAACAAGUCUGGACAGAAACAUGUCAACGUCAGAGUCAUUGUCCUUGAUGUUCCUGGACCUCCAAAGGACCUAAAAGUCACUGAUGUCACCAGAACAACUAUGAGGCUGAUCUGGAAACUCCCUGAAACUGAUGGAGGAGAAAGAAUUAAGAGCUACUUCAUUGAGAAGAAGUCGGUUAUUGACAAAGCCUGGACAAAGGUGAAUGCUGCUUGUGCCAGUCAGGCCUUUGUGGUUCCAGGCCUCCUUGAAGGUCAGGAAUACUUUUUCAGGGUCAGAGCAGAAAAUAGACUUGGAUUUGGGCCAUUUACUGUCACAACUGAACCUGUUCGAGCCAGAGAUCCUAUUUAUCCACCUGAUCCACCCACAAAGUUGAAGGUCGAUUUAGUGACCAAAAAUACUGUCACUCUGAGCUGGGAGCCUCCCAAAAACAACGGUGGCUCACCUGUAAAACAUUACAUCAUUGAGAAAUUGAGCUGGGACACCAGUGGGAAGGAGAAGGAGACCUGGAAGCAGUGUAACAAAAGAGAUGUGGAGGAACUCACUUUUAUUGUUGAGGACGUAAAGGAGGGCGUAGAGUAUGAGUUCAGAGUGAAGGCAGUGAAUGCUGCUGGACCAAGUCGACCCUCUGCCACUGUUGGACCCAUGGUCAUCAAGGAUCAAACAUGUGCACCCACCAUCCAGCUCCGUGAGGCCAUGGAGGGAGAGGAGGACUGUGAUGUCAGUAUUGUUGCAAAAGUCAGCGGCUGUCCAUUCCCAACCCUGACCUGGCACAAAGCCAGCCUGGCCAAACCAGAGGAGAAAGUUGCAGUUCAGUAUGACCAACACAUCAACAAACUGGUUACCCAGGACAAGUGUACACUGCUGAUCCAACAUGCUAGCAGGCAUGACAGCGCCCUCUACAGUCUGACAGCCAGCAACAGUCUUGGCACCGUAACCAAAGACAUCAAGCUGUCAGUGCUAGGACCCCCUGGCGCACCUGUCGGACCAAUCAAGUUCACAGAGGUGUUUGCAGAGAGAAUUGGCCUGGCUUGGGAAGCUCCCAAAGAUGAUGGUGGAUCUAAAAUCACCAAUUACGUUGUUGAAAAGCGUGAGGACAACAGGAAGUCCUGGGUUCAUGUAUCCAGUGACCCCAAGGAAUGUGCCUAUGUGGUGACCCGACUCACAGAAAAUCAUGAGUAUGAGUUUAGGGUUAUGGCUCAGAACAAGUUUGGAGUUGGACCCCCACUAGUCAGUGAGCCAGAAAAGGCCAGAAACCUCUUUACUGUGCCUGGUCAAUGUGAGAAACCAACUGUCACUGACGUCUCUGUGGAAUCCAUGACUGUCAACUGGGAUGAACCCAAGUACGAUGGUGGAUCCUCCAUCACUGGCUACUUUAUUGAGAAGAAGGAGACCACUUCCAAGCGCUGGACUCGUGUCACUCGUGACCCAAUCAGGGCUUUACCACUUGGAAACAACUGGGAUGUCACUGGCCUGAUGGAGGGUGCCAUGUACCAAUUUAGGAUCAUUGCCAUCAAUGCUGCUGGCUGUGGUCUACCUAGCAUACCUUCAGACCCUGUACUCUGUAGAGACCCCAUCAAGCCACCAGGUCCACCUACUCCAAAGGUGACAGACUGGACAAAGUCAACAGUGGAGUUGGAAUGGAUCCCUCCAACAAUGGAUGGAGGAUCAAAGGUGACUGGCUACAUUGCUGAGUUUAAGGAGAUUAACAAAGAGGAGGAGGAGAAGAAAGCUCAGAGGAAGCUGCUGCUUCUGAGCGACGCAGAGGAGGAAAAGGAGCCUGAGACUGACGAGGGCUGGGAAAAGGCCAAAGACACUGAGAUAAGAGGGACAAAAUAUGUAGUUGAUGGUUUGAAGGAGGGCGGACUAUACCGCUUCAGAGUUCGAGCCAUUAAUGCUGCCGGAGAGGGAGAGCCGGGAUAUGUGUCUGAGCUCAUUGAAGUCAAGGACAGAACAAUUCCUCCUGAGAUGGACCUUGAUGCCUCAGUGAAGGAGAAGAUUGUAGUCCACGCUGGAGGCACCAUUCGCAUCAUCGCUUAUGUAUCAGGCAAACCUGCCCCGCAGAUUACCUGGUGUCGCGAUGAUGGUGAGGUGCCCAAGGAAGCUGCAGUGGAGCAGACCGGCAUCUCAAAUUCUCUGGUCAUCAAAAACUGCAGGCGCCAGCACCAAGGCAUCUAUACACUUAGUGCUAAAAAUGAAGGAGGAGAGAGAAGGAAAGCUGUCAUUGUUGAGGUCUUGGAUGUUCCUGGACCAGUCCGUCUUCCCUUCGAUGGAGAAAAUCUGACUAGCGACUCCUGCAAGCUAACUUGGUACUCCCCUGAGGAUGAUGGUGGUUCAGCCAUCACCAACUACAUCAUUGAGAAGCGUGAAGCUGACCGCAUGGGCUGGACCUCCGUGUCCUACACUGUGACAAGGAACAACGCCGUGGUGCAGGGACUCAAUGAUGGCAAGGGUUACUUCUUCAGGAUCGCUGCCGAGAACAUCAUUGGCAUGGGACCUUUCAUCGAGACGGAGAAAAUGGUUCUCAUCAAAGACCCUAUUUCCGUCCCAGAGCGUCCAGAGGAUCUGAUCAUCACUGCUGUUACCAAGGACUCUAUCUCUGUUGCCUGGAGACCACCAAAAUACGAUGGCGGUGCUGAGGUGACGGGAUAUGUUCUUGAAACCAGAAUGAUUGGCCGUGACAAUUUUACAAGGGUAGGUGGAGAAGACAAACUAAUGGAGAGGAAGUUCACGCUGACUGGGCUUAAAGAUGGCUCUAGCCAUGAGUUUAGAGUCUCUGCCGUCAAUGAAGUGGGACAAGGCAAGCCAUCCUUCAACACCAAAGCAGUGCAGUGCAAAGAUGAGCUUGAACCACCAUCUCUGGAACUGAACUAUAGGGAAAGUAUGAUUGUGAAGGUGGGUGACGCCUGCAUGCUGUCAGGACGCUACAGCGGAAAACCAACACCUUCUGUCACCUGGACAAAGAAUGGCGAAGAGCUUAAGGCUGACGAUGACAUUGGCCUCUUUAGCAGCUCAAACACUUUCAGCCUCAACAUCAGCAAGACCAAGAGAGACCACAGCGGCCGCUAUUGUGUCAACAUAGAGAACGCCGCUGGCACUCGCUUAGGAAUAUGCAAUAUCACUGUGGUUGACCGUCCUCAGCCACCAGAGGGCCCUGUAGUGUUCAACGAGGUCUACAGGAACUACAUGGUUAUCUCCUGGAACCCCCCACUAGAUGAUGGAGGUUGCCCCAUUUCCACUUACAUAGUGGAGAAGAGAGACACAAACAGAGAUCUGUGGAUGCCGGUCACCUCAUCUUGUACCAGAACAACCUGCAAGGUGCCAAAACUGAUCGAGGGUCGUGACUAUAUCAUUAGGAUCAUGGCUCAGAACAUGUAUGGCAUCAGUGACCCCCUUCUAUCAGCAGAGUCCAAAGCCAGAGAUGUUUUCAAGGUACCUGAUGCUCCCAAGCAGCCUACAAUUAAAGAAGUUUACCAUGACUCUGCCUUGAUCACCUGGGAGCCUCCUGCAGAUGGAGGAAAACCAAUAACAGGCUACAUUGUGGAGAGAAAGGAGACCAAGGCCAGCAGAUGGGUACGCUGCAACACAGAGAGGAUCCAUCCAAAGGUGGAGUACUGGGUGACAGAGCUGCUGAAAGGCUGCGAGUAUGAGUUCAGAGUGAGCGCUGAGAACGAGGUGGGAGCUGGAGACCCGAGCCCUCCAUCUAAGCCAGUGUUUGCAAAGGAUCCCAUUGUGAAACCCAGCCCUCCUGUGAACCUCAGAGCCAUCGACUUCAGCAAGGAGUCAGUGACUUUGCUCUGGGAGCCACCCACAGACACUGGAAGAGGAAAGAUCUUUGGGUAUUUGCUGGAGUUCCAGAAAGCCGGAGAGGAAGAAUGGCACAAGGCAAACCAAACUCCUGACUCCUGCCAGGAUACAAAGUUUAAAAUCAUCAAUCUGGAAGAUGGUGCUCUGUACCGCUUCAGAGUCGUUGCUGUCAACGCUGCUGGAGAGUCUGAUCCUGCUAAUGUGAAAGAGCCAAUCAGAGUGCAAGAAAGACUUGAACCUCCUGAAUUGAUUCUGGAUGCUGGAAUGACCCGUGAGGUGAAGGCAAUGGCUGGAACUCACAUCACUCUUAUGGCCAGCAUUAAGGGUGCCCCGUUCCCCAAGGUCAUUUGGAAAAAGAAUGAGGCAGAUGUUCCAACUAGGGCAGACAUCGAGACCAACCAGUUAGGCACCAAACUGGAGAUGAGAUUCUGUAAUCGUGAUGACUGUGGUGACUACACACUGACUGUGGAAAACCCAGCUGGGUCAAAGACUGUUACUUGCACAGUGCUGGUACUUGACAAACCUGGUCCAAUUCAGCACCUCCGGGUGUCUGAUGUCAGGAGUGACUCUGCUUACUUGUCCUGGAAAGAUCCCGAAGACAAUGGGGGCUCUCGUCUCACAAACUUUGUGGUUGAGAAAAAAGACACAGCUUCCACACAAUGGGUCCCUGUGUGUUCCACAUCUAAGAAGCGUAGUAUGAUGCUGAAGCAUCUGAUGGAGGGCACCUCCUAUGUGUUCAGAGUUGCUGCUGAAAACAUAUAUGGCCGCAGCGAAUACACUGAAACGCCAAAAGCUAUCAAGGCAAUGAACCCACUAUUCCCUCCUGGCCCUCCUAAAGAUCUGCACCAUUCUGAUGUGGAUAAAACUGAGGUAUGGCUUGUCUGGAAUUGGCCAGAUCGCAAUGGAGGAAGUGAGAUUACAGGCUUCCUGGUUGAGUAUCAGGAAGAAGGAGAAAAGAAUUGGGAUGAGUGGAAGACUGUGAGUAUUCCUGAGAGUCAUGUGACCGGCCUGGAGGAGGGAAAGACCUACCGUUUUAGAGUGAGAGCUGAGAAUGCCAUUGGCCUUAGUAGACCUGACACCACGGUGCCCAUUCUCUGUCAAGAGAAACUAGUGCCUCCAGUUGUUGAAGUAGAUGCCAAGCUAAUUGAAGGCAUCAUUGUGAAGGCUGGAACUACUAUCAGGCUGCCAGCUAUAAUGAGAGGAAUCCCUGUCCCCACUCCCAAGUGGUGUAUUGAAGGAGAGGAGAUCACUAGUGAGGGCAACAUCAAGAUCGACACUGAUAACUUCUCCACCAUACUCAGUAUUAACGAAUGUACUAGGAACCACACUGGCACCUACUUGCUCACUGUGUCCAAUGCAGCCGGAUCCAAGACUGUUGCCCUGAGUGUUACAGUCUUGGAUGUCCCUGCUGCUCCCAUUGGACCAGUUAAUAUCCUGGAGGUCACACCAGACUCCAUGACUAUUGAAUGGCGCCCUCCCAAGGAGGAUGGUGGAAGUCCAAUCACCAACUACAUUGUUGAGAAAAGGGAAUCCAACAAGGAGACCUGGGGAGGUGUUAGCUCUGGAAGCCUUGGCACAGAACUAAAAAUCACACGCCUACAAAGAGGAGCAGAGUAUGUGGUUCGCAUCCGUGCUGAGAACAAGAUGGGAAUUGGUGCUCCACUGGAGAGCAAACCCACUGUUGCUGAACACAGCUUCAUGCCACCAAGCCCACCUGGUAAACCACAGUCAUAUGAUCUCUCAGAGGAUAGUGUUACAAUUGGCUGGACUAUGCCUCUGGCAGAUGGAGGCAGCCAGAUCACUGGUUAUUUGAUUGAGCGUAGACACAAGGGAGGCAAGUGGAUUCGUGUAAACAAGACACCUUGCAAAGAUUUGCGUUACAAAGUCCUAGGUCUCUUUGAGGGAAAUGAGUAUGAAUUCAGAGUGUUUGCUGAGAAUAUUGCUGGCUAUAGCGGCCCCUCUCCUACUUCUGACCCAUGCAAACCCUGCCGACCCAUCACAGUUCCACGUCCUCCGAUCAACCCCAAAGUUAAAGAUUAUAGCAAAACCACUGCUGAUCUGGUGUGGACCAAACCUUCUAAAGACGGAGGUAGCCCUAUCCUUGGCUACACAGUAGAAAUGAGGAAGGGUGAUGCAGAAGAAUGGAAAAAAGUUAAUCUUGAUGACUUUAUCAAGUUAUGUGCCUAUCAAGUAAAGGGUCUAGAAGAGGGUGUGACAUACAAGUUCAGAGUAUAUGCAUCCAACAUGGUUGGUGAUGGAGAGGCCAAAGAAAUCCCAGACUCAAUUGUUGCUCAGGAUAUUCUCAUCCCUCCAGAGAUUGAAAUGGAAGCAGCUUGUCGUGAGCGAGUUACUGUACGUGCUGGCCACAACAUCAACAUCAUUGGUUACAUCAAGGCUCGCCCCGAUGCUGAGGUCAUUUGGUCAAAGGAGGAGACAGUUUUGGAAAACAGCAAGCGUGUGACUAUCACUCAGAAUUUCCCUCUUGUUCAUCUAAAAAUAAAAGAAGCUACAAGAGCUGAUCAUGGCAAAUACACUCUGAAGGCUUCAAAUGAAGGUGGAGAAGCUUCCUGCACUAUUGUGGUUAAUGUGCUAGACAGACCAAGUCAUUGCCAGAACCUGCACACUACCUACGUCACCAAAGACUCAUGCAUGAUCAACUGGGACGUACCUGUGGACAAUGGUGGAUCUGAGAUAACUCAUUACAUUGUAGAAUGCCGUGAGCCAAGCAUUAGCAUGUGGUCCAUGAUCUCUUCCAGCUGCACAAAUCGCAAAAUUAAAGCCAAAUUGAUGGAAGGCCAUGAAUACUUGUUCCGCGUGUGUGCUGCCAAUAAAAUAGGACCUGGACCCAGUGUGGAAACCAAGACUCCUAUUCUUGCAGUUGACCGCAUUGAAAAGCCAGGUGAGCCAGAAAACUUCAGAGCAACAGAAGUUGGCAAGAACUUUGUCAACUUGAGAUGGCGAAGACCUGACUAUGAUGGUGGCAGCCCCAACCUCCAUUACAAUAUUGAAUCUAAAACCAAAGAUGCAGAAGAGUGGCAAAAACUUAACCCAAGUUCUCUAACUGACACUUUCUUCUUGGCUGACAAAUGUGUGGAAAACCAGACAUACACUUUCAGGGUUCAAACUGUGAAUGAAGGAGGGGAGAGUGCCUGGGUGAAACUUGCUGAUAUAGUGGUAAAGGAGGACCUCCAGAAGCCAGUCAUUGAUCUUAAGGUGGCUGGAACUGUGACCGUGAAGGCUGGAGAGUCUGUCAGGAUGGAAGCUGCCCUGAGAGGAAAACCCCAGCCUGAAGUGAAAUGGACAAAGGACAAAGCUGUAGGAGACAACCCCAGACUGAGUUAUGAAACUGGUCCAGACUACUCCAAAUUCCUUUUGACAAAAUCCAAACGCACAGACACUGGAAAGUAUAUCAUUACUGCUACCAAUGCUGCUGGUACUUUUACAGCAUAUGCUAAUGUUAAUGUCCAUGAUGUCCCUGGACCUGUACGUAACUUAAGAGUUACUGGUAUUGGAGCAGACAAAUGCAGAGUAGUGUGGGAUGGUCCUGAGGAUGAUGGAGGAUGCGAAGUGGACAGCUACAUAUUAGAGAAGUGCGAGACCAGGAGGAUGGUCUGGUCUACGUACUCUGCCUCUGUAGUUACACCAUACUGCAAUGUCACUCGCCUGGUGGAGGGCAAUGAGUAUAUCUUUAGGGUGAGGGCAGAGAACAAAAUGGGAACAGGCCCUGCCACUGAGAGCAAACCUGUUACUGUCAAGACACAAUUCAAUAGACCUGGACCUCCUGAUGCCCCUGAGGUUACAAAGGUCAGUAAAGAUGAAAUGACAGUGGUUUGGGCUCCUCCUGAGAAUGAUGGAGGAAAGUCCAUCACUGGCUAUAUCCUGGAGAGGAAGGAGAAAAGGGCAGUUCGCUGGGUGGCCUGCACCAAGAGUCCCAUUCCAGAGAGACGCAUGAAAGUUAGUAAUCUUAUACCAAACCAUGAGUACCAGUUCAGAGUAAAAGCUGAAAAUGAGGUUGGUCUUGGGGAUCCAAGCAAACCAUGCAGACCUGUGGCAGCCAAAGAUCCCAUCGAACCACCUGGCCCCCCUGCAUUCCUGAAAGUUUCAGACAGCACUAAAACUUCUAUCACCCUUUCCUGGUCAAAGCCCGUCUAUGAUGGUGGCGCACCAAUCAUUGGCUACAGCCUUGAUUUGAGGCUGAAAAGUGAAGCUGACCCUGAGAAGCCCACUGAGGGCUGGAAAAGAAUUGAUACCCAUGGCCCAUUAGUGCUCACAGAGUUCACAAUUGGACAGUUGGAUGAGAAGCAGGAAUAUGAGUUUAAGGUGUCUGCACAAAACCAAGUAGGCUGGGGACGCCACGCCUACCUGAGGGAAGCAGUGGCCCCCAAAGAGAUCCUAGAGGCUCCAGAAAUUGAACUAGAUGCCAGCUUGAGGAAAGGCCUGGCUGUUAGGGCUGGCUGUCCAAUCAGGUUAUUUGCCAUCAUAAGAGGAAGACCAGCCCCCAAGGUUACCUGGAAGCGCCUGGGAGUGGAUAAUGUGGUCCGCAGAGGUCAUGUUGACCAGGUCGACACAAUGUCUUUCUUGACCAUCCCUGAGAGCAGCAGAGAAGAUUCUGGGAAGUAUUCACUGACUCUUUCUAACUCAGCUGGAGAAAAGGCUGUAUUUGUCCGCGUUAAAGUUCUUGACACUCCUGGUCCGGUUGGUGGAUUAGAUGCAACCGAUGUUACUAAAACAACAGCUCAACUAUCCUGGUUGCCUCCAGAGAAUGAUGGUGGCAGCCCUAUUACCAGUUACAUUGUAGAGAAACGUGAGGUGGACAGAAAGACUUGGGCAAAAUGCAGUGAAGACCAGAAAAAGACUAGCUUUAAGAUUACCAACCUUACACCUGGAAUUGAAUACUACUUCAGAGUUAUGGCCUGCAACAAAUACGGUAUUGGAGUUCCUCAAGACUCUCCUAGAUCCUACUUGGCUGUUGACCCUAUCAGCGAACCUGACCCUCCGAAGAAGAUGGAUGUGCUAGAGAUCACUAAGAACAGUGCUACACUUGGCUGGCUCAAGCCACUUAGAGAUGGAGGGGCCAAAAUUAAUGGCUAUCUGGUUGAUUACCAGGAGGAAGGUGCACCUGAAGAUAAAUGGACACCAUACUCUGUGGUGAAAGAUUUAACAAUUGUGGUGGUUGGCCUGAAGGAAGGACAGAAGUACAAGUUCAGAGUGGCAGCCAGGAACUCUGUGGGAACUAGCUUGGCUCGAGAGGCAGAAGGAAUAUUUGAAGUCAAGGAGCAGCUCAUGCCACCAAAGAUCAUCAUGCACGACAUUGUGACAGUCAGAGCUGGGUCUAAGAUGGUUGUUGAGGCCAUUGUGGCAGGAAAACCCCCUCCACUCUGCAAAUGGAAGCAGGGAAAUGAGGAUGUGUUGACAUCUGACCGCCUCUCUGUGGUUAAGACACUCACAACCUGCACACUUAUCAUUAAGAAUGUGACCAGAAAGGACAGCGGAUACUACAGCCUUUCCGCUGAGAACAGCACAGGAAAGGUCAACCAGAUCCUCAAAGUCAUUGUCAUGGACAUCCCUGGACCUCCAGAAGCUCCCUUACAGAUCACAGAGUUGGAUAUAGAUGCCUGCACAUUGCUCUGGAACUCGCCACAGGAAGAUGGUGGCAGCAACAUUACUAACUAUAUUGUGGAGAAAUGUGACAUCAGCCAGGGAGACUGGGUCACAGUGUCUGCAUCCUGCACCAAGACCAGCUUUAGAAUGACUAAACUGACACCUGGAAAAGAGUACUGCUUCCGGGUCCGUGCUGAGAACAGAUUUGGUAUUUCUCAGCCUGUCUACUCUGAGAAGAUGACAGCCAGAUAUCCAUUUGAUCCUCCCAGUGAACCCCUAAACUUGCAAAUCAACAAGAUCUUCAAGGACUGUGUCAUCCUAUCGUGGGAGCGCCCCAGCAGUGACGGUGGCAGCCCCAUCACCGGAUACUGUAUUGAAAAGAAGGAGAGAAAUAGUCUUCUGUGGGUAAAAGCUAACGAGUCUGUUGUCAAAGCACUGCAGUACACUUGCACAGGUCUAAUUGAAGGCUUGGAGUACACCUUCAGAGUGUCUGCACUCAACCUGGCAGGACAAGGCAAACCUUGCAAACAAACUGAUCUGAUCACUGCCAGGACUGCUGUUGAUUCACCAGGUAAACCUGAGCCAAUGGAUGUAACCAAAAAUUCAGUUUCAUUGGUCUGGAGUCGUCCUGAACACGAUGGUGGCAGCAAGCUGAUUGGCUACUUUGUGGAAUACACCAAGCUUCCAGAGGAGAAGUGGAAUCGUUGCAAUGCUAACUGCAUGAAUAUUCAGACAGAAAGCUACGUGGUUACAGGCCUGGAAGAAGGUCAACAGUAUCAGUUUAGAGUCAUUGCCAAGACAGCUAUAAACAUCAGCCUGCCAUCUGAGCUGUCUGAUCCCAUCCCAGUCAUUGCACAAAACGUUCCUCCUCGUGUUGAACUGGGCAUCAAUAUGAAGACUCUGAUUGUAAUUAAAGCUGGAGAGAAUGUUGUCCUUGAUGCUGAAGUGUUUGGCAAGCCUUUGCCCAAAGUAAGUUGGAAAAAAGAUGGAGCACCUCUGGUUCUUGCAGAGGGAAUGAAGAUGGCCCAGAAAAAACAUGUCCACCUGCUGGAGCUCUACUCAGUUACUCGAAAGGAGACUGGAGACUACACCAUCACUGCUGAAAACAUGAACGGCUCCAAGUAUGCCACCAUUAAAGUAAAAGUGCUUGACAAACCCGGCCCUCCAGCCUCAGUGAAAAUUACUAAGGUGUUUUCUGACCGCAUCAAACUGCGCUGGGAGCCCCCAAUCGCAGACGGCGGAUCUGAAAUUACCAACUACAUCAUCGAGAAACGUGAGACCAGCAGGGCCAACUGGGCUCUGGUCACCUCCAACAUCCAUGGCCACAUCACCGACUGUUCAGUGGAGAAGCUCAUUGAGGGUCAUGAAUACGAGUUUAAAGUUAGUGCUGAAAACCAGUAUGGGGUUGGAGACCCCUGCAUGACUGAUGCAGUCAUGGUCAAGAACCCAUAUGAUGUUCCGGGACCAUGUGAACCACCAGUCAUCACUAACAUUACUAAGGACUCUAUGACUGUCAGUUGGAAGGCUCCAGCCAAUGAUGGCAAAGCACCUAUUUUGGGUUACUUGGUGGAGAAACGUGAGGCUACCGAGCUGUCCUGGGCAAAGGUGAAUCGCCGCCCUGUCAUUGACAGAACAAUUAAAGCUAUUCAGCUGACUGAAGGCUCAGAGUACGAGUUCAGAGUCAUCGCUUUAAACAAGGCUGGAUUGGGUAAACCCAGUGAUGCAUCCAAUGCUGCUCUGGCUGUCGACCCUGUCUAUCCUCCUGGCCCACCUGCAUUCCCCAAGGUAGUGGACUCUACCAAGAGCUCCAUUAGCCUUAGCUGGACCAAACCUGCCUAUGAUGGUGGCUGUGAGAUCAUUGGAUACCUUGUUGAGAGCAAGCGAGUUGAUGCUGAGGACUGGACCAAGUGCAAUGUUCCAAAAAAACUCCAGGCAACCAAAUUUGUGGUAACUGGCCUGAUGGAAAACAUUGAGUACCAGUUCAGAGUCAUUGCUGUCAACAAAAUUGGGUACAGUGAACCCAGCGAGGUCCCAGGAAACCAUAUGCCCAAGGACAUACUAAUUCCUCCAGAGGGUGAAUUGGAUGCUGACCUGAGAAAGGCUUUGGUUCUGCGAGCUGGUGUCACAAUGAGGCUGUAUGUCCCACUGAGGGGACGACCAGCACCAAAGGUGACAUGGACAAAGGUAGACGCCAACCUUAAGGACAGACAAGGCUUGCUGAUUAAGACGUCAGAAUGGGACACUCUACUGAUGAUUGAGGAUGUAAACCGUUAUGAUGCUGGCAAAUAUGUGCUUUCCCUUGAGAACAGCAGUGGUUCCAAGAACUACAUCAUCAUAGUAAAGGUUCAUGAUUCCCCUGGACCUCCUGUAAACCUGGUUGUGAAAGAGACUUCCAAAACCCAUGCCAGCAUCACUUGGGAACCCCCUCUGAUAGAUGGUGGCAGCCCAGUCAAGAACUACAUUGUAGAGAAACGUUUGGCCGAGAGGAAGGCCUGGACCUGUGUGUCUGCAGAAUGUCCAAAAACUUCCUUCAGAAUUACCAACCUCGAGUCAGGACAGGCAUACUGCUUCAGGGUGCUGGCUGAAAACACCUACGGCAUCGGAGAAGGGGUUGAAACUGCAGGAAGUGUCCGAGCUUCAGAACAACCAGGUCCAGUCACAGACUUUAAAGCACAGAAAACCACCAAGGAAUCUAUCACAUUGGGAUGGAAGAAGCCCAUCAGUGAUGGUGGAAGUCAUGUUAGUGCAUACAUCCUAGAGCAGAAUGAAGGCGAGGAAAAAUGGAAGCAGAUCAUGAAGGGCAAAAACACCUCACAUGUAGUUGGGGAGUUAACAGAGGGAAAAGAGUAUCAAUUCAGGAUCAAGGCCCUCAAUGAGUCUGGAGAGGGACCACCAACUGAGCUCACAGCAGUAGCCAAGGACCAGUUUGUGCUACCCGACUGCAACUUGAGUAAUAUACAUGAUGGUUGCUGCACUGUGAAGGAGGGAAGCACCACACGCAUCAAUAUUCCAGUAUCUGGUAUUCCUUACCCUUCUGUCAUCUGGAAGAAAGGUGACAUGGUGCUCGGGGAUACCGGCAGAAUGUGUGUGGAGGCCUCCCCUGGAGUUACCACCCUUCUUCUCAGAGACUGCCAGAGAGCUGAUGCCGACACUUUCACAAUUGUAGCCAAAAACAGUGCAGGUUUGAAGGAAUGCAAGUUCCAGCUAAAGGUGGUUGGAAAACCUGGUAUCUGCACUGGACCCAUUCAAUUUAGUGAAAUCACGGCAGACGGAAUUACUCUGGAGUGGGGACCACCUACAGAUGAUGGAGGUGCAGAGGUGUCUAACUAUAUUGUGGAGAAGAGGAGGACCACGGACAACAAGUGGGCCACAGUGGCUUCAGCCAUUCAAAAGACCACCAUGAGGGUGAUUAGACUCCAUGAUGGUGUGGAGUACAUCUUUAGAGUGUUUGCUGAGAAUAAGUAUGGGGUUGGAGAUUAUUUAAGGUCUGAUCCAGUCAUCGCUCAGCAUCCCUUCCAUGUGCCUGAGGCACCAGCUCCUCCACAGAUUGUAACCAUCCGCCAUGAGUCAGCAAUUCUAAUUUGGACCGAUCCCGCAGAUAACGGUGGCUCUGCUAUUACUGGAUAUCAUAUCGAAUUUAAGGAGAGGAACAGUCUGAUGUGGAAACGUGCCAGUAAGACUCCUCUAAGAGUGAAGGAAUGUAGAGUUACUGGGCUGAUAGAGGGGCUAGAAUAUGAGUUCAGGGUGAUGGCCCUGAACGUGGCUGGCCUUGGAAAAGCAAGUAAAGUCACUGAGACUGUGGUUGCUCUUGAUCCUAUUGAUCCUCCUGGAAAACCAGAAGUUAUCAAUGUUACCAGAAACACAGUCACACUAAUUUGGACAGCUCCCAAAUAUGAUGGUGGCUACAAACUGACUGGGUACAUGGUGGAGAAGCUAGAGGCUGAUGGGAAAGCCUGGACAAAGGCCAACCAUGUCAACAUUCAGGGUUGUGCCUUCACUGUCACCGACCUAACAGAAGGAUCCCAAUAUCAAUUCAGAAUAAGGGCCAAGAAUGCAGCUGGUGCUAUUAGUGAGCCUUCAGAUUGUACAGAGUUCCUAACCUGCAAGGAUGAGUACGAACCUCCAUCUAUCACUAUUGACCCAGGCAUGAAGGAUGGUGUCUCAGUCAGGGCUGGAGAUACAAUUGUUGUUUCUGCUUCUAAGAUUGUAGGUAAACCGCCCCCAACUACUUUCUGGUCCAAGGGAGGUCGGGAGUUCAAGAACUCUGACACCGUCACUAUCACCAGCACCCCCACCACUUCAACUCUAGCUAUUAAGUAUGCAAGUAGAAAGAACACUGGAGAGUACACCAUCACUGCUAGCAACCCUUUUGGUAUUAAAGAAGAACACGUUAAAGUGAAGGUACUAGAUGUACCUGGACCACCAGGUCCCAUUGAAGCAAGUAAUAUUUCAGCAGAGAAGUGUACUCUGACCUGGCUUCCACCAGAAGAAGAUGGAGGAAGCUCUAUAAAGUCCUACAUCCUUGAAAAGAGAGAAACUAGUCGCCUACAGUGGACCAAGCUGGCAGAAAAUGUUAUGGACUGCCGAUAUGUAGCCGCAAAACUGAUCAAAGGCAACGAGUACAUCUUCCGAGUGCAAGCUGUGAACCAGUAUGGCAUCGGAGACUCAAGCCAAUCGGGUCCAGUCAAAAUGGUUGAUAGUUUUGGCCCACCAGGUCCACCCUCAAUCCCAGAGAUUGAUAAUGUCAGCAGGAAUUCAAUCACCAUUUCAUGGAAGAGACCAGCAAAUGAUGGUGGCUGUGACAUUAGAGGAUAUUCCGUGGAGAGAAAAGAAAGAAAAGGCCUAAGAUGGGUCAGAGCCCAUAAAAGGUCAGUCCCUGACCUCCGCUUUAAGGUGCAAGGCCUGACUGAGGGAGUCGAGUAUGAGUUCAGGGUCACUGCUGAAAAUAAAGCUGGAUUUGGGGAGCCAAGUGAGCCAUCGCGCCCAGUGAUGACAAAAGAUAUUGUUUAUCCCCCUGGUCCUCCAUCCAAUCCAAGAAUUACAGACACCACAAAAACCACAGCUACUUUUGCCUGGGGCCGGCCCCACUAUGAUGGAGGUCUUGAAGUGGAAGGAUAUAUUGUUGAAUACAAGAAAGAUGGUCAUGAUGACUGGGAAACAGAAACACAGUACCCAGUGAAAAUUACAGAAUAUGUAAUAGGUAAACUUCAAAAAGGAGGCAAAUACCACUUUAGAGUCUGUGCCAUAAACUCUGAGGGAGUGGGUGAGCCUGCAGAGGUUGAAAAGGUAACUGAAUUAGUGGAUCAAGAAACACUGCCAGACUUUGAACUUGAUGCUGAGCUCAGAAGAACUUUGGUGGUGAGAAGCCGUUCUUCAAUUCGUAUGUUUGUCCCAAUCAAAGGCCGUCCUGUUCCAGAAGUAACUUGGAGCAAAGAUGAUACAAACCUGAAAGUCCGUGCUCAUAUUGACAACACAGAAUCUUACAGUCUACUUGUUAUCCCUGAAUGCAACAGAUACGAUGCUGGAAAGUAUAACCUUUGUUUGGAAAAUGUUGCUGGUAAGAAAACUGGUUUUGUCAAUGUAAGGGUUCUGGACACACCAGGUCCACCAGUCAACCUCAAACCAAGAGAAGUGACAAAGAACAGUAUCACUCUUCAGUGGGAAAUCCCAAUAAUAGAUGGUGGUUCUAAGAUCCAUAACUACAUUGUCGAAAAGAGAGAAGCCACCAAAAAAGCAUACACAGUGCUCAGCACCACAUGGCAAAAGUGCUCUUUCAAAAUCCCAGAUCUUGAGGAGGGGGCUUACUAUUACUUCCGUAUUUCUGCUGAAAAUGACCUCGGAGUUGGAGAGCCUGCAGAAACCCCAGAGCCUAUCAGGGUGUCCCAAGCUCCUUCUGCACCAGAAAACUUGUAUGUUACAGAUGUAACUGCAGACAGUGCAAACCUGACAUGGACCAAACCCCUCCAUGAUGGUGGAAGCUUGAUUACCGGAUAUGUCAUUGAAGCUCAAAAGAAAGACUCUGAACAGUGGGUCCAUGUGGGCACCAUCAAGGCUUUGGAUUUCACAGUAACAGAUCUGACUGAGGGUGCUGAGUAUACCUUCCGUAUAAUUGCUGUCAAUGCAUCAGGUAGGAGUGAUCCUCGUGAAAGCAGGCCCGCUGUUAUCAGGGAACAAACAUCCUCACCUUCAUUUGAUCUUCGGGGUGUGUACCAGAAGACCGUCAUCGUCAAAGCAGGGGAUCGCGUGAAAGUGGAGAUUCCAGUGCUGGGUAAACCAAGGCCUGUUGUUUCCUGGAAGAAAGGUGAUAUGGUUCUCAAGGAGACCCAAAGAAUCAAUACAGAAACCACACCAACAUCAACUAUUCUCAACAUCAGUGAAAUCAAAAGAACUGACGAAGGAGAGUAUUCUGUCACUGGAAAGAAUUUGCUAGGUACACUAACAGAAACAAUCACAGUUCUGGUCCAUGACAUUCCAGGUCCUCCAGUUGGUCCUAUAAAGCUGGAUGAAGUCUCAUGUGAUUAUGUUCUAAUGUCUUGGGACCCACCAGAGAAUGAUGGAGGUGUUCCCAUCAACAAUUAUAUUGUUGAGAUGCGGGAAACAACUGGUACUUCAUGGGUGGAGCUGGCAGCAACUGUAAUCCGCACCACUUUCAAGGCAGUCCGACUCACAACUGGAACCCAAUAUCAGUUCCGUGUCAAAGCUCAAAACAGAUAUGGUAUUGGACCAUGUAUCACCUCAGAACCUGUAUUUGCUGCAUAUCCAUUUGAUGUGCCUGGCCAGCCUGGUAUUCCAGUGGUCACAUCUUUUAACAAGGACUCUAUGAUUCUAAGUUGGAAUGAGCCUUCAUCUGAUGGAGGCAGUCCCAUUCUGGGAUAUCAUGUGGAUAGGAAAGAGAAAAAUAGCAUUCUGUGGCAACGGGUCAGCAAAGCUCUCGUUGUUGGGAAUAUCUUCAAAUCUGUUGGCCUUGUUGAUGGUAUUGCAUAUGAACAUCGUGUCAUUGCUGAAAAUAUGGCUGGUCUAAGCAAACCUAGCAAACCAUCUGAGCCUAUGUAUGCUUUGGACCCAGUUGAACCACCAGGCAGACCAGUAGCUCUGAACAUUACCAGACAUGAGGUGACACUAUCCUGGACAAAACCAGAAGGGGAUGGUGGAUUUUCUAUUACAGGAUACCAGGUAGAGAGGAGAGAAAUGCCCAAUGGACGUUGGCUCAAAGCAAAUUUCAAUAACAUUCUGGAAACUACAUACACAGUUAGUGGUCUCACUGAAGAUGCAAUAUAUGAGUUCCGUGUCUUUGCGAGAAACUCUGCUGGUGCUGUUAGUGCUCCAUCUCAGCAGUCAGAGCCAAUCACAUGCAGAGAUGACAUUGAUGAGCCAAGACUUGAUAUUGAUGCAUCCUAUAGCAGCAAUGUUGUGGUAAUGGCUGGAGAGAUUUUCAAGUUGGAAGCCAGUGUAACUGGUAGGCCCAUCCCAUCACUGGUAUGGACUAAAGAAGGGAAAGAGCUUGAAGACACGGGCAAGCUGGAAAUAAAAACAUCAGACUUUCACACAACUCUUAUAAACAAAGAUUCACUGAGGAGAGAUGGUGGUGCUUUCACUCUAACUGCUAGCAAUCCUGGUGGCUUUGCCAAGUUUACCUUUAAUGUCAAGGUGCUUGACAGACCAGGACCACCAGACUCCCUCACUGUUACAGAUAUCACUGCAGAAAAAUGUGUGCUUAACUGGCUUCAUCCUGCACAUGAUGGUGGAGCCAAAAUUGAGUAUUUUAUCAUUCAGAGGCGUGAAACCAGUAGGUUGGCAUGGACAAAUGUGGCAACAGACCUUCAAGCUAACAGGUUUAAGGUCACCAAGCUUCUUAAGGGUAAUGAGUACAUUUUUAGGGUCAUGGCUGUUAACAAGUAUGGUGUAGGUGAACCUGUAGAGUCUGUUCCUGUCAUAUGCACAAAUCCCUAUGUUCCCAGUGACCCACCAUCACAGCCGGAGGUUACUACAAUCACCAAAGACUCAAUGGUUGUGUGCUGGGAGCGCCCUGAACAUGAUGGAGGAAGUAGAAUUAAUACAUACAUAAUUGAAAGAAGAGAUAAGACUGGCCUGCGCUGGGUAAAGUGUAAUAAAAGGACUGUAACAGACUUGCGUUACAAGGUUUCUGGGCUCACACUGGGGCAUGAAUAUGAAUUUAGAAUUUUUGCUGAGAAUAACGCUGGUUUAAGCCAGCCCAGUCCUUCCAGUCCUUUCUACAAGGCAGUAGAUACAAUCUUCCAGCCUGGACCCCCAGGUAAUCCUAGAGUGCUGGACUCAACCAAGUCUUCCAUUACUCUUGCCUGGAAUAAGCCCGUCUAUGAUGGUGGUUCUGAAAUCACUGGAUACAUUGUGGAGACUUGCCUACCUGAGGAGGAUGAGUGGACAAUUCAGACUCCAAGGAAGGGAUGGACAGCCACUUCCUUUACCAUCACUAACCUGAAGGAAAACCAAGACUAUAAAAUCAACAUUUGUGCAACAAAUUGUGAAGGAGUGGGAGAGCCUGCAGCUGUUCCUGGAACACCAAAGGCUGAGGACAGAUUACUUCCUCCAGAAAUUGAACUUGGAGCUGAGCUGCGAAAGGUGGUGUGCAUCAGAGCCUGUAGUACACUCAGACUAUUUGUUCCAAUCAAGGGCAGACCAGCACCUGAAGUGAAAUGGUCAAGAGAGCAUGGGGGAUCCCUUGAUAGAGCCAACAUUGAAAUUACACCAUCAUUUACCACUCUCCAGAUAGACAAUGUUGACAGGUUUGAUGGUGGUAAAUACAUGCUGACUAUAGAGAACCCAUCAGGAAGUAAGACAGCCUUUGUUAAUGUAAGGGUGCUAGAUACUCCUGGAGCACCUCAGAAUCUUAUUAUUAAGGAGGUCACCAAAGACUCAGUUUCUCUGGUUUGGGAUGCACCUCUUAUUGAUGGGGGUUCGAGAGUGCGCAACUACAUUGUGGAAAAACGAGAGUCAACCAGGAAAGCUUACUCAACAGUUUGUGCUAGCUGCCAUAAGUCAAGUUGGAAAAUUGGAGAAUUGGAGGAAGGAAAACUGUACUCUUUCAGAAUUCUGGCUGAAAACGAAUUUGGUAUUGGCCUACCAGUUGAGACUCUUGAACCAAUUAAGGUGUCAGAAAAACCUCUACCACCAGGAAAAGUGUCCCUCCUUGAAAUCACCAGCACCACUGUAACACUGACAUGGGAAAAGCCAGACCACGAUGGUGGAAGUAGAAUAACAGGGUAUAUUGUUGAGAUGCAGGGUAAAGGAAGUGACAAGUGGACCCAAGUCAUGGUAGUUAAGAGCAAUGAGGCUCAUGUAACAGGGCUCACGCAGGGAGAAGAGUAUAACUUUCGCAUUUCAGCCACUAAUGAAAAAGGUGUUAGUGACCCACGUCCUCUCAGCGUUCCCGUUGUGGCUAAAGAUCUGACAAUUUCUCCAACAUUCAAAUUGCUUUUUAGCACAUUCAGUGUCUUAGCAGGAGAUGACCUUAAGAUAGAUAUUCCAUAUGCUGCCCAUCCUAAAGCUACUGUAACUUGGCUAAAAGGUGGUGUUAGUCUAAAGGAAACAACAAGAGUUAAUGCUCAAGCUACAGAUCGAAACAUUUUCCUGGUUAUCAAGGAAGCUUGCAGAGAAGAUGUUGGCACAUACACCAUUAAAUUAACUAACAAUGCUGGAGAGGCAACAACAGAUAUCAGCGUUGUUGUAUUAGAUAAGCCUGGAUCACCAACUGGCCCAAUCAAAAUGGAGGAGGUCACUGCUGAUAGUGUAGUUUUGUCAUGGAAUGCACCCCAAUAUGACGGUGGUUGUGCCAUCAACAACUAUAUCGUUGAGAAGAGAGAUACAUCCACCACCAACUGGCAGAUUGUUUCAGCGACUGUUGCCAGAACCACGAUCAAGGCUGCCCGUCUAAAAACUGGAUCUCAAUACCAGUUUAGGAUUGCAGCAGAAAAUCGAUAUGGCAAGUCAUCAUUCCUGUUAUCUGAGACUAUUGUAGCUCAGUUUCCAUUUGAGGUGCCAAGUUCACCACGCUCUGUUGUGGUUCAGUCAGCCACCAAAGAGAGCAUGGUAGUUGUGUGGGAGAAACCCAGCAAUGAUGGCGGAAGUAAAAUUCUAGGAUAUCAUUUAGAACUCAAAGAGAAGAACAGUAUACUGUGGGUGAAGCAAAACAAACAAGUCAUCCCUGAUACCAGAUUCAAAGCAGUUGGCCUAGAGGAAGGAAUUGAAUAUGAGUUCAGAGUUUAUGCUGAGAACAUAGUAGGCCUCAGCAAAGCCAGCAAAGUAAGUGAAAUACAAGUAGCCAGAGAUCCUUGUGAAAGGCCAGGAAAACCUGAAGCUGUUAUUGUGACAAGAAAUCAAGUCACACUCAGAUGGACCAAACCUGAGUAUGAUGGUGGAAUCAAGAUCACUGGUUAUGUGGUGGAGAAGAAGGAGGCCAGUGGUCGCUGGAUGAAGGCCAGUUUCACAAACAUUAUUGAGACUGAAUUUGUUGUCACGGAACUUACUGAAGAUCAGAUUUAUGAGUUUCGUGUUAUUGCUAGAAAUGCUGCUGGAGUUUUGAGCCAGGCCUCUGACUCCACUGGACCUAUCACUGCUAAAGAUGAGGUGGAUCCACCCAAAAUUGACUUGGAGGCUAAAUACUCCCAGGCUGUGGUACUAAAUGCUGGUGAGACAUUCAGACUUGAAGCAUCUAUUUAUGGCAAGCCUGUUCCCACCAUUCACUGGUUGAAAGAUGGUCACGAGAUCACUGAAGCAGCUCGAAUAGAAAUUCAUAACACAAAUUUUACUGCUUGCCUGAUUUGCAAAGAAGCUAUCCGUGUUGAUGGAGGCCAGUACACUAUACUAGUAAAAAAUGUUGGUGGAGAAAAGUCUGUUAACAUAAAUGUCAAGGUCCUGGACAGACCAGGUCCACCAGAGGGUCCAAUCUCUAUUUAUGGAGUCACCAAUGAGAAGUGUUCAAUUUCUUGGAAACCCCCCUUGCAAGACGGUGGAAGUGAUGUGUCUCAUUACAUUGUGGAGAGAAGGGAAACCAGCAGACUUGUUUGGACUGUAGUUGAAUCAAAAGUGCAGACACUAAACCUGAAGAUUACUAAACUUCUUCCAGGAAAUGAGUACAUCUUCAGAGUAAUCCCAGUCAAUAAAUAUGGAGUCGGUGAGCCUCUUGAAUCUGAUCCAAUGAUUGCUAGAAAUCCAUUUGUUGCUCCAAGUCCACCGACUGAAGUGGAGGUUUCAACAAUCACCAAGGACUCCAUGGUUGUGACAUGGGAACGUCCCUCUAAUGAUGGAGGUAAUCCCAUCCAAGGAUAUGUUGUUGAAAAACGGGAUAAGGACGGUGUGAGAUGGACCAGGUGCAAUAAGCGCAAUGUGAGUGAGCUCCGCUUUAGAGUAACAGGACUCCUUGAGAACCAUAGUUAUGAAUUUAGGGUUUCUGCUGAAAAUGCUGCAGGAGUUGGUACACCAAGCAAGGCCACAAUAUACUACAAGGCUCUAGAUCCAAUCUUCAAACCAGGUCCGCCAAAUAAUCCCAAGGUAUUGGACACCUCUAGGUCCACAGUUACUCUAACAUGGGGAAAACCUAUCUAUGACGGUGGCUGUGAGAUUCAGGCCUAUAUCGUUGAAGCUUGUAAUGGAGCAUCUGAUGAAUGGUUUAUGUGCACACCUCCCACUGGAAUCACUGAAACUACAUUUACAGCAAAAAAGCUUCUUGAGAAGCAUGAGUACCAGUUUAGAGUGUGUGCAAUAAACAAAGUUGGAGUUGGUGAGCAUGCUGAUGUGCCUGGAAAAAUUCUUCUUGAGGAGAAACUUGAGCCUCCUGAUCUUGAAUUGGAUGCUGAUAUGAGAAAAAUGAUCAAUAUCAGAGCAGCAUGCACUCUCAGACUUUUUGUGCCUGUGAGAGGUCGGCCAGCACCUGAAAUAAAGUGGGGAAAAGCUGAAGGGGAAAUUAAGGAAACAGCCCAAAUAGACAAUACAGGCAACUAUGCUUCUCUUGUAAUAGAGAAUGUUGACCGCUUUGACAGUGGAAAGUACACUUUGACGGCUGAAAAUGCAAGUGGAGUAAAGUCUGUCUUCAUUAGUGUAAGAGUCUUGGACUCCCCCAGUCCACCCACUAAUUUCAUGGUAAAAGAGAUUACUAAGAACUCUGUCACUCUCACAUGGGAACCUCCUCUCCUUGAUGGUGGCUCAAAGAUUAAGCAUUAUAUUGUGGAGAAACGAGAGAGCACUAGAAAAGUUUAUUCUCCUAUCACUACCUGCAACAAGAUGUCGUUGAGAGUUGACUCCUUACCAGAGGGUGGAAUAUUUUUCUUCAGAGUAUUAGCUGAAAAUGAGUAUGGUGUGGGGCUUCAAGCUAAAACAAUUGAGCCAAUCAAAAUAUCUGAAAAACCUCAACCACCUGGAAAAGUAAGUCUAGUUGAUGUUAGUCGUAGUAGUGUGUCUCUAAAAUGGGAGAAACCUAUACAUGAUGGUGGUAGUAGAGUCAGUUACUAUGAAGUGGAAAUGGCUCCAAAGGACAGUGACACAUGGUCUUUGUGUGCCAGUGUAAAGAGCUUAGAGACCACAGUGGCCAGUCUUCUCCAAGGAGAGGAAUACCAGUUCAGAGUUGUUGCUGUAAAUGACAAAGGCAAAAGUGAUCCAAGACAACUAGCCCAUUCAGUUGUGGCAAAGGAUCUUACAAUUGAGCCUUCUGUUCGACCCAAAGCAAGUACCUACAGUGUUCAGGUAGGGUAUGAUCUUAAAAUAGAAGUUCCAAUUGCUGGUCAUCCAAAACCAACUAUCACCUGGACAAAGGAUGGCACAGCCCUUAAGCAGACGACCAGAGUAAAUGUCACUGACUCAGCACAUCACACAACUCUCACCAUUAAGGAUGCCACCAGAGAAGAUGGAGGCAUGUACUCUAUCAACGUUGCUAAUUCUCUUGGUUCCAAAGAUGCAACUGUGGAGGUGAUCACCCUGGAUAAACCAGGCCCACCAACAGGCCCUGUUAAAAUGGAGGAUAUUAGUGCUGAGAGUGUUACCCUGAUUUGGGAACCUCCCACAUACACAGGUGGAUGUCCAAUUUCCAAUUAUGUGGUGGAAAAAAGAGACACAACUACAACUAAUUGGGUAGUUGUAUCAGCCACAAUUGCAAGAACCACAUUAAAAGUGGCUAACCUGAAGACUGGUGCGGAAUACCAGUUCAGAGUUUUUGCAGAGAACAGAUAUGGAAAGAGUUACGGAAUUGAUUCAGAGCCUGUUGUGGCACAGUAUCCAUUCCAAGAGCCAGGCCCUCCAGGGACACCAUUUGUGUCCUCAUACACUAAAGAUUAUAUGGUAGUUGAGUGGCAUAAACCACCAUCUGAUGGAGGAAGUGCCAUUUUGGGUUACCAUUUGGAGAGGAAAGAGAAAAACAGUAUUCUUUGGACCAAGAUUAACAAAAUGCUGAUCCAAGACUGCAAAUUCAAGUCAACCCCUCUUGAGGAGGGCAUUGAGUAUGAGUAUAGAGUGUAUGCUGAGAAUAUUGUUGGUAUAGGAAAAUGCAGUAAAACAUCAGAAGGAUAUGUUGCAAGAGACCCUUGUGAUCCUCCAGGUCAACCUGUGACUGUGAUUGUGACAAGGCAUUCAGUAAAACUAAGAUGGACCCCUCCAAUGUAUGAUGGUGGAAGCCUUGUUACUGGCUAUAUAGUAGAGAAACGUGACCUUCCAGAAGGUAAAUGGAUGAAAGCUAGCUUUGCAAACAUCAUUGAGCAUGAAUUCACAGUUACUGGCCUUCAAGAGGACAAUAAAUAUGAUUUUAGGGUGAUUGCAAAGAAUGCAGCUGGUGCUGUGAGUAAGCCUUCUGAGACCACAGGAUCUAUAACAGCCAAGGAUGAAGUUGAACCGCCAAAAUGUGAAACAGAUCCAAUUUACAACCAAACCAUUAUCAUAAAUGCAGGAGAGACAUUCACUUUUGAAGCCAGUGUGGAAGGAAAGCCUUUCCCAACAGCUCAGUGGUUCAAGGGAAAUUUCGAAGUUGAAAACUCUGCAAGAGCCGAGAUCAAAAACACAGAUUUUAAGGCUAUUCUUGUUGUCAAAGAUGCUAUCAGAGUGGAUGGUGGGCAGUACACAUUGGUUCUGACCAAUGUGGCUGGAACAAAAACUGUUCCAUUUAGUGUUAAGGUUCUGGAUAGACCAGGCCCUUCAGAAGGACCCCUAACAAUCAGCAAUGUGACUGAGGAGAAGUGCUCAUUGUCAUGGCUUCCACCCAGACAUGAUGGAGGUGCAAGUAUUUCUCACUACGUUAUUCAAAAGAGAGAAACCAGUCGUUUGGCUUGGACAGUAGUCUCCAGCGAGUGUAAAGCUACCAUGUUCAAGGUUACCAAAUUAUUAAAAGGAAAUGAAUACAUCUUCAGAAUAAUGGGUGUCAACAAAUAUGGAGUGGGCGAGCCUCUUGAAUCGGCACCUGUUGUGAUGAAAAAUCCAUUUGUUCCUCCAGGCCCACCUAAUGAACUUGAAAUCACUAACAUUACAAGAGACUCCAUGACGGUUUGUUGGAACCGUCCUGACACCACAGGUGGCAGUGAUAUUGUUGGCUACAUUGUUGAGAAAAGGGAUAGAGCUGGAGUGAGGUGGACCAAGUGCAACAAACGCAGAGUCACAGACUUGCGUUUCAGAGUAACAGGGUUAACUGAAGACCAUGACUAUGAAUUUAGAGUGUCAGCUGAGAAUACAGCUGGAGUGGGCCUACCAAGCCCAGUCACACCCUACCUCAAAGCCUGUGACCCAACAUUUGAACCAGGUAGUCCAACUAAUGUCCAUUUGGUUGACACCACAAAAGACUCAAUCUGUGUGGCUUGGCAAAGGCCUAUCUAUGAUGGUGGUUGUGAGAUUCAAGGAUAUGCUGUUGAAAUUACCAAGGCUGAUGAAGAGGAAUGGAUAAUAUGCACACCAUCCACUGGUAUAAAUAGUACAAAGUUUACUAUCAAAAAGCUAAUAGAACACCAAGAAUACAAAAUUCGUGUUUGUGCCAUUAACAAGCUUGGUAUUGGAGAGCCCACAGAACUUCAAGGAGUUGUUAAACCUAUGGAUAAGAUUGAGCCCCCAGAGGUGAUGCUGGAUUCAGAGCUUAGGAAAGGAAUUGUGGUGAGAGCAGGAGGAUCUAUGAGAAUCUAUAUUCCUUUUAAAGGUCGUCCCACCCCUCAAAUAAGUUGGGCUAAGGAAGAUGGUGAGCUCCCCAGUAAAGUUCUGAUUGAAACUGGUGAGAACUACUCACAGCUUUCCAUUGAAAUAUGUGACAAAUUUGAUGCUGGAAAAUACAUAAUUAAUUUAGAGAAUAGCGCUGGCACCAAAUCUGCUUUUGUCUCGGUUAAAGUUCUGGACACCCCAGGGCCUCCCUUACAGCUAGUAGUUAAAGACAUAAAGAGAGAAAGUGUUACCCUGACCUGGGAGCCACCAAUUAUUGAUGGUGGUUCAAGAAUAAAGAACUACCUGGUUGAAAAACGUGAAUCCACAAGGAAAGUGUUUUCUAAUGUGGACAACAAAUGCACAAAAACAAGUUAUCGUGUCACUGGUCUAACUGAGGGAACUAUAUACUAUUUCAGAGUAUUGGCAGAGAACGAGUUUGGUAUUGGUCAGCCAAUUGUGACAGAACAACCAGUUAAAGCCUCUGAGCCACCCCUGCCUGUUGGUAAAAUCACAUUGACUGAAGUAACAAAAACAACCGCUUCACUAUCUUGGGAGAAACCAGAUCAUGAUGGAGGAAGCAGAAUCAUUGGCUACUAUAUUGAAAUGCAACCUGUAGGCUCAGAGGAAUGGGUGUUAGCUGCCACAACCAAAACGUGUGAUGGCACUGUUGCUGGCCUACGUGCAGGACAUGAAUACUUAUUUAGAGUGUUAGCUUUUAAUGAAAAGGGCAAAAGUGACCCUAGAGCUUUGGCUGCACCAGUGACUGCUAAAGAUAUUUCUAUUGAGCCAAGUUUCAAAUUAAGAUUCAACACUUACAGUUUACAGCAAGGUGAGGAUCUAAAGAUUGAGAUUCCAGUACUUGGCCGCCCCGUACCAAAAGUGGAAUGGAAAAAAGAAGGACAAGCAAUUAAAGAAACAACAAGAUUGAAUGUCUUGAGCACAUCAUCAUCUACUAAACUGGUCAUCAAAGAUGCAAAUAAGGAAGACUCUGGAAAAUACAGUGUCACAGCCACAAGUAGCAUUGGAACAGUUACAGAGGAGAUUAUUGUUAUCAUACUUGAUAAACCUGGGCCACCCACUGGGCCUGUUAAAAUUGAAGAGGUAAGCUGCAAUUAUGUGGUGCUCUCCUGGGAGCCACCAGAGUAUACUGGGGGAUGUCAAAUUAACAACUACAUUGUUGAAAAGAGGGACACAACCACCACAAAUUGGCAGAUUGUAUCUGCUACGAUUGCAAGGACAACCAUUAAAGUCACCAAGCUCAAAACUGGUGUUGAAUAUCAGUUUAGAGUCUGUUCUGAAAAUAGAUAUGGAAAAAGUUCUCCCAUUGUCUCUUCGGCUGUUAUUGCUCAGUAUCCAUUUAGUGUGCCUGCAGCCCCUGGAACACCAAUCACUACAGCUGCAACUAAGGAUAACAUGGUUGUUGAAUGGAAACCUCCAAGUGACAAUGGCGGCAGUCCCAUCAUUGGUUAUCAUCUGGAGAGAAAGGAAAAAAAUAGUCUUUUGUGGAGUAAACUGAACAAGCUUUUAAUUCCAGAGGCACGCUUCAAGACCACAGACCUUGAAGAAGGCAUUGAAUAUGAGUUCAGAGUUUAUGCAGAGAACAUUGCAGGUGUCAGUCCAGCCAGUAAAGUCUCAGAUGGUACAGUAGCCAGAGACCCAUGUGAUCCUCCAGGCACUCCUGAGGCUAUCGAAAUCACCAGAAACCAUGUAACACUCCAGUGGACCAAACCCCAGUAUGAUGGUGGUAGCAUAAUCACUGGCUAUUUGAUAGAGAGAAAGAAAUACCCAGAUACCCGCUGGAUGAAAGCCAGCUUCACCAACAUUAUUGAUACCCAGUUUACGCUUACUGGACUUACUGAGGACUGUGUUUAUGAGUUCAGAGUCAUUGCCAGGAAUGCUGCAGGAACUUUGAGUCAUCCAUCUGAGAGUACGGGACAAAUUACAGCUAAAGAUGAAAUUGAAGCACCAGAUGCUUUUAUGGAUUCAAAAUUUAAAGAUCUCACUGUUGUUAGUGCUGGUGACUCAUUUGAGAUUGAUGCUGACUACACUGGCAAGCCUCUCCCUGAAGUCAUAUGGUUAAAGGACGGCAAAGAAAUUGACAAAACCACACCAAGAAUGGAGAUCAAAACUACACUUACACGUACAAUCUUAACAGUCAAGGAUUGCAUUAGAGUGGAUGGUGGCCACUUUGUUCUCAAGCUUGUCAAUGUUGGUGGUGUCAAGAUGAUCCCAGUUAAUGUUAAAGUUCUUGACAGACCUGGUCCUCCAGAUGGGCCAUUAGAAGUUAAAGGGGUUAGGGCUGAGAAAUGUUAUCUGCAUUGGAACCAUCCUUCACAUGAUGGUGGAGCAAGUAUCUCUCACUAUAUCAUUGAAAAGAGAGAGACCAGUCGUUUGUCAUGGACUAUGGUUGAGCCCAAGAUCCAGGCAAUUAGCUACAAAGUUACCAAACUGCUUCCUGGUAAUGAAUACAUUUUUAGAGUUACUGCUGUAAAUAAAUAUGGAGUCGGUGAACCUCUGGAAUCAGAGCCUGUUAUUGCUCGUAACCCAUUCACUGUUCCCAGUGCACCCUCAACCCCAGAGGUCAGCGCUGUCACCAGAGACUCCAUAGUCCUUACCUGGGAAAGGCCUGAAGAAAAUGGAGGGGCUGAGAUUGAAGGCUACAUUCUUGAAAAACGGGACAAGGAUGGUAUCAGGUGGACCAAGUGCAACAAAAAGAGACUGAAUGACCUAAGAUUCAGAUGCACUGGUCUCACAGAAGGUCACUACUAUGAAUUUAGAGUCUCGGCUGAAAAUGCUGCUGGCAUUGGAAAGCCAAGUUCACCGACCGAGUACAUUAAGGCAUGUGAUGCCACAUAUCCACCAGGACCUCCAAGUAACCCUAAAGUCACCAAUCAUUCAAGCGGUACUGUUUCCUUGACCUGGUCAAGGCCUAUCUAUGAUGGUGGCGCUCCUGUUACAGGGUAUGUUGUUGAAAUGAAAGAGGCAGGAGAUGAUGAAUGGAUUGUCUGCAGUCCUCCCACCGGUGUUCAAAGCACUAACUAUACCGUAAAGAAACUGAAGGAAAAUGCUGAGUACAACUUCCGCAUAUGUGCUGCUAACUGUGAAGGAGUAGGGGAGCCUGUGGAUCUACCUGGGUCUGUGAUUGCUGCAGAGAAGGUCGAGGCUCCUGAGAUUGAACUAGAUGCUGACCUAAGGAAGAUGGUUAAUGUACGUGCCACUGCAACACUGCGUCUGUUUGUGACAAUUAAAGGAAAACCUGAACCUGAGGUGAAAUGGUCUAAGGCUGAUGACACUCUAAAUGAACGUGCACAAAUUGAUGUCACAAGCUCUUAUACAAUGCUGGUGAUUGAGAAUGUUGAUAGAUUUGACACUGGCAAAUACGUAGUGACCCUUGAGAAUCUAAGUGGCUCUAAAUCAGCAUUUAUUAAUGUGAGAGUUUUGGACUCUCCAAGUGCACCAACAAACUUGGAGGUCAAAGAUGUAAAGAGAAAUUCUGUUUCACUUUCUUGGGAGCCUCCUCUUAUUGAUGGCGGGGCUAAGAUAUCACACUAUAUUGUUGAGAAGAGAGAGCAGAAGAGAAUGGCUUUCACCAGUGUUUGCACCCACUGUGUAAGAAACUCUUACAUUGUGUCUGACCUACAAGAGGGAGGACGAUAUUAUUUCCGCGUGUUGGCUGUAAAUGAGCUGGGAGUGGGUCUGCCUGCUUUUACAGACCUAGUCAAGGUAUCUGAGGCCCCAUUGCCUCCCGGUAAAAUUGUUGUUGAAGAUAUAACUCGUCACAGUGUCACUCUUUCUUGGGAGAAACCUGAUCAUGACGGAGGUAGCAAAAUAACAAGCUACAUUGUAGAGAUGCAGCCAAAAGGAGAAGACAAAUGGACUUUGUGUAGUCAAGCUAAAGCACUAGAAGCCACUAUUGUUGGACUCACAACAGGAGAGGAAUACUCAUUUAGAGUCACUGCAGUAAAUGAUAAGGGUAAGAGUGAUGCUAAGGCUUUGGCUGCUCCUGUGGUAGUAAAGGACAUUACAAUGGAGCCCAACAUAAAUCUGCUAUUCAGCACAUACAGCGUCAAAGCUGGAGAUGACUUGAAGAUUGAUGUUCCAUUUAAGGCCAGACCCCAACCUGAAGUUUCCUGGAAAAAAGAUGGCCAUGCUCUUAAACAGACAACCAGGGUGAAUGUGGUCACUUCAAAGACAUCUUCCAAAGUAAUGAUUAAAGAUGCCAACAAAGAAGAUGUUGGAACAUAUGAGAUUUCAGUAACAAAUGCAAUUGGCACAAAAACAGCUGAAGUGUCUGUUGUAGUACUGGAAAAACCAGGUCCACCCAGCAACAUUAAGUUUGAUGAAGUUAGCGCAGAUUUUAUCUCUCUAUCCUGGGAUCCUCCAAUAUAUGAUGGUGGAUGCCAGAUUAACAAUUAUGUGGUGGAGAAAAGAGAUACUACCACAACAACAUGGCAAAUUGUCUCAGCCACAGUAGCAAGAACAUCUAUUAAGGUUACUCGGCUUUAUCAAGGAACAGAGUACCAAUUCCGUAUUGCAGCAGAAAAUCGUUAUGGCAAGAGUUCUGCAAUUGAUUCUGCUCCUGUUGUUGCUCAAUAUCCAUUUGAGCCCCCAGGUCCUCCAACCAAACUUCAUGUUGUCCAUGCAACUAAGAUUGGCAUGCUGGUGGCAUGGGGCAAACCAGCAAGUGACGGCGGAAGCCCAGUUAUUGGUUAUCACAUUGAAUGCAAAGAUCAAAGUAGCAUCCUUUGGACUAAAGUUAACAGAGGUCUGCUAACUGAAAACCAGUUUAAAAUGACUGGCAUUGAGGAGGGAUUACUGUAUCACUUCAGAGUAUAUGCUGAGAAUAUUGCUGGCAUUGGUCCGUGUACUAAGCCCUGUGAUCCAGUUGCAGCUAGAGAUCCAUGUGAGCCUCCACAUAACCUCAGAGUUACAAAUAUCACCAGGAAUUCAGUUUCCCUCUUUUGGAAUGCUCCAGAGUAUGAUGGGGGAGUAAAAAUAACUGGAUAUAUUGUAGAGAAUAGAGAGCUACCCAAUGGCCGCUGGCUGAAGUGCAACUUUGCCAAUUUGCAAGAUACUUACUUUGAUGUUACAGGCUUAGUAGAAGAUGUCCAGUAUGAAUUCCACGUUAUUGCUAAGAAUUCCGCCGAGCAGCUUAGUGUUCCAUCAGAAAGCACUGGUCCCAUCACAGUUAAGGAUGAUGUGGACCCUCCAGCUAUUAUAAUGGAAGACAAAUUCAGACAACUACUGGUCACCAAGGCUGGAGAGACAAUAAGAAUUGAUGCUGAGAUUACAGGGCGUCCUCUCCCAGUUAUUUCCUGGUCAAAGGAUGGAAAAGAAAUAGAGGCCAAGGCAAGGUGUGAAAUCACAUCUACUAAUUUCACAUCAACCCUCACUGUUACAGAUGCUAUCAGGAAAGAUUCUGGUCAAUACGUUCUUACUCUGCACAAUGUUGCAGGAACUAGAUCCAUGGCUGUUAACUGUAAAGUUCUGGACAGACCUGGUCCUGCCUCAGGACCUUUGUCAGUGUCUGGAAUAACAGCAGAGAAAUGUACCCUAACAUGGGGACCUCCUCAAGAGAAUGGGGGUGCUGAGAUCAUGCACUAUAUUGUGGAGAAACGUGAGACAAGUCGCCUAGCUUGGACUCUGGUCUAUGGUGACAUGAAGGCUACUACUUGCAAAGUGACCAAGUUGCUUAAAGGAAAUGAAUAUAUAUUUAGAGUCAGGGGAGUAAACAAAAAUGGAGAUGGUGAACCUUUGGAAAGUGAACCAGUAAAGGCCAUGGACCCAUUUACUGUGCCUGCAGCUCCCACAAGCGUCCAAGUCACUGCAAUUACUAGUGAUGCAAUGACAAUUUGUUGGGAAAGACCAGUGUCUGAUGGUGGUAGCAGUAUUUCUGGCUAUGUAAUUGAAAAGCGAGAGAAAACAGGCCUUCGUUGGUGCCGUGUUAACAAGAAGCCUGUAUAUGACCUAAGAGUCAAGGCCUCAAACCUUCGUGAGGGCUGUGAAUAUGAGUACAGAGUGUUUGCAGAGAAUGCUGCAGGGCUAAGUAAACCAAGUACCCCCUGUCCACUAACCAAGGCCGAAGAUCCACAGUUUCUGCCCUCUCCUCCUGCUAAGCCUAAGAUCAUUGACUCUACAAAGACCACGGUCACCUUGUCAUGGAACAAGCCACUGUUUGAUGGUGGUGCACCAGUAACUGGAUACAGAGUAGAGUACAGAAAGUCAUCUGAUGAUGAGUGGUUUAUUGCAGUCCAGAACACCAAGGCUACAGAAUUUACAGUUGUACGAUUGACACCUGGGAUUGAAUAUGUGUUUGUUGUCAAGUCCAUUAAUAAAAUAGGUGUUAGUGAGCCAAGCCCUGAGACAGACAAACAAAUUGCUAAAGAAAGACAGGAGGAACCUGUGUUUGACAUAAGCAAUGAAAUGAGAAAGACACUCAUUGUCAAAGACGGAAGCUCAUUUACGUUAAAAGUGCCAUUCAGAGGCAAACCCAUACCAAAUGUUUCUUGGGCUAAACCUGACAUUGACCUUAGGGUACGGGCUGUCAUUGACACAACUGACACUUUCACUUCAAUAACCCUUGAAAAAGCAACUCGCAAUGAUUCUGGAAAAUAUACCGUCACCUUAUCCAGUGUUGCUGGAACUUCAUCGUUGACACUGAAUGUCAGAGUGCUGGACUCACCUGGACCUCCUGCACAUGUGGAGGUCAAGGAAGUAACAAAAACCUCUGCCACAGUCACCUGGGACACUCCUGAGAAUGAGGGUGGAGGACCAGUCAAAAAUUACCUCAUUGAUUUCCGUGAGGCCAGCAGGAAAGGCUGGACUAGGUUGACUGACACAUGUCACAGACUGACUUACAAGGUGAUCAAUCUAAAAGAAGGAGAGGUCUACUAUUUCAGAGUGACAGGAGAAAAUGAGUUUGGGGUCGGUGUACCAGCAGAAACCAAGGAAGGAACCAAGAUUACAGAAAAGCCAAGCCCACCACCAAAGUUAGGGGUCACUGAUGUAACCAAAGAGAGUGUUGCCUUGGCCUGGGCAAAACCAGAACAAGAUGGAGGCAGCAGAGUCACUGGCUACUUUGUUGAAGCACUGGAAAAAGGCCAAGAAAAGUGGGUCAAAUGUGGUGCAACAAAGUUCACUCAUUUAACAGUUAGUGGCCUGAGGGAGAAUGCCGAGUACUUCUUCAGAGUCAGAGCUGAGAACCAUGCAGGACUCAGUGAUGUGAAAGAAAUGGUCAUCCCUGUCAUUGUCAAAGACCAACUUGAACCUCCUGAGAUCAACAUGAAAGACAUUGCUCACAACACAGUGUAUGUUAAAGCCGGUUCAACUAUGAAGUGCGAGAUCCCACUGACUGGUCGACCUUUACCAAAAGUCACUCUUUCCAAGGAUAACGUGCCACUCAAGUCAACAAUGAGGUUUAACUAUGAUGUUACUCCAGACAGUAUCAAAAUAAUUUUGCGUGAAAGUGUUGCUGGGGACACAGGGCGCUAUGACAUAACUGCUUCAAACUCUGGUGGAACCACCAAAUCCUUUGUUAAUAUUGUUGUUCUGGACCGCCCAAGUGCCCCACUUGGACCUGUUGAACUUUAUGAUGUUACUGAGGACAGUGUAAGCCUGAAGUGGCUCCCUCCAGCCUAUGAAGGCGGGAGCCCUAUCACUAACUACAUCAUCCAGAAAAGAGAGACAACUACAGCCAACUGGAUUGAUGUUUCUUCUGCUGUUGCUCGAUGCACCAUGAAGAUCAUGAAAUUGACUACUGGGCUGGAAUACCAGUUCAGAAUAAGAGCUGAGAACAGAUAUGGAAUCAGUGAUCACAUCGACUCACCUCCGGUUAAAGUUAGCCUCUCAUACACAAUUCCAGAGGCUCCAUCUGUACCAGAAAUUACUGGCGUAACCAAGGAGAGUGUCACAGUGGCAUGGAAGGAGCCUAAAUCAGAUGGAGGUAGCCACGUGUUUGGCUACCAUCUCCAAAUGAAAGACAAGAACAGCAUCCUGUGGCAGAAAGUUAGCAAAACAGUGAUCCGGGCUACACACUUUAAGGUCACGGACAUAAAUGCGGGGCUUAUUUAUGAGUUUAAAGUGGCAGCAGAAAAUGCUGCAGGGGUCAGUGAAUUCAGCAAGCUUUCCGAUGCAGUUUUGGCUAUUGAUGCAUGUGAGCCUCCCACUAAUCUCCGGAUCACUGACAUAACUAAGAACACUAUAAGCUUGGCUUGGGAGAAGCCAAACUAUGAUGGCGGAUCUCCGAUCACUGGUUAUAUGAUUGAAAAGAGAGAGGGAGCAAAUUCCAAGUGGUCCAAAGCCAACCUUACCAAUAUCACAGACACUCGCUUUACUGUAACUGGCCUCACUCAGGAUGAAACAUACGAAUUUAGAGUCAUGGCUAAGAAUGCAGUUGGCUCAAUUAGCAAUCCAUCUAUUACUGCUGGACCAGCAACAUGUGUAGAUACCUAUGGCACCCCAGAAAUUGAAAUACCACAAGAGUAUCUUAAUGAAGUCAAGUACAAAGCUGGCUCUGAUGUUGAACUCAAGUUUAAUAUAACAGCCAAACCUGCUCCCACGAUUGAGUGGUUUAGGGAUGGUAGAGAGCUUAAGCCCACCUCUCAACUCUCUUUCAAGCAUAAAUUUGAGUCUACCAGUAUAUUCUUAAAGGAAACUACACGCCUUAACUCUGGCACCUAUGAAGUGAGGGUCAAAAACUCUCUGGGAUGUGCAUGUGGAGUCGUCAGGCUGCUUAUUCAAGAUAAGCCAGGACCCCCUGCUGGAGAGAUUCAAUUUAAGAAAGUAACAGCUGACAAUGUCACCAUCAUGUGGUCCCCUCCUGAUGAUGAGGGUGGUGCAAUGGUAACUCAUUACAUCGUAGAAAAGAGGGAGACCAGCAGGGUAAUGUGGUCCAUUGUGUCAGAAAAACUGGUCGACUGUAUUGUGAACGUACCCAGACUAAUCCAAGGCAAUGAGUACAUCUUCAGAGUACGUGGAGUGAACAAAUUUGGUAUCGGAGACCCACUGGAAUCUGAACCUGUUGUUGCAAAGAAUUCAUUUGUCCCUCCAAGUGAACCCUCCAAACCUAAAGUUACCAUGAUUACCAAGUCGUCGAUGACAGUGAUCUGGGAACGACCUGCACUGGACGGAGGCAGUGACAUUGAUGGUUAUUACCUGGAAAAAAGAGAAAAGAAAAGUCUACAGUGGUUUAAGGUGGUAAAGGGUACUAUCAGAGACACCAGGCAGAAAGUCAACAAUCUAGUGGAGAAUAAUGAGUACCAGUUCAGAGUUUGUGCUGUCAACAAGGCAGGAGCAGGAAAUUACUCUGAAGCCUCUGAACUGUACAAAGCCUACGACCCCAUUGAUUUACCUGGCGAGCCAUCCAAACUGCGAAUUAUUGACUCCACAAAGACCUCAAUCACCAUAGGCUGGGACAAGCCUGUUUAUGAUGGUGGAAGUGAAAUCCUACACUACAUUCUGGAGCAGAUGACCUCAGAGGAAAAAGAAUGGGUGAUAAUUAAUCCAGAGGUGAAGACUUGUGAGUAUGUGGUGUCCCACCUCAAACCUGGUACCUACUAUUACUUCAGAGUGUCUGCUGUCAACUGUAAAGGCAAAGGAGAGGAUAUCAAGAUGUACCAGCCUGUUCAAGCCAAAGAUAUCUUAGAGGAAGCAGAUUUAGACUUGGAUGUGUCCAUGACAACCCAAUAUGUUGCCAGAGCUGGACGGAAUGUAGAAGUGUUUAUUCCACUGAAGGGUCGCCCAGCUCCCAAUGUCACAUGGCGCCGUGGCGAUCGCAACAUGGCUAGCGAUAUUAGAUUUACAAUCAACAACACUGAGAGAUCCACUACACUCAUUAUACCUAAGGUCACCCGUGAUGACUGUGGAAAAUAUUUCCUGGAGAUUGAGAAUGGUGUUGGAGAACCCAAGAUCAUCACAGUUUCACUCAAGGUUCAGGAUAGUCCAUCUGCCUGCCAGAAACUGAUUAUCAAGAAUGUAACAAGAGGAAAGCUGACCCUUAGUUGGGAGGCUCCUGUCAUUGAUGGAGGCUCUCCAGUAACGAAUUAUAUUGUUGAAAAGAAAGCCUCCACCAUGAAGGCCUACCAGGUGAUCACAGCAGAGUGUCUAAACACAUCUUAUAAGGUAUCAGGCCUGGAAGAAGAGAUUGCAUACUUUUUCCGUGUCUCCGCUGAAAACGAGUUUGGUACAGGUGACUAUUGUGAAACAACAGAGCCUGUCAGAGCAACAGAAACUCCUGGAGCUGUUAAAGAUUUGGUAAUGCUGGACUCUUCAAAGAAUUCUGUAACUCUACAGUGGACCAAACCUGACCAUGAUGGUGGUAGCUACAUCACUGAGUACAUCAUUGAAAAAAGGAGCCAGGAAGAGGUCAACUGGACCUUAGGUGCUACAUGCAAACGUUGUACCUGUGAAGUGACAGGACUAAGAGAAAAUGCAAUGGUUGACUUCAGAGUGUUUGCAAAGAAUGAAAAAGGUAGAAGUGACUUUUCCCAGAUUGGUCCAAUUACAGUCAUGGACUUUAUAAUUCCACCUGAAGCCAACCUGGUUGACUACCCCAAUGGAGAGCUUGCUGUUCGUAUAGGUCAAAAUAUCCACAUUGAGCUGCCUUUUAAGGGUAAACCAAGACCUGCAAUCAGCUGGAUGAAGGAUAACUUGCCUUUGAAGGAAAGUGAGAAGAUUAGAUUCAGGACCACUGACAACAAGACAUCAGUCACAGUCAGAGGAGCAAAGAAGGAACAUGCUGGCCAGUAUACUUUGGUCCUGGACAAUAGAGUCAUCAAAAAUUAUUUUGACAUAAAUGUGACCACUCUAGGACCCCCAUCAAUACCUGUCGGUCCCAUCCGCCUUGAUGAAGUAAAAGCUCAAAGUAUUAUUAUCUCCUGGGAUGAACCAAAAGAUAACGGAGGUGGUGAAAUAACCUGCUACAUUGUGGAGAAACGUGAAACAUCACAGGCAAACUGGAAAAUGGUCUGCUCCAGUGUGGUCAGAACAACCUUUAAGAUCCCCAACCUGGUCAAGGGUAGUGAGUACCAAUUCAGGGUCCGAGCAGAGAACAAGUAUGGAGUCAGUGAAUCUCUCAACUCACCAAAUAUUAUUGCCCAACAUCAGUACAAGGCUCCUGGUGCCCCAGGGAAGCCAGUAGCCUACAACAUUACUAGUGAUGGCAUGACCAUCAAGUGGGAUGCUCCAGGUUUUGAUGGAGGUUCUCCCAUUCUAGGUUAUCAUGUUGAGAAAAAAGACAGAAACAGCCUUUUGUGGGAGAAAGUCAACUCCACAAUCAUUUCUAACAGAGAAUAUAGGAUCAUAAGUCUUCUUGAAGGCCUGGAGUACUCUUUUAGAGUCUAUGCUGAGAACAAUGCUGGACUCAGCCCGGUUAGUGAGCAGAGCAAACAUGCUCUUGCCAUCUCCCCUGUUGAUCCACCUGGCACCCCAGUCUGCAUUGAUGUAACUAGAGACUCAGUCACGCUGCAAUGGGAGGUUCCAAAACGUGAUGGCGGCAGCAAAAUUGUAGCCUACAGUGUAGAAAGGCGCCAAGGUCGUGGCAAGUGGCUUCGAUGCAACUUUACAGAUGUCAGUGAAACUCAAUUCACUGUGUCCGGUCUAUCUCCUGGAGACAGAUUUGAAUUUAGAGUUAUUGCCAGAAAUGCAAUCGGCACAGUGAGUCCACCAUCUAACACCUCUGGAUAUAUCAUGACAAGAGAUGAGAGCGUUGUUCCGGAGAUUGAGUGGUCUCCAGAUCAAGUGGUUACUUUAAAGGCUGGAGAAAAUGUUCGGCUCAGCUGCAAAAUCACUGGCCGACCUCUUCCUCAGAUUGUGUGGUAUAAAGAUGGAAUAGAAAUUGAUAAAAGAACAAUGAUUGAUAUUGAGAUUACCACUGGCAUUGGGACAAGCAGUCUGUUCAUCCGGGAUGCUGACAGGGAUCACCGUGGCAUCUACACUGUGGAGGCCAAAAAUAGCUCUGGCACUAAGAAAGCUGACGUCAAUGUCAGAGUCCAAGACACACCUGGACCAGUUGAGGGUCCUAUACGUUUCACUGGUAUCACUGCUGAGAAGUGCACAGUGUGGUGGAACCCACCAGAAAAUGAUGGAUGUGCUGCAAUCACACACUACACAGUGGAAAAAAGAGAAACAUCAAGAAUCUCCUGGGCCUUGGUCACAUCUAAAUGUGAAGCUUGCUCUUACAAUGUAACCAACCUUAUCAAAGGGAAUGAGUACCAAUUCAGAGUUUCUGCUGUCAACAAGUUUGGCGUCGGAAAACCUCUUGACUCUGACCCAGUUGUUGCACAGAUGCAGUACACUGUGCCUGAUGCUCCUGGUACUCCAGAUGCUACUCAUGUAACUGGAGAUAGCAUUACCUUAUGUUGGACAAGACCAAGGUCAGAUGGAGGAAAUGAGAUCAAAUAUUACAUUCUGGAACGAAGAGAAAAGAAGAGCCUACGAUGGGUAAGAGUGUCUUCCAAGAGACCCAUCACUGAACUAAGACACCGUGUAACCAAUCUCACUGAAGGAAAUGAGUAUGAAUUCCGUGUCAUGGCUGAGAAUGGCGCUGGUAUUGGGCCAGCCAGCAGCACUUCCAGGCUGUUCAAAUGCAGAGAGCCAACCAGUGCUCCUAGUGCUCCAACUGUGAUCAAGGUCAUUGACUCCACAAAGUCAUCUAUCACACUUGAAUGGACUAAGCCAGUCUUUGAUGGUGGUCUGGAAAUUAUUGGCUACAAUAUUGACAUGUGUAAAGCCAGCUUGGAGGAGUGGCACAGAAUUAACAACCAGAUUUGUAUCCACAAUACGUUCACUGCAAAGGGUUUGGUACCUGGAGAGCUUUACAAAUUUAGAGUCAGUGCUGUAAAUGGAUCGGGACAGGGUGAAGCUUCAGUGAUGCCCAGCCCUGUUCAGGCCUUGGACAGACUAACAUCUCCAGAAAUUAACAUUGAUGCCAGUUUCAAGCAAACUCACAUUGUGAAGAAUGGAGGCACUGUCACUCUACAAAUUUCUUUCAGAGGAAAGCCAACUCCCCUUGCUACUUGGUCUAGGGUAGAUGGUGAGCUUCCUGUCAUGGCUGAUGUUAACACUACAGACUCAUUCUCAGUGUUGACUAUUGAGGGCUGUACCAGAUAUGAGGCUGGCAAAUAUACUUUGUCCUUGGAAAAUAACAGUGGCCGCAAGUCUAUAACAUUUACUGUCAAAGUGCUGGACACUCCUGGACCUCCAGGGUCAAUUACUUUCAAAGAUGUCACUCGUGGAGCUUUGACAAUGAUGUGGGAUGCCCCCUCCAAUGAUGGUGGAGCGCGCAUCCACCACUACAUGGUGGACAAGCGUGAAGCAAGCCGGCUAGCCUGGCAGGAAGUUAGCAGCAAAUGUUCUCGCCAGAUGAUCAGGAUAACUGGUCUGGAUAUUGGCAUUCCAUACUUGUUUAGAGUGACUGCUGUUAACCAGUAUGGUAAGGGAGAAGCUCAUGAGACGACUGAGCCUAUCAUUGCCACAGAAGAACCUGCACCACCUAAAAGACUAGAUGUAAUUGACACCACAAACUCAACAGCCUCUCUGGUGUGGCUGAAACCUGAUCAUGAUGGCGGCAGUCGUGUCAGAGGCUAUAUUGUAGAAUUUAGAGUUAAAGGAACUGAUGUUUGGGUUGUCUAUGGAGAAACAAAGUCUCUGAAAAUGCUAGUGGAGGGUCUGACUGAGAACAAAGAAUAUGACUUCAGGGUCAAGGCCAAGAAUGAUGCUGGUAUUAGCGACCCACAGGCUACCUUCAGCUCUGUAGUCAUCAAGGAACCUCGCAUUGAACCAACUGCUGACCUCAGCAACAUUACCAACCAGCUUAUCACCUGCAAGACUUCUAACACUUUCACAAUAGAUGUCCCAAUUAGUGGUAGACCUGCACCUAAGGUCACAUGGAAGCUGGAAGAAAUGAAACUGAAAGAGACUGACAGGAUCUCAAUCAAGACUACAAAGGAGAGAACUACCUUGGUGGUAAAAGACAGCAAGAGAAGUGACAGUGGCAAGUAUUACUUGACCCUGGAAAAUGCUGCUGGCGUAAAGACAUUCACAGUGACAGUGGUGACUGUUGGAAGACCUAGCCCACCCACAGGGCCUGUUGAGAUCUCUGAAAUCAGCUCAGAAUCCUGCACUUUGUCCUGGACAGAACCAAUCGAUGAUGGAGGCACUGAUAUCUCCAACUACAUUGUUGAAAAGCGUGAGUCUGGCUCUGCUUCUUGGCAAGUGGUAAACUCCAGUGUGAAGAGAACUACAAUCAAAGUGACUCAUCUCACCAAAUACAUGGAAUACACAUUCAGAGUUUGUGCUGAGAACAAGUUUGGAGUAAGCAAAUCCAUAGAGUCUGCAGCAGUAGUCAUUGAACAUCCAUUUGUUUCACCAAGCCCUCCGACUCGUCCAGAUGUGGUUUCCGUAUCGGCCAGUGGCAUUAGCAUUAAGUGGGAUGUACCAUAUGCUGAUGGAGGUAGCAAGGUGACAGGGUACUGGAUUGAGAAGAAGGAGAGAAAUACAAUCUUGUGGGUAAGGGAGAACAAACUGCCAUGCCUGGAGUGCCAUUACAAAGUGUCAAACCUAAUUGAAGGCCUGGAGUAUCAAUUCAGAGUAUACGCCAUGAACCUCGCUGGACUUAGCAAACCUAGUGAGGCUUCCAGACCAGUGGUGGCACUAAAUCCUGUUGAUCCUCCUGGUAAACCUGAGGUAACAGAUGUUACAAGGUCUUCAGUGUCAUUAUGCUGGACUGUGCCUACUAACGAUGGCGGCAAUAAGAUAAUUGGUUACGUGGUGGAGAAAAAAGUGUACAGCACCGACGAGUGGGAUGACAACCGCUGGCUCAAGUGCAAUUAUACCACAAUCACUGAGAACUACUUCACCGUCACCAACUUGGGAGAUGGAGAGACUUAUGAAUACCGCGUGAUUGCCAAGAAUGCUGCUGGAGUCCACAGUGUACCUUCUGAAUCUACCGGACCGGUCACAUGCAAGGAUGAAUACAGUCCUCCCAAAGCUGAGCUUGACAGCAAGCUAAAAGGCGAGACUAUCACAGUCACAGCUGGCUCUGAUGUAGUCCUAGACGCUGCAGUGGGAGGAAAACCAGAACCUACAGUUUACUGGUCAAAGGGAGACAAAAUUUUGGAGCCUGGAGAAAAGUACUCUCUAACCUACACACCCACCAGAGCUAUGACUGUCAUAAAGAACUGUGACAGAUCAGAUACUGGCAGAUACAUUCUCACAGUCAAGAAUGCAAGUGGCAUCAAAACUGCUGCUGUCAGUGUUAAAGUUCUGGACACACCUGGGCCUCCAGCUGACAAGAUAUUGAUCACUAGAGUGACAGAAGAGAAAUGCACAGUGUCCUGGAGGAUUCCUCUGGAAGACGGUGGGGACACAGUCACCCACUACAUUGUGGAGCGUCGUGAGACCAGCCGUCUGAACUGGGUUAUAAUGGAAACUGAAUGCAAGUCUUUAUCAUGCGUGAGCAGCAGACUGAUCAAGAACAAUGAGUACAUCUUCAGGGUUAGAGGAGUCAAUAAGUACGGCCCUGGAGUUCCACUUGAGUCUGAUCCUGUCAUUGCAAGAAAUGCUUACACUGUACCAUCUCAACCGGGCACACCAGAAGCCACGGUGGUGGCUAAGGAGCAUGUCAUCAUUGAAUGGAUGAAGCCUGAGAGCGAUGGAGGCAGUGAAAUUAAAAACUAUAUUGUGGACAAAAGAGAAAUGAGCAGCACCAGAUGGACUCGAGUGAACAGAAAUUAUACCAUCUAUGACACUCGUCUAAAGAUUACAGGGUUGCUGGAGGGAAGCGAGUAUCAAUUCAGGGUGACAGCAGUCAAUGCUGCUGGAGACAGCCCGCCAAGUGAUGCUUCACCAUACAUUCUCUGUAAAGAUCCAACAUACACCCCAGCUGCUCCCUCAACUCCACGCAUCACUGACACAACCAAGCACAGCAUCAGCAUGACCUGGACGAGACCCAUGUAUGACGGCGGCUCAGACGUCACUGGCUACGUUGUGGAGAUUCUGGAAGAGGGCAUUGAGCAGUGGUAUCGUGCCACUGCAAAAGCUCUCACCAGCAACGAGUAUGUGGCGGCUGGCUUGGCAGCUAAUAAGAAGUACAGGUUCAGGGUAGCUGGCAUCAACAGCAACGGCACUGGGGAGUUUAGUGACCCAAGCGCUGAGGUGGAGCCGCUGGAAAGAGUUGAAAUGCCAGACCUGGAGUUGUCUGAUGACCUAAAGAAAACCGUGUGCUUGCGCGCGGGUGGUACCUUGCGUUUGUUUGUGUCCGUGACUGGCAGACCAACUCCAGUGGUUGCCUGGAGGAAAACAGGUGUGGAACUACAGAGUCGAGGGUACAUUGAGACCACAGAAAGCUACACCUCACUGAUAGUGGAGAAUGUUAACCGCUACGACUCAGGAAAAUACACUGUGGAAGCAGAAAACCCAUCUGGCAAGAAGACUACCAUCAUCCUGGUUAAAGUCUAUGAUACUCCUGGUCCUCCAAGCGCAGUCAAAAUAAAAGACUACACUAAAGAAUCUGUUGUGAUUACCUGGGAUGUUCCUAGCAUCGAUGGUGGUGCCCAUGUCAGCAAUUACAUCAUAGAAAAGCGUGAAGCCAACUUGAAGUCAUACAAAACAAUCACCACAGAGUGCAGGAAAACACUGUACAGAAUUACUGGUUUGGAGGAGGGUGUGCACUACUUCUUCAGAGUCUUACCAGAGAACAUCUAUGGUGUUGGCGAGCCAUGUGAAACUGCAGAAGCUGUGCAAUUGUGUGAAGUACCAUCAGUACCGGCAGACCUCCAGAUUAGUGAUGUCACCAAGUCCUCAGUGACUCUCCACUGGGAGAAACCUUUGCAUGACGGUGGCAACAGACUUACAGGGUACAUCAUUGAAGCCUGCAAAGUUGGGUUAGAUAGAUGGAAUACAGUGGCCACGCUCAAGGCUUCAGUUUCGCGCCACACCAUUCAGUCCCUGACUGAGAAUGACCAGUACCUGUUCAGGAUACGAGCAACAAACAGCAGGGGAGCCAGUGAGCCCAUGGAUAUUGUCACACCUGUCAUAAUCCAGGACAUCAAGGUGAUGCCUAAGAUUGACGUAACGGGUAUUCCUCAGAAGGUUGUUCAUGUCCAUCGCGGUAAAAACAUUGACCUUAACAUCCCCAUAAAAGCGAAACCCCAGCCAGUCUGCUCCUGGUUCUUUGAAAGGGUCAAGCUAAAGGACAGCUUGGACCGCAUUAAAAUUGACAGCAACGGAAAAUUCACACACCUCAUUGUUCGUGACACGACCAUCAAUGACACAGGAAAUUACACAGUGGAGGUGAAAAAUGCCAUUGGCAUGGCAACCGAGGUUAUCAAGGUCAUCAUCCUAGAUAAACCUGGCAUUCCAGUGGGCCCAGUGAAGAUUGAAGAAGUUGAUGGUGUAUCAGUAACAGUCAGCUGGGAGCCUCCAGAGAAGGACGGAGGUGCUAAUGUUAGUGGCUAUGUUGUGGAACAACGUGAAGCCCAUCGUCCAGGCUGGAGCACUGUCUCAGAGUCAGUCACUAGACCUUGCUUCAAGUUCACUCGACUCUCUGAGGGAACAGAGUAUGUUUUCCGAGUUGCGGCCAUGAAUCGCUUUGGAGUUGGAGGCUUCCUGCAAUCUGAAGUUGUGGAGUGCAAGAGCGCCAAGACCAUCCCUGGACCUCCAAGUACACCAGAGGUGCUUGAUGUCACCCAUGAAGGCAUGACUUUAACCUGGAAACCACCUGAAGACAAUGGUGGCUCUACAAUUGCUGGCUACAUCAUUGAACGCAAAGAAGCACGUUCUGACAGGUGGAUGAGGAUCAACAAGAACCCUGUUACAAUGACGAGGUACCGUUCCUCUGGAUUGAUUGAAGGUUGUGAGUACGAGUUCCGUGUUACUGCAAUCAACUCUAGAGGAGCUGGCAAGCCCAGUGAAAGUUCGGCCAUCACUGUUGCCAUGGAUCCAAUUGAACCUCCAGGUGCUCCACUUCAGCCCAGAGUCACUGACACCACAAGGACGUCAGUCUCAUUAGCCUGGCUUCCACCUGAAGAGGAGGGUGGCUCUGUAGUUACGGGAUACUUGAUAGAAAUGCAGAAAGUGGAUCAAGUAGAAUGGACACUGUGUAACACCACACCUACAAAGAUGUGCGACUACACCCUUACCCACAUGCCUCAGGGAGCUGAGUACAAAUUCAGAGUCAUUGCCUGCAAUGCUGGUGGUGCUGGAGAGCCUGCUGAGAUUCCUGGAGUGGUUAAAGUGCAAGAGAUGCUUGAUUACCCUGAUUACAAACUUGAUCGGAAAUAUGCAGAAGGGUAUGUGGUGCGGCAGGGUGGAGUCAUCCACCUGUCUGUACCCAUCAAGGGAAAACCAAUCCCAACCAUCAAAUGGACAAAAGAUGGCCACGACAUCUCCCACCGUGCUAUGAUUGCAACCCAUGACAACAUAACCGAGCUCGUUAUUAAAGAGGCGCACAAAGACGAUACCGGCACCUAUGACUUGGUGCUGGAGAACAAAUGCGGAAGGAAAGCUGUGUAUAUCAAGGUUAAAGUAAUUGGUCAGCCUAAUCCUCCAGAAGGUCCUCUUGAAUUCGAUGACAUUCAAGCCAGAUCAGUACGGGUCAGUUGGAGGUCACCUGCAGAUGACGGUGGUUCAGAUAUCCUGGGUUACAUUGUGGAAAGGCGGGAAGUGCCCAAGGCUGCCUGGUAUACUGUGGACGCUCGGGUAACAGAAACUGCUCUGGUGGUGAAAGGCCUGAAGGAAAAUGUUGAGUACCACUUCAGGGUUUCUGCUGAGAACCAGUUCGGUGUUAGCAAACCUCUCAAGUCAGAUGAAUCUGUCUUACCAAAGACUCCACUUUGUCCACCUGAACCACCCGGCAACCCACCUGAGAUAAUGGAUGUCACCAAGUCCACAGUGUCAUUAUCCUGGGCCAGGCCCCGUGAUGAUGGCGGCUCACGUAUUACAGGAUACUAUGUUGAACGAAGGGAGGUGUCAACAGAGAAGUGGGUUCGCCACAACAAGACUCACAUCACUACAACCAUGUUCAACAUCACAGGCCUCAUCCCUGAUGCAGAGUACAUGUUCAGAGUGGUAGCUCUGAAUGAUGUUGGACAAAGUGAACCUGGUCCUCCAUCAGAGUCUGUGGUCUGCAAGGAUCCAUUUGACAAACCCAGCCAACCUGGGGAGAUUGAUAUCAUUUCUGUCACAAAAGAUUGCAUAACAAUCCACUGGCUCCGACCUGAGCAUGAUGGAGGAAAAGAGAUCUUGGGAUACUGGAUUGAGUACAGAGAAGCUGGAGAGAGCUCCUGGAAGAAAUGUAAUAAGGAGCGUUCUAAGGAUCGUCAGUUUACCAUGGGCGGCUUAAUGGAGGCUACAGAGUACGAGUUCAGAAUCUUUGCUGAAAAUGAGGCAGGACUAAGCCGACCUCGUCGCACACCCAUGGGAAUCAAGACCAAACUAAGCGUUGGCGAAGCUCCAGUUUUGAAGGAAGAGAUCCAAGAUGUAACCACCAAGCUUGGAGAGUCUGGUACCUUAACCUGUGGCAUUAUUGGUAGACCUUUGCCAGAGAUCAGGUGGUACAGGUUCGGUAAGGAACUGAUCCAGAGCCGCAAGUACAAAAUGAGUUCAGAUGGCCGCAACCACUCCCUCAGCAUCCUGACAGAUGAGCAGGAAGACGAGGGCAUGUACACCUGCAGGGCCAUCAAUGAGGCUGGAGAGAUCGAGACAAGUGGAAAACUACGCUUGCAAGCUGCACCACAAUUCCAUCCUGGCUUUCCACUUAAGGAGAAGUACUUUGCCGGAGCUGGAACCAGCCUUCGCCUCCAUGUUGUUUACAUUGGUCGUCCUAUACCUCAAAUUAUGUGGUUCUAUGGAAAGAAGCCUCUAAAUUCCUCUGAAAAUGUGAUAAUUGAGAACACAGAAAGCUACACCCACCUGGUGGUGAGAAACGUCCAGAGAAAAACCAACGCUGGACGUUAUAAGGUGCAACUCAGCAAUUCCUUUGGAACUAUUGACACAGUGCUGCGUGUUGAAAUCCAAGACAAGCCUUGCAUUCCUGAGGGCCCUGUUAUUGUUGAAGCGCUGCUCAAGAGUUCAGUUGUCAUCAGUUGGAAGGUUCCUAAGGAUGAUGGAGGUUCUCCAAUCACCAACUACAUAGUAGAGAAACGCGAGGCCAAGGAAGGGGAAAAAUGGCAGCUGGUGUCCUCCUCUAUCUCUGGCACAACCUGCCGUGUCCCCAACCUCAUAGAGAACUCUGGCUACUACUUCAGAGUUUCUGCUCAAAACCAAUAUGGAGUCAGCGAGAGUCUGGAGAUCCCAUCAGUGGUCAUUAUCAAGAGUCCAUUUGAAAAACCUGGCAUCCCUCAACAGCCGUUUAUCAUUAGUUCCACUAAGGACAGCUGUGUUGUCUGCUGGAAGCCUCCAAGUAGUGAUGGUGGAGCUAAAAUCACUGGCUACUACCUUGAAAAGCGUGAGAAGAAGCAGAACAAGUGGAUGUCAGUAACAACUAAAAAGUGUACCGAGACCAACUAUGAAGUCACUGGCUUAAUUGAAGGCUUUGAAUAUGAGUUCCGCGUCAAAUGUGAGAACAUGGGUGGUGAAAGUGACUGGAGUGAAAUCUCAGCGCCUAUCAUCCCCAAGUCUGACCAGUCUCCUAAAGCUCCUGUAUUCAGGGAAGAGAUCAGGGAUAUGACUGUCAAAUAUCAUGCUAACGCCACUUUUGUCACAAAGGUGGUGGGGCACCCAAAGCCUUCAGUGAAAUGGUUCCGCGGUGGAAAAGAGAUCUUGGCAGACGGCACAAAAAUCAAAGCCCAGGAGUUCAAGGGUGGCUAUUAUCAGCUGGUAAUCACUGCUGCUGAUGAGAAUGAUGCCACAGUUUACCAGGUCAGAGCCACUAAUCCCUCAGGAUCCAUCUCUGCCACUGCCAACCUGGAGGUGGAAGUCCCUGCAAAGAUUCAUCUGCCCAAAGAACUCCAAGGAAUGGGAGCAGUUCAAGCUGCACGUGGAGAUCAUGUAACCAUAAAAAUUCCUAUUACUGGAAAGCCUGAGCCAGCAAUUACAUGGCAGAAGGGUCAGGAGAUCCUCUCCAACUCUGUUUACCAUCAAGUCAUUACCACCAGAUCCUUCACCUCUCUGGUGUUCCAGAAGGGAGUCCAGAGGAAGGACUCAGGGUACUACACAAUUACUGCAAAGAACAGGUUUGGUAUGGACAAGCAAACCAUUGAAGUGAAUGUGGCAGACAUCCCUGAGGCUCCAAAGGGACUUGUGGUGAGCGAGAUUUCACGGGAUUCCAUAACUUUAACCUGGGAACCCCCUGCGAAUGAUGGUGGAACCGACAUUAUUGGCUACAUUGUUGAGAAGUGCCCCACUACCAGUGACCGGUGGAUUCGGGGUGGUCAGACUACUGACUGUAGUUUGACCAUUAUCAAUAUAUUUGGAAAGACUAAAUACCAGUUCCGUGUUAUUGCAGAGAAUGCGUUUGGCUUAAGUCCUCCAUCUGAUCCAACUGAGCCAAUCACCACAAAAGAAGAUACAUCUGUUCUUAGGAAUUAUGAUGAGGAAGUUGAUGAAGCCAGAGAGAUUACCAAAGAAGAAGCUCUGUUCUACAAAGUGAAAGAACUGUCCUCGAAGUAUGUAAUCUCUGAGGAACUUGCUCGUAGCCAAUUUGGAGUGGUCCAUCGCUGCACUGAGAUUGCAACAAAAAAGACCUUCAUGGCCAAGUUCAUCAAGGUCAAAGGAACUGACCGUGAGCUUGUUCUCAGAGAAAUCGAGGCUCUUAAUGUUGCAAGGCACAAAAAUAUAAUCUAUCUACAUGAAUACUUUGAAAGCAUGGAGGAGAUCAUCCUGAUAUUUGAGUUUAUGUCUGGAGUAGACAUCUUUGAACGCCUUGGCACCAGUAAUUUUGAACUUUCAGAGCAGGAGAUCGUCCGCUACUUAAGACAAGUCUGCUCUGCCCUCAAGUUCUUGCAUAGCCAAAACUUUGGUCACUUUGAUAUUCGACCAGAUAACAUUGUUUACACCACAAGGAAGAGUACCAACAUAAAGAUUAUUGAUAUGGGUCAAUCUCGACUACUUGUGCCAGGGGAAAACAUCCGAAUCCUGUUUUCAGCGGCGGAGUACUAUGCCCCAGAAGUCCAUCGCCACGACAUGGUCACAACUGCAACUGACAUGUGGUCUGUGGGUGUUAUGGCAUACGUUCUUCUCAGUGGUCUUAAUCCUUUUGCUGCAGAGUCCAUGACAAAAACAAUUGAGAACAUUUCCAACUGUGAGUAUGUCUUUGAUAGUGAAGCAUUUAAGGACAUUAGCCUUGAGGCUAUGGACUUUAUAGACAGACUUCUAGUAAAAGACAGAAAACUUCGUAUGACUGCUCAUGAAGCCCUUGAACAUCCUUGGCUUAAGAUGAAGAUUGAGCACGUCAGCAACAAAGCCAUAAGGACACUGAGACACAGAAGAUACUAUCAGUCUCUUGUUAAGAGGACUGAUGCUAUUGUCUCGGGAGCUCGUGUAGCGUAUGGAGGCGCAUUCAAAAACCAGAGAGGUCUAGCUGUCGGUAAAGUGAAAAUUGGAACAGAGUAUCGUGGUCUUCGUGCUGGACCUGUCAUGCAUGGCUUUGCUGAAGAGGGUGGUCAUGUCAGAUUUACUUGCAGUAUUCUUAACUAUGACAAGAGCACUCAAGUAACUUGGUACUUUGGUAACCGUCAACUGCAUCCAAGCCCGAAGUAUGAGAUUUCUUACAACAAUGGUUUUGCCAGCAUUUAUGUCAAGGACAUUGAAGAGUCAGAUGACGGUGUCUACAGAUGUAAAGUAGUCAGCGAUAAUGGAGAGGAUAGUGCCUAUGGUGAACUCUUUGUUGAAACUGUGAGAAGCAUUAGAGAACACUAUAUCAGUAGGUCUAUCAGGAAGCUUAAGAGAAGAGUUGACAAGACCAAACUUCUUCAAAGACCACCAGAGUUCACUUUACCUCUCUACAAUAGUACAGCAUACAUCGGCGAAGAUGUGCGCUUUGGUGUGACUAUAACUGUGCAUCCAGAGCCGCAGGUGAUAUGGCUUAAGAAUGGAGAAAGAAUUAAGCCUGGUGAUGAUGACAGAAAAUACACAUUCACCAGUGACAAGGGCCUGUACCAGCUCAUGAUUCACAACCUGGACAUCAACGAUGAUGCUGAGUAUAUGGUCAUGGCCCACAAUAAGUUUGGUGAAGACAGUUGCACAGCUCGUCUUACAGUGGUUCCACAUCCUGUGACAGAGGAAACCAUGAGGCCAAUGUUCAAACGUCUUCUGGCUAAUACUGAGUGCACAGAGGGACACAGCGUUCGCUUUGAGCUAAAAGUUUCAGGAGUUCCCAGUCCUACUCUAAAAUGGGAAAAGGAUGGUUACCCCUUACAAUUCGGUCCUAAAGUUGUUGUAAUAAAGGAGGAUGUUGACUAUCACGUCCUGCAUAUAAGGGAGACUCUCCUGGAAGACUCUGGUGUAUACAAAGUGACUGCAACCAACGCCGCAGGCUCUGCAACCUGCCAGGCUACACUGAAGGUGGACCGCCUUACAUACACCAGGAGAGAGUACAAGAAUGAAGAGGAGAAAUAUAGACACAUACAGAAACAAAUUGAGAAAACCAACAAAAUGGCUCAGCAGAUUGCAGCUACAGCAGAAAUCGUCCCUCUAAACCCCACAGCCCAAGAAGCACUCAAAUUUGCUGCUGAGGUCUACAAACCUGCAGUUAGCACCAAGAACAUAGAAGGAGAAUUUGACAUUACAGAGGAAAAGACAGAGACAAAGAAGCUUGAGGAGGAGAGAAGGAUUUUCUUGCCCUAUGAAAUUCCUGAGCCAAUCGUUCAUGACCCCAAAGCUCUGGAUGAGGACAAAGCUAUCAAACAGUUUGUGCCUCUCUCCGAGAUGAAGUGGUAUCGCAAACUGAAAGAUCAGUAUGAGAUUCCAGAGAAGACGGACAAAAUUGUACAGAAAAGGCAGAGACGUAUUCGUUUGUCCAGAUGGGAACAGUUCUAUGUAAUGCCACUUCCCAGGAUCACUGAUCAAUACAGACCAAGAUGGCGUAUUCCUAAACUAAGUCUGGAUGAUUUAGAGACUGUUAGACCUGCACGCCGUUCACCUUCCCCUGAAUCAGAGGUCUCUUUUAGAUCCAGAAGGAGAUCUCUUGGAGACCUUAAGGAUGAAGAGCUCCUGGUUACUGGAGAUGAACAUAUCACCAGGAGAAGAGAGGAGGAAGAACUUCUGUCUGAAGAUGAGUUAGAGCUUGGAUUUUCUGCCUCACCUGCUGGCAGCCCCAUCCCUGUCAGGCGGCGUGUAACUGAACAUGAAGAGAGGAGGCAAGAAGUGAGUCAUGAGUUUGCUGAAGUCACUGAGACAAAGAAGAAACGCACAAUUUCUCAGUAUAUGAGGAGGAGAAGAUCACUAUCACCUACUUACAUUGAGCUCAUGCGUCCAGUCUCAGAGCUGAUCAGACCACGACCUAGGCUUCCAGUAGAAGCAGAAGGAGAAACUGUUGAAAGACGAUCCCCAACUCCAGAGAGGACUCGUCCUCGUUCUCCUAGCCCCAUCAGGUCACUGGAAAGGUCCUCACGCUCUUCCUCUAGGUUUGAGCGUACAGCUCGCUUUGACAUUAUGUCCCGCUAUGAAGCGAGAAAGGCUGCUUUGCAAUCUGAAAGAAAGUAUCAGGUUGUGAGUCAGGCACCUUUCAGCCUCGAUCACGCUCCUCGUGUAACAGUCAGAAUGCGCUCCCAUCGGAUCCCACUUGGUCAAGACACAAAAUUCACCCUGAAUGUCCAAGCCAAACCAGAGGCUGAAAUCAAAUGGUUCCACAAUGGAAAUGAGAUUUCAGAGGGCAGCGAUAAAUAUAUCUAUACAAAUAUGAGUGGUGUUUUGUCCAUCACUAUUUUUGACUGUCAGGUAGAGGACAGUGGCACAUACCGGUGCUUAUGCUCCAAUGCAAAGGGAGAAGCCUCAGACUAUGCCACCCUGGAAGUGUCAGCUGGCGACUACACAACAUUUUCUUCACGGCGCAGGGAUGAAGAAGUUCCCAAACCACAUGUCCCUGAAAUAUCUAGAACUGAUCACUUUCACACCACACACUUCAAGACUGGAUACACUUCCCAGACUAAACUUGAGGUGGAGGAGACCAAGUCAAAGCUAACUGAGACACGUAAGGUUGUCACAAGUGAAAGACUUGGUGCUUCUUCUGAGAGAUAUUCCUCUGCUGAGCGAUAUGAGUCAUCAAUCAAGUAUGCUUCUGCUGAAUAUUUAUCAUCUAGUUCUUCCUAUUCGUCAGAGAAAUUUUCAUUAACUGGGUCACAUACCACAUCUGAAACUAAAGUCAAAUCAUCUGCUGCUGCAGUUUCUGAAGAUGUUUCUGUCCAUAAGGAAAAACCCUUCCUUCCUGCCAAAAUUCUGACCAAGCCUCAAUCUGUGACAGUAGCAGAAGGAGAAACAGCUAGAUUUUCCUGUGACAUUGACGGUGAACCCGCACCCACAGUAACAUGGAUGCACGAAAGCAAAACCAUCAUCUCAUCUCAUCGUAUCCAGGUUACUACAAGCCAGUACAAAUCCUCACUGGAGAUUUCUUCUGUGUUAUCGUCUGAUGAGGGAAGUUAUGUGGUGGUGGUAGAGAACUCGGCUGGCCGACAGGAAGCUCACUUCACUUUGACCAUCCGCAGACCAGCUCCAAAGGAGGAAGUUAAGGCAGUCAAAUCACCAGAGCCUUCAGUAGCAUCCCCUGUUCCUUCUGUUACUUCUCCUGUGCCAAGUGUCAAGUCACCUGAACCCAGCAUUAAAUCCCCUGAACCCUCAAUUACAUCACCAGUGCCAAGUGUAAAGUCUCCAGAACCAAGUGUGACAUCUCCAGUCCCAAGUGUAAAAUCACCAGAACCAAGUGUCACAUCUCCUGUCCCAAGUGUGAAAUCACCGGAACCAAGUAUAAAAUCACCGGAACCAAGUGUCACAUCCCCAGUCCCGAGUGUGAAGUCUCCAGAGCCCAGUGUGACAUCCCCUGUUCCAGGGGUGAAGUCUCCAACCCCCGGUGUAAAGUCUCCUGAACCAGGAGGAAUUAAAUCUCCUAUCAAAGCUAAAUCUCCAGAGCCAUCUGCACCCUCCCCAGCACGAAGCUUAAAAUCCCCAACUCCAGGUGUUAAAUCCCCUGAGCCAGAGGGAAUAAAGACACCACGUGGAAUUAAAUCUCCAGAACCCAGACUCAAGUCACCAACACCAAUAAAAUCACCAGAACCUGAAGAAGUAAAAUCGCCUCGUGGUGUUAAAUCUCCAGAACCAGCAGGUAUCAAGACACCGAGAGGUCUGAAGUCUCCAGAGCCAGUUGGACUCAAAACGAUAAGAGGGGUGAAGUCUCCAGAACCACCAGGUAUCAAAUCACCAAGAGGUCUCAAGUCCCCUGAACCUGAAGGUGUCAAAUCACCUCCCAGAAUGAAGUCUCCUCCUCCCAUUAUGUCCCCUAAGAGAGUUGUGUCUCCUCCCACUGUGAAAUCCCCAACUCCAAAACCUCCCAAAGUUCUGAGUCAAGUGUCAGCGCAGGCUUGUGAAGGCAUUGUCAAGAUGUCUUGUGUUUGUGAGAGCAGCGUCAGGGAGGUGGCAUGGUAUUUCAAUGGGAGAAGACUUUCACAGAGCAGCCAUUUUGAGAUGCACUACUCUGAGGGCACCUGCAGCCUCCUGAUUCAUGAUCUGACAGAGAGUGAUCAGGGGGAGUACAUGUGUGAAAUGACAUCAGAUGGAGGGGUGUCCAAAUCCUCCUUCUCUUUCACUGGACUGGUGUUUCAGUCUGUUUUCAAGAAGAUCACGGCCUACCGUGAGCAAGAAUUGGUCCUGAAAGGAUCAGCAACAGUGACUCACGUGGAAUCAUCGUCAUCAAUGAGCUCAUCCAUGAUGGCGAAGAAAGAAACCCACGUGGUGGAGGAAUCUUCCUCUUUUUCAUCCUCCACCCAUCAAGCAAUGAUGUCAUCCAUGAUGGAGUCCAGCUCUUUCAGCAGCAUGGCAGCUGAGAUGAAGUUUGAGACCAUGUCCAUGUCUAGCAUGUCAUCCAUGACUUCAGAAACAUACGCCAUGAGUUCCAGCAGCCUGUCAGAGAUGACUACUCACAUGGAGGGAUCCUCCCUGAGAGCAGUUGGCUGUGCUCCAAGGAUAGAAGCUCUUCCAGAGGACAUCAGUAUUGAGCCAGGCAAGGUCCUCACCGUUGCCUGUGCCUUCUCCGGUGAUGCCAAACAGAUCGCAUGGUCCCGUGGCGGCAAUGCCAUAGAGGUGACGCCUGGAGGUCGUUUCCACAUUGAAACAACAGAGGACCUAACAACCCUUAUCAUCACUGGAGUGAGGGAACAAGAUGCUGGAGCGUACACCCUCAAACUGUCCAACGAGCUUGGAUCUGACACAGCGACUGUUCACAUAAGCAUUCGAUCAGGGUAAAAAAAAAAAAAAAAAAAAAAAAUUGCCAAGUGUCAGUUUUCCCUUCUUCCAUGCCUUUUUAUUUAUUGACUAAACAAAAUCAUCCACUUGAUAAAAGAUCUGGAUUAUUCUUGUAAAUAUGAACUAUUUUUAUACAAAACUUGACAUUCAUCUAUGCCAAACUAGACUUAAGUCUAUACAUUUGUAAACUGUGCCAUAUUGGACAACUAUGACUUAAGAUGUUUGAACCUCUUUUCUGUGACAUGUACAUAAUGUAUAUAGCCGAAGUGACCGGUUAUGGGGAGUGUAUGAGUUGUUAUUUAUGACGGUAUUAUUAACUGAAACAAAUGAAACUAAGUGUAGUUUAGCAGGAGAAAGUUUUUUACAGAAACGAAUACCCUGGUGAACUGAGAAACUAAACUCUGUGCCUCAACGAUAAGUUGAAGUCUUAAGAUUGCCUCAACAGGUAGAGAGGCUCCCUGUUGAUGUUCUAAACCAGAAACAAAACUAUGAUGAGGAAAAAGAGCAGUGUACAUUAGAACAGGAGCAUGAGAUCCUGAGUGCUGUUUGCAUCUACCCUCAUGCAAGCAGGACAACUGGACCUCGUGCUGAGACUGAUUACAUCAUACUGCCAUUUCGAUGACUAGUUCACAGUGCGAGCGGCCUGCACUGCCUGAACAAAAGUUUUUUUGUUUUUUUUUGUGCUUUGCUUCUGGCAAAUGACCAUUGUGUGGGACUCUAGUUUUUCCAUCAACCUGGCCAAUAGAAGGAGUCCUGCAGGUGCUUGUUUGCAGAGGCAGAGCUUCAACUUGGAGGUGAGCAGCGUGUUUGUGUGUUAGUUUGUAGACAUUUACCUGUCGGUUGAGGUAGACGCGCAAAGCACAUAUUCUCCAGGUGAAUCCAACUCCUGGAAGCAGAAAGAAGUUAAAUGUGACUUUGUUAGUUGCCUCACACUUCAGGUUUGUUACAGUUAGAAUUGUAGCCAUUUUUUUUGCAGCCUCCAAAUGUUUUCUCCACUUAUUGAUCUAUUAAAGCAUGACUGUCAGCACUAAA